CAAGCAGUCACAUGACAGCUCGCCCUGCGAAGAUGGCUGACGACCUGCCUUCCGAGUUUGAGAUUGUCAUUCUCGGGACCGGUAUGAUUUCUAAAGAUAUUGUAAAAUAGGGGUUUGGGGUGGGAUAAAUUACAUGGGGGGGGGGGGCCAUGUGACUGUGUCAUGAGCAUUGUAACAUAAUGAAUAGCUAAUCUUACCUUUAAUGCUGUGGAAUCCACUUCUCAUUAUGCUCAGCCACCUGAAUUGCUGGCUGAGAAUCAUAAUGCAUGAUUUCACACUAUUUACUCAUGGUACCAUUCAUUCUUCCUUAGUAUUUUCUCUCUCUGUCCAUAUAUACAUGCAUAUGUACACACAAUGCAUGUAAAUAUCAGUAUUUAGGCUAUUUGUACCUUAUCUGUCCAUAAUCCCAGCUAAGUAGGAAGUGAGGUCAGGAGGUCUGUUAUAAAGUGCAGUGCCAGAUAUGUUUAACUCCUUAACCUCUUAAGGACCAAACUUCUGGAAUAAAAGGGAAUCAUGACAUGUCACACAUGUCAUGUGUCCUUAACCCCUUAAGGACACAUGACAUUUCUGACAUGUCAUUACUCCCUUUUAUUUCAGUAGUUUGGUCCUUAAGGGGUUAAGGACACAUGUCAGAAAUAUUCCAUUAUGAUUCCCUUUUAUUCCAGAAGUUGUGACCUUAAGGGGUUAAGGAUACAUGUCGGAAAUAUUCCGUCAUGAUUCCCCUGCGCUUGCUAUGAAAUUUACGUUAUUUCAAAUUGUAUGUAAGCGCUUUCAGUGUGUUGGCAGCUUUGUUUGGCAUUUCAUCCUGCCUUUGGUGCACACCAGAUGACACGCCACAUUAGGAGCAGCUGCAUCGCAAACUUUCUGAUCUGUCCAGCCCAUCCUAGUUUCACACCUAACCAACAACAUAUUUAUUUUUUAUUUUUUUUACUCUUGAAUUGUAAGGCGUUGCUUCCUGUAACCAGGACAGUCACGUUUAGGACUCUUUUUUUUUUUUUGUCAACUGUAUAAACCCAUUUCAAAUAUAUAUAUAUAACCAUACAAGACAAGGGACAAAAGAUGUGUUCAUUUUUCUAAUGGCUCUAGAAUAAAAAAAAAAAUAGUAAAGCAGUUCUCUAAAAACCAUGAUCAAUACUGUGCGCUGUAGUUUUUAUGGUUCCUGGAGGUGACCAACAUCUCCCAGGUUAGAGUCACACCAUAUAUUAGUUAGUAAUUUGGUACUUACCCAGGUUCCUUAGGUACCAUAGCCCAGUCUUAUCUUCACUUAUACCUAAAUUAGAAAUUUCCCAUCUGCAUUAGAUAUAACAAUUUUUUGUUCCUUUUUGAAUGGAAUUCAAGGGCUCAGAGCAUUGGCUGAAUUGGGGACUACUGUUUUUUGCGGUGUCUGUGAAGAGGAUUGGGACCACUGACAGCUUGUGUUUGUGGGAAGUUACCAGGAAACUCAUGAAGUCAUGAGGAAGAUAAAGUGUGCUAUCUUUGUCCCUUGUCCUGUGGUGCUAGGUGCCAGAUGCCAUAUCAAUAUAAUUGAAAUUAAGUUUUUAUGGUAGGGGUUUAUGAACACUUUUACUACAAAGUCUGUUCUGCAGCACCGAUGUGCUCUGCCCCUUUAUGAAAUUCUUCAAAACAAAAGCCUUGGACUGCUGCUGGCCAUUAGUUUGUCCUCUAAGCCAGUCAAUACCUCCUCAGUCACAAAACGGCUUGCGAAAUAUAUGUACGUUUCUCAAGCUGUUUAGUAUGACUGGGGAGCUACUGAUUGACUUAGUGUCAACUAUCCGCACUAUGCCAUGCAGCUGCACCCUGCAUCUGUAUGAGGCUUCAGUUUGGAAGAUUUUUGGAAAAUGGGCAUUGGACACGGUGGAGCAAACGGUGCUAGAGAGGAGACUUAGAGGUUAAACUUUUCCCUGAAAGUAAGCCAGGACCAGGGACCUCCUGGCACCAUUAAAACUGAAUUUCGAUUAAAGGACCACUAUAGGCACCCAGACCACUUCAGCAUAAUGAAGUGGUCUGGGUGCCAGGUCCAGAUAGUAUUAACCCUUUUUUCUGUAAACAUAGCAGUUUAAAAGAAACUGCUAUGUUUACCUAUGGGUUAAUCCAGCCUCUAGUGGCUGUCUCAUUGACAGCCGCUAGAGGGCUUCCGCGCUUCUCACUGUGAUUUUCACAGUGAGAAGACGCCAGCGUCCAUAGGAAAGCAUUGUGAAUGCUUUCCUAUGGACUGGCUGAAAGCGCGUGCGGCUCUUGCUGCGCAUGCGCAUUCAGCCGAAGAGGAGGCGGAGUGGAGGAGGAAAGUUCCCCGCCUGGCGCUGGAGAAAGAGGUAAGUUUAACCUCUUCCUCUCCAUCCAGCCCGGCGGGAGGGGGACCCUGAGGGUUGGGGCACCCUCAGGGAACUAUAGUGCCAGGAAAACGAGUAUGUUUUCCUGGCACUAUAGUGGUCCUUUAAGUUGUUUUGUUGCCCUGGAGUGUUCCUUUAAAGGACCACUCUAGGCACCCAGACCACUUCAGCUUAAUGAAGUGGUCUGAGUGCCUGGUCCUUCUAGGGUUAACCUUCCCCUAUUUCCGCUAGUGGCUGUCUCAUUGACAGCCACUAGAGGCGCUUGCUAUGUGACCGGCUCAAUGCGCGCGCAGCUCUUGCCGCGUGUGCGCAUUCAGCCGACGGGGAGGAGAAGAGGAGGAGGAUCGGAGGAGGAGAGCUCCCCGCCCAGCGCUGGAAAAAGGUACGUUUUAACCCCUUUUCCCCCUUCCAGAGCCAGGCGGGAGGGGGUCCCUGUGGGUGGGGGCACCCUCAGGGCAUUAUAGUGCCAGUAAAAAGAGUAUGUUUUCCUGGCACUAUAGUGGUCCUUUAAUGAAGUGUUCUGGGUGCCAGGUCCAGCUAGGGUUAACCCAUUUUUUCAUAAACAUAGCAGUUUCAGAGAAACUGCUAUGUUUAUUAAUGGGUUAAGCCUUCCCCCUAAUCCUCUAGUGGCUGUCUCAUUGACAGCCAGUAGAGGCGCUUGCAUGCUUCUCACUGUGAUUUUCACAGUGAGAGCACGCCAGCGUCCAUAGGAAAGCAUUAUGAAUGCUUUCCUAUGUGACUGGCUGAAUGCGCGCGCAGCUCGUGCCGCGCGUGCGCAUUCAGCCGACGGGGAGGAGAAGAGGAGGAUCGGAGGACGAGAGCUCUCCGCCCAGCGCUGGAAAAAGGUAAGUUUAACCCCUUUUCCCCUUUCCAGAGCCGGGCGGGAGGGGGACCCUGAGGCUGGGGGCACCCUCAGGGCACUAUAGUGCCAGGAAAACGAGUAUGUUUUCCUGGCACUAUAGUGGUUCUUUAAUGGAACAGCCUGAAGUAGGUAACAUCUGGUAUUCCAGAUGUUAUGGACUACAUCUCCCAUAAUGCUUUGCCAGCAUUAUGGUAGAUGUAGUAUACAACAUGUGGAAUGCUGCUUACAUACUCCUGCUCUUAGGCACUCUAAAAAGCACUCCAGGGACUUUGUGCAAAAGAAAAUGCUGUUGCAUAAUUAUAUUUGGUCAAUGUUUCUGUUUAAAUCAUAAAUUUUCAUCAGGACAAUUAUACAAUAUAUACUGUUUCCAUACACACAGAGCUCUAUAUGCCUGGCUCAAUUAACCUACAUACAACCAAUGAUCAGUCUGAUCUGUUGGGGGCUACAGUUUCAGAUGCUGUAUGAGUGUAUCACUUGUGAGGAUCUCUGAAAACUUGCACUGGGAAAUAGCUAAAGACAGGCAAUGAGAACGUUGUAGGCUAGGUUUCUAUAUCAACACCUAAACAUUGCUAAUGGCAGCUUUUAACACUAUCAUAUUUUAAGUGUUCUCCUCCUGUAAUGGAUAUACUAAUAAUCUAAAAUGUAAAUUGUAUUUGAGCAAAUAUUCUUUUCUGGGUACUACACUGUGUUUCUUUAUUUUAUUGAGUUUCUCCUUGUUAUGUGUCAGGAUUACUAGUUGAUCCAGUACGUAGUACUGUAUCACACCUAGGAUUAAAAGGUAAUGUCUUACCGGGCCUUAGAAUGGCCGGACUUAACGUACCACAGAAUAGUCAGAAUACUUGCCGAAUUCAGAGAUACAGAAAGAGACACAAUGAUGAGGGAAAGCCAAAAGUCAGGGAUAUAAGAAUACAGGGAAGCCAAAGUCUGCAGCGGCCGGCGUCCAUCAACAUGCUGCAGGGGUCAGGCAACCACUAUCAAUGUCACAAGGUGCGGAUGAACAUGUGACAUUAUGAGAGGGGGAAAAAGGGUAGAGAUGGGUCAGUGCUCAAGGUAUUGGUACAGAUAAGACAAUGGAUAAUUGGGCAGCACACCAAGGUAGUAAGGCUCCCUCAGAUGGCCUUACAGGUAGACAAAGCAAUAGAGUAGAGGGUAGUAGAUAGGCGGUGCCAGUAAUAAAGAGCAAAGUAGAUAAAAAUAAUAAUAAUAUAGUCUAAGUGAUUUAAAAGUCCAGUAGUAGAGUUCAAGAAUGUCUUUUGCAGGACUGUAUGUAGAAGCCAACGAAAAUGUAGAAUAUGGGAUAACAGCUCCGUAAGUGGAAGAUGUUCUUACACUCCGUAUGUGGAAAUAAGAGACAACGAAUGGUGCAGUAUAUUCAACAAUCAGAUGUUAUUCUAGUAAAAGUAUAUAUGAUCCUACUCACGUUUUAUAGAGCUAAUGGACUAGCUCUAGUAUGAAGUGUGUACAGUGGUAUAAUCCCCACUUAUAGGAUACGUGAGGUGUUGUCUUGUCUGAGGGAAGGUCAUAUGAAAUAAAAAUAAACAGCAAUAGUGUUCUCUAUUUAAAAUCAGGAAAGCAGAAAAUAAAAUAUAAAGUGGUUACUCACAUUUACACGAGCAGGCGGACUGCUCAGUGUAUAGGGCUUGAGUGGUAUCCCCACCUAGGAUUCUUUGGACUAAUGUCUCACUGGAACAGGAUAAAACACAGAAGCCAGGUAAAAUAGGUAAAAUAAAAUAAAAAGAUAUUAGUUUUUUUUUUUUUAAAGUAAAAAGGCAACUCACAGUGAGGAAGUGACCAAAAUAACUUUAAUAAAAUACAAUACAGUUUAAAAUAUCCACAACGCGUUUCGCCAGCAGACCUUUUUCAAGUGGAAAUGCAGAGAACAUUUUCACUUGAAGAAAGUAAUUAAUAAACAUUUGGGAUUAUUAUGGAAAUACAAAGACUUACUACCCAACAGACUGAAGACAGUUUUUAGUGGGGGCUCCCAUCAUCAAAAUAAAAAUUGUCAAAAUCCACAGAGGUCCCACCAAAGGAAUUUCUAUCAACAGAGAUAAAUGAGGGUGAAGCAUGUAAGGAGAGCAUGUAUAACAAACUAAGAGUAACUGAGAUUAGCUUUCCAGCUCAUUACGUGACUUACAAACUUAAAGAUAUGAUGACCUGCAACAAUUAUCAUGUAACAUGUCCUUGAAUUCCUUUGUGGCUUGCAUUAUGUAGGAAGAACAACUAGAAAACGAUCUACCAGAAUCUGAGAAUUUAGUAGAAAUAUUUCAAGAAAUUCAUGCAACAUAGUGUCGGCACACUUAGUCACAAUGCAUAACGCCAAUGCAAACCUAUUUGGGUUCUCAUCUAUUCGUAAACUAAAAAGGCACUAGAGAGGGGUAUUUAUGAGUUUACAAUUCAGCCGAUAUAACAAAUGCGGAAAUAUGAAAUCACACCAGGGAGUGAGUUAAGAGAGUUAGACAAAGCGCCCGCAAUCUCAUGCAUUAUACAUGAAUGGAGUCUUAAAGGAGAGGGACGACCGAGUCACCAUAUAAAAUCAUUUAUUAAGCCGAUUACCAGGUGAAACCCAUUUGGCUGAAACUUAUAAAAGUGAAUUGGAACUGUGUGGCAACACAGAUCAUCUCCUCCAGCGGUGAACUUCAAGUAGAACACUGAACAUUAAGCAGGCAUACAGAAACCCUCUGAGUUCAUAUGCGCAGUAACCGACUAUACGCAGGUAACAUCUCUUUCAAAUGUGAAAGUCCAUUAGAAUUUUUUUUUAUUUUAUUUUUUUAAUAAACACUGAAACAUUUUAACUUUAUUGCACUGUUAGCGGUGCUUUGUCUCCCCCUCCCUGCUAUUUUAUUUUUUUCCACUAUAUACCCUUGGAUCCAUCUGUGAUUGGAUUAUUCUUACAGGUGUUUUACAUGGAACUAUUUUAAAGACAGAUUGUCUGUGAUUAACUACAGUUAUUUCUGCGUACGUAUUACUUUUAUGCUCUUCAACUAACAGCACGGCCUUUAUAUUUCUUUUACUAUAUGUGAAUGGUAGGUUAGAGGGAUUCCCCCCCCCCCUGAAAACAGGACUGCUGUCCCUAGAUGUCGUUUAGACUUAUUACAGCUUCCUAACACUAAGCCAAUUGUUAUCUCUAAUUCUCUUAUUAGAGAAUAGUGCCCCUAGAGCUAAGACUACAUCAUAACAAUAUUUAUUUUUUUGCACUAUUAUUUCUUUUUUGUUGUUGUGUUGAUUGUUUACAGUAACAUAACAUUGAAAUAAAAUGCUGUUGUAUAGACAUGUAGCAUUUCAAUGUGUGAUUUUCAAAGACCUUGGAGUUUUUUUUUAUUAAUUUUUUUUUAACUGUGGCUAAUAUAUUUGUCUUUGUAUAAAGCAUUGCAUAAUAAUUUAUGAAGGCCUCAUAUUUUCUCUACCCCCUCCCCCCCUUCUCAUGAAAACUGUUGAAAAAAAUAGAUUUGGCCAGCAAUCUGCACUCAGGUAGAGCAGGAAAAAAGAUUUAACCAUUAAUAAUUUGUAAUAGCACAUUAGGGAGUGCUCCAGAUCCACUGUACUCAUAAAGGAAGAUAUAUUUAUCUUCUAUAGUAGUCGAUAGACUGUUUAUGACUUUAGACACACAAGUACUUUCAACUUAAAACUUAUCUUCAUUUCAGGAUCUGAUUUUUCAUUUGAUGAAAACCCAUUUUUAGGCAUUGAUUUUCUUUUUUUUUUGUAAAGUGAUAAUAAAUGUGUAAAGCCUGAAUGCUAUUAAAAUGAUAGAAAAUGAAAGAGAGCUUUGGGAAGUUUUUUUGUUUUUUUUAAAUGUUUACUCUAAAAUCUAGGCAUUGUUUGCAGUACUUGUCAUUUUAUUAGACCACCUGUAUUAUGGAUCCUUUAAGGUGGAUAUUUUUAGUUGAUUAUGGAGUAAGUCAUUGUUGUUGUUUUUUUGUUUGUUUUCUUUUAAUACUGUUUUUUUUUUUUUUUUUUUAAAUACUCUUUUUUUUUUUUUUUUUUGCCUAUUAAUUUUCAGGCGGUGAGACAAAAUCUCAAAAACUAACAGCACCCAAUGGCCUGCUCAUCUACUGUUGAGAUAAUGAUUAGUUUCACUUCUUAUUUGGACAAACGCAGAGGAAGUAAAAUUCUUCAUUAUGUCAUAGAAACAUAGAAACAUAGAAUGUGACGGCAGAUAAGAACCAUUCGGCCCAUCUAGUCUGCCCAAUUUUCUAAAAACUUUCAUUAGUCCCUAGCCUUAUCUUAUAGUUAGGAUAGCCUUAUGCCUAUCCCAUGCAUGCUUAAACUCCUUUACUGUGUUAACCUCUACCACUUCAGCUGGAAGGCUAUUCCAUGCAUCCACUACCCUCUCAGUAAAGUAAUACUUCCUGAUAUUAUUUUUAAACCUUUGUCCCUCUAAUUUAAGACUAUGUCCUCUUGUUGUGGUAGUUUUUCUUCUUUUAAAUAUAGUCUCCUCCUUUACUGUGUUGAUUCCCUUUAUAUAUUUAAAUGUUUCUAUCAUAUCCCCCCUGUCUCGUCUUUCCUCCAAGCUAUACAUGUUAAGAUCCUUUAACCUUUCCUGGUAAGUUUUAUCCCGCAAUCCAUGAACCAGUUUAGUAGCCCUUCUCUGAACCCUCUCUAAGGUAUCAAUAUCCUUCUGAAGAUACGGUCUCCAGUACUGUGUACAAUACUCCAAGUGAGGUCUCACCAGUGUUCUGUAUAAUGGCAUGAGCACUUCCCUCUUUCUACUGCUAAUACCUCUCCCUAUACAACCAAGCAUUCUGCUAGCAUUUCCUGCUGCUCUAUUACAUUGUCUGCCUACCUUUAAGUCAUCAGAAAUAAUCACCCCUAAAUCCCUUUCCUCAUAUGUUGAGGUUAGAACUCUAUCAAAUAUUCUGUACUCUGCCCUUGGGUUUUUACGUCCAAGAUGCAUUAUCUUGCACUUAUCCACAUUAAAUGUCAGUUGCCACAAUUCUGACCAUUUUUCUAGUUUACCUAAAUCAUUUGUCAUUUGGCUUAUCCCUCCUGGAACAUCAACCCUGUUACAUAUCUUAGUAUCAUCAGCAAAAAGACAUACCUUACCAUCAAGACCUUCUGCAAUAUCACUAAUAUAAAUAUUAAAGAGAAUGGGUCCAAGUACAGAUCCCUGAGGUACCCCACUGGUGACAAGUCCAAGCUUCGAAUAUAUUCCAUUAACUACAACCCUCUGUUGCCUGUCACUCAGCCACUGCCUUACCCAUUCAACAAUAUUGGAAUCCAAACUUAAAGAUUGCAGUUUAUUGAUAAGCCUUCUAUGUGCAACAGUGUCAAAAGCCUUACUGAAAUCUAGGUAAGCAAUGUCUACUGCACCACCCUGAUCUAUAAUUUUAGUUACCCAAUCAAAAAAAUCAAUAAGAUUAGUUUGGCAUGAUCUCCCUGAAGUAAACCCAUGUUGUCUCUGAUCUUGAAAUCCAUGUGUUUUUAGAUGUUCAUCAAUCCUAUCCUUUAACAUGGUUUCCAUCACUUUCCCCACUACUGAAGUAAGGCUUACUGGCCUAUAGUUGCCCGACUCCUCCCUAUUACCUUUCUUGUAAAUGGGCACAACAUUCGCUAACUUCCAAUCUUCUGGGACUACUCCUGUUAACAAUGAUUGGUUAAAUAAAUCUGUUAAUGGUUUUGCUAGUACACCACUAAGCUCUUUUAAUAGCUUUGGGUGUAUUCCAUCAGGUCCCAUUGAUUUAUUUGUCUUUACUUUUGACAGUUGAAAUAGAACCUCUUCCUCUGUAAACUCACGUGUAAUAAAUGACUCAUUUAUCCUUUUUCUCAACUGAGGUCCCUUUCCUUCAUUUUCUUCUGUAAAUACAGAACAAAAAUAUUCAUUGAGGCAGUCAGCCUGACCUUUAUCCUCUUCUACAUACCUUCCUUCUUUUGUUUUUAAUCUAACUAAUCCUUGUUUUACUUUUCUUUUCUCAUUUAUGUAUCUAAAAAAUGUUUUAUCCCCCUUUUUUACUGACUGUGCUAUUUUCUCUUCUGUGCUAUGUCAUUAUGUCAAUAGCAGAAUUUCUCUGUCAAACUGCUUGAAAACUAUUAUAGCUAAACAUAGACUGCACACAUUAACCUCUAAAAUAAGUUGUGAUGCUUACAAUGUACCUUUAGGUUUACCUUAUAUGCCUUUGUGCCUAUUGUACAUCUGCUAUAGUGUACGAAAGUAAAAAGCAGGUUUAUCUGAUGGUGAUGUAUAAAUAGAAUAUACAUGGAUACAUUAUCCUCCUAAAUGUCUUUAUUUUAUCAAGGAUUAACAUUAAAGGGUUAUUCCAAGCACCAUGACCACUUCAGUGAUUUGAAGUAGACGUGGUGGCCGAAGUCUGUAUGUGCAGCGUUUCACAUUGAAACGAUACACAUACAGAGAAUAACUCCUUAGCUGCUGGAGAUGUAACAAGAGUUGGAUAAAGAGGCUGGAUAAUGUUGAUUCUUUGCAUUUUAUUUUACACAGAAUAUCAGUCAUUGGCUAAGAGCAGGUAACUGAUGUUCUCAGCCCCUGAAUAGCCUUGGCUUCUGUUGCUCUGCAGAAGUGUGUCACGGGACCACCAGGGAGCAUCAGAGCCUGGCGGGGACCCAGGUAAGAGGAGACCCUUUGCUAAACCCGGGAUAUGAACCAAUAUACUCUUGGAAUCAUAACCACUACAGCGGACUGUAGUGGUUAUGGUGCUUGGAGUAAUCCUUUAACCCCUUCCCAAUGUACUGGGUAUGUCCGACAAAAAACUGCCGUAAACUACGCUUGUACUUACCUGGACCGGUGUUCCCAGUCGGGGUGGACUGCCUGAGUCCCCAGCAGUCCCUCUGCAGUAGCUGCGUCCACCGCAGCCCUCCUGGGCCAUGGGAUCACUAUAAUCACAUGGCCGCAAUAGCAGUCUAUGCAGCUGCCAGCAGGGGCUAUCAGGCAGUCCCCCAGACAGCCAAAAAGUGUAAACAAAUAAUAAAAUAAAAAUAAUAAAACUGUCCGCUAACGCUCAAAACCAAUCAGUAGUUCCAGUCCACAUUAAUUGAAGAAGUACGUAUUUAAAAAAAAAAAAAAAAAAAAAUUAUUUCUGGAACAGAUCUGGAGAGCCAGAUUUGGAGUUACCCAGUUUCAUAAACGGUUGAAACUAAACGAGUAAGGAAGCUCCAUGGACCGUCUGGCAUCAUAAAAACUUUUUUGCUAAAGUUGUUAUAAUGCCAUACGUGUUCCUUUAAAAAGGACUGGGGGGAAAGAUUCAACACCUGUCUUGAUUGUCCUUUUAAAUCGCUAAUCAAACCUUUCUAGUAUCUGAUUCCCAAUCUCUUCAUCUUACUACAGUUUACUAUUCGUAAUAUAUGUUAUUAUAGUGCAAUACGUAUCAUUACAUCGUUAAUGCACGUUGUGAGGUUAAAUGUUCUGAUGGCAAUAAACAAGGUAUGCAUUUUAAGGCGGUCCUGGUUUCAAGUUGCUGGUAAUUCUUGAUAAUUUCUAUUCCUAUGAAGUAGUUAUUCUUUAUAAACGCAGUCACAGUAAAUUUUCCGUUCUAUGCAAUUUUCUUUCCUUUCUGAUGUUCAGUGAUUAUAAAUAACACAUGAAAUGACUUCCAAGGUAGAAUGCAGGGAUCCAUUUUGAAAUAUUCUAUAAAGUAGAAAAUGAUUUAUGGUUCCAUAUGAUUUUGGCUGAAAGCACUCGGGCUUUGCUAGGUCAUCAGAGCCCUGUCAGGAGAAUCUAUUAUUUAUUGUUUGAUAGGGCAGGACGGCUGUAAGUAGUUUAUUUUAUGUUUAUACUGUGUAAGUACAGUGUUAAGAAAAAAAAAAAAAAUCUGUUCUUCAGCAUUGAAAUUAUAUUGUGCAAAAGCAAAACAAAAAAUAUAUAUUAAUUUAACAGUAUUACAAAGCAUCAUGCUAGAAAUCUGUGUAUUUUCCUAUUUAAUUUUUUUUACAUUUUUUUUUCGUUAUCUGACCAUAUUCAGUUUUUGCGGAGAAGUUCCUUAAUAAAAAAAAGCCCACAUAUUAAUCUGAAAUUAUUGGAUCCGCAAAGAUUCUUUUCAAUCAACAUACAGAUUGUUUCACAGUUUGGAAAAAUACUUGUCAGGAGCUGACAUCUAAAAGCUGAAAUUUCAUUGCUGGUCAUUAGCAGAUAGCUGUACAAUUCAAGAACAAAUUUCUGUCAGUUUAAAAGUAGUAUUGUGCAAGGUGCACAGCGGCUUAUUUAACCCGACACAUGACAUGUGUGACAUGCCAUGAUUCCCUUUUAUUCCAGACGUUUGGUCCUUAAGGGGUUAAAGGAUCACUUGCUGAAAUUAUUUAUUUGACUCAAACUUUUUACAAUUGUGACGGUUUAUAAAAGUUCAAAUUUUAAUAGAAACUGGAACUUUUAUAAUUGGGGCCAUAAACCUGUAUUUCCGAUUCUGUUACUUCCACUAAUCUAGCGAUAGUAGCAACCGCACUGUGUUUGUGUGCACCUAUCUUCCCCUCUUUUACAAUGAGCUGCAUUACAUCGGAAAGCUGUGAUCGCAUGCAUGCUCGCAGCUUCAUUGAGAAGCCUCAGACUGAAGUAUUUCCGGGCACAGAUUGAAAGUCAGGGCUGGAGGAAAAAAGGAACGGUUUACAAAGACUUUGGACAAGAGAUCUGGAUUUUUCGCAAGCUGUUUUUAGAUUUACCCUGAGUGAAAAAAGCAUGUUUUCAUUGUGGGUGUAUCCACUACAAUGACAUAUUAAUUUAAUAUGGUUUAAAUUUAGAUACCUAGAACCACUCACAUGAUAUGGAGCCUAUAUUAUAUUGGCUCGGUAAAAUGGACCUCUGCUUUUAGGGCAGCAAUACAUCUGUAACAGUUUAACAGAAGUUGGAGCCCAGUUGUAGGAGAUGGCACAAGGAGGAAGCAAAAACCAAAAACACAGUACAGAUAAAGGGAACCCCUGUUUUGGAUGGUACAACUGUGCGUGUGUAUUGAUCAUAAUUGUGAGAGUACUUUUGAAAACAACUGCCUGAAAGUACAUAAAAUGCUGCUUUACUGCUAUAUUAGCUGUCCACCUAGAUUAAAAGGACAAUAUAGGCACCCAGACAACUUUAGCUCAUUGAAGUGGUCUGGGUACAGUGUCCAAAGUCCCUUAACCAUGUAAAGGUAGUUACUGCAGUUUUUAAUAACCUUUGAGGGUUAACUCCAUUAUCUUUGAGGGUUAACUCCACCUCUGGUAGACAGCCACUAAUGGGACUUCCGGAUGGUCGCCGUUGCCUAACUUACACUGGACGUCCUCACGCUAUGCAUGAGGACCUCCAGCGCCACUUGAAACCGCAUAGGAAAGCAUUAUAUAGUAGGGGAAGUACCAAUGCAAGCAUGGCCAGCUAAUCAACAAAUUUAUAAAUGAUCUUGAAAUAGUCAUUGAAAGUCAUGUUUGGGCAUCUGUUCUAAAGAAGGAUAUUAUGGCAUAUUAUAUGGAUAGUAUAGAAAAAACCCAGAGACAGGCUACAAAAUUAAUAAAAGGAAUGGAUCAUUUUAGUUAUGUGGAAGUUUAACAAAUUUAAAUAUGUUUAAUUUAGAAAAACGACGCCUCAUAGGGCAUGAUAGCAAUAUACAAAUAUAUUCGGAGCCAAAACAAACCAUUAUCUGGGAAAUGUAAUCAUAAACAGGACUAUGUGUUAGAUUGGUAGUAUCACUUAACUUUAAUAAAGAUUAAUAAAUAUUCCCAACAAAAAGUGUUUAUUCAUGCAAAUCUGUGCAAAUAUACUCACCUAAAGCGCGUUUCACCUUGAAGGCUUCCUUAGUCAGAAAUGGUGAUCUUACAAGUCCAUUGUAUUUAUCGAAGGUCAUUAAAAGUUUAUUAUCAAAGUUCCAUUGUUCAUUAUUAGACCAGCUUGCAUUCCUCGCCUCUCUCUAAAGUUCGUCAAGCCUCUUUCUAGAUCUCUUGUAUCUGCCAUGACUCUUUACUGCCAGCAUGGCCGCCAUUUUGUGUGUUCCAAGACUCGUUUUGGAAUAGAUAUGUGCGGCUGCCAUCUUGGUCCACGCUUUGUUCCGGUAUUGCCAUUGGCCAUCUUGUUAUGCUCGGAUCGCUUUCUAUCGCUUGUUUCUUUGUGGGAGCUAAUAUUUUAGCCUAAAUCCCUCUUUGGGAUGAUUAUAAAUCUGUCUUCUUUCAAAUAUAUAUAGGAUAAACAGGACUAUACAUAAGACACAAGGUCAUUUAGACUAGAAGAAAUGAGAUUUGGUCUAAGGCAAAGUUCUUUACAGUAAGAACAAUAAGGAUGUGGAAUUCUCAGCCUGAAGAAGUGGUUUUAUCAGUCUGUGUUUUAACAUCAACUGGAUGAAUGCUUGCAAAUGCGUAACAUUCAGAGAUAUCCUUUUUAAUAUGUGGGGUAAAAGCUUCUUGAUCCAAGGAGAUAUGACUGCCAUUCUGGUGCCCUGAGGGAAUUUUUCCAGUUUGUUAAAAAAUUGGAAAGUGUUUCAAACUGAGUUUUUUUUUUUUUUUUACCUUCUUUUAGUUCAACAGCGAAAACAGAUGUGAGAGAGGCUGAACACGUGUCUCGUUUCAGCCUUUGUAGCUAUGUAAUAAACUUUUAAAAAAUUAAAAGUAAAAACUUGUUGACAUUUGUCUUUUAAGGGAGUUCCUUGUAUCAUAAUCUACCCAAGGAGUACACAGAGUUAUGGUGUUUGAAAUUGUCUAAUUCUGGAAGUCAACCCAGAAACACUUCUGGAAAAAAGUCUUUCAUCCCUUACUAACAAUGCUGUUACUUUUAGGUCUGCCAGAAUCCAUCAUUGCUUCUGCUUGCUCUAGAAUCGGACAGAGGGUUCUUCAUGUUGAUGAGUAAGUAAAUCAUACUCUAUAGAGGCAGCACUUGUUUUGUCACAGCACAGGAGAGCAGGAUUUUUUUUCUGGCUGUCUAUAUUGCAUAUUUCUGUCGGUUAUAUGCUUUGAUUAAGUUUAUAAGUAAUAUAAUUUUCGCUGUCCACUUUUAUUUCACACUCAUCAUUGCUUGUGUAACUCUUCACACCCCCUCCGUUCAUUACCCUGUCCAUAGUGUAAUUUCACUGCCCCCGAUGUAUUGCUCAGCACCCUCCUGUAAGAUGAUCCCCCUCUACAUUUUUUAGUUUCACAGGACCCCAUAAUAGUGUAUCCCUCUAUACUCUCCUUUAAUUUCAUCGACCCAAGUGCAUUAUUCUUUACCCCCAUUUAAUUUCAUGGUUCCAAGAGCAUCACUCCCUAUGCUGUUUUUAUUUCAUGCUCUCCAGUGCAUCCCUAUCCAUCAUCCUUUUUUAUAAUAGUUAUUAAAUUAUGAAAUUCAGUUACUACCUAUGAAUCACUAAGCCAAUGACAAUAUGGCUCCAAGGUGCCUAGUAGAGAAAGGUGGUUCAGCUUGAUACUUCAGCCGAUCUUUUAUUGUAGUAGUCACUGGAGAGUAGGAAUAUUGAACAGAGAAUAAAGGUGAAAUGCUGGUGGCUAGGACUAUAGUAAACUCCGACUUCAUAGAGCAAAAUAAAAAGACCAUGUAGUUAUCAAAACAGAUGGUAAUGUUAAUGCAAUGAAACAAACUCUCCAUUUUCUUCUUCUUGUCCUACUGGAGGUGCACAAAAACAACUGGAGAAAUAAUGUUUAUUGCCUAAUGCAAAUAUAUAUACUAAGGUAUUUCUGUAAUAUAAUAACUGGGAGCACAGUUUCUUGGAAAGACCGCUCUGUCCCUUGUUUUAAAUUACAAACAAAACAUUCACUAACUUUCAAAAAUGUAAAUCAAAUUAACAGAGGUGGAAAAAAGACUCUACUGAAAGUUUUCCAAAAUUGAAUGUUGUGACUUAAAUCGUAUAGACCAGUUGUCUCCUUUACUGAGUAAUCCUACUUGGUUUGAGAGAUACAUAAGUUUAUUAUGAAAAAAAUAUAUAAUUCUUCCAUGUUAAAUGUUUUUUCCACCAUGACCACAUCUUAUUUUAGAAGGGGUUAUGGUGGUAAGAGUCUGUAUGUGCAGUGUUUCUGCUUGAAAUGUUGUACAUACAGAGAUGUCGUCAUUUUUAUAUUGGGGGCUAAUUGCACCCCAAGCACAUGUGACUUAGGCAGGCUACUUGAUGUGAAGUCUGUACAAAAAAAUACAUCUGCUGUCAGCAAGUGAUGCGACAGACAACAUCAACUUGUUACAAAUUUGGUAUUAAAUAAUAAGAAAGUCGUAUUCAUGGUUUGUGCAAUUUGCCGGGUUGUGCAACCAGUGUUAAUUUUGUCAACUAACAAUUUUUUAGUCAGAUGUUAAUCUACUAAAGUUUUUGAGAUUUAGUCGACUAAAACUAAAACAAUUCAGAUGACUCAAAUACGACUAAAACAGCUUUUUAGUCAAAAGACUAUGACUAAAACUAAAUUGGAAUUUGCCACCAAAAGUAACACUGGGGGAACGAGAGUGGGGGGAGGGGUGGAAGACACAUGAGGUGGCAUGGGGGGACCUAGAGAAUGAUAUAUGUGGAGGAACUGAGGGAGGAAUGGAGACACAUGGGCGGCUAUGGGAAUGAGAUGUGGAGGAGAUUAAUCUAGUGACUGGGAUUGACACAAAGCGACAGAGGUGCUGGGGUGGAAAGAUGCAAGGUGCUCUGGGAGCGGGAAGGAUACCCACAAAUGGGACUAUGGAGAGAAUGAGAGCCACAGAGGGGCUGGGCAAGGGGCAAAAGAGACAAAAACUUGGGGGGAGACAUAGAAUUGCUGUUGAAGGGGCAAAAGAGACAGACUGGAGAUUGAGAGGGAUACACCUAGAGGGGCUGGGAGGACACAGAGACAAAGAGGGUCUGGGGAAGGGGCAAAAUAGACACAUAGAGGCGUUAAUUAAACUCAUUAGAUUUUAGUUGUGUCGACUAAAAUCUAUUGGAGAUUUAGUUGGCUAAAACUAGACUAUAACUGAAACAAUUCAGAUGACUAAAACCAAAAUGGCUUUUUAGUCAGAAGACUAGGACUAAAACUAAAUUGAAAUGUGCCACCAAAAUGAACACUGUGUGCAGCAAACCUACAUAUGACCAUUACACCUUAAUUAAGGCAGGGAUAAUAAACCCUAGCACUGCAAAUGUUUGACUUCCCAUGAUCCUUUGUAUCACAAACCUCAUCAGUGGCAAACUUAGGUUUGUGUUUUAGGAUAUUCCAGAAUCUUUAAAGAAAACAAGCCGUUGGAAAAGCCCUUUUGGGAGGAAGCUCCCAAAACUGUGAAACCCCCCCCAAAAUUAAGCAUAUUUUUACUCUUUACUCAUUACGAAUGUACAGUAUUAAUUACAUUGUAAUUGUUUGUGAUUAAUAAAGGUGCCAAUAGCUCUGUAUUUAACAGUAGUAAAGUGGUCCAUUAUAAGACACUGAGAAGAACCUUUGUUGAUUUAUAUAUUGCAGCCCAGCCUCACCAUCAGCAGCAGCUAAUCUCAUUCAAAAUAGACACUUGAUUGCCUAGCUGUCAUAAAUUCUUGCAGACUGAUUUGAAACUAAAGUUAGCUUCUGCCAAAUUGUAAUUGAAGGAGGACCAUUUCUGCUUGCCAGCUAUCUGUCUCAAUAAAUGUAGUCUGUGGUUCUUUUCACAAAGCCACAUUCGCUGUAGAUAUUAAUGAGAUGUUGACAUGUGAAAUUUCAAGGAUAGACAUUAAGUGAUUUAGAAAAGUAAUUUGCAAUUCAAAAUGCCUAAGAACGGCAUUCAGUCCUAACUCGGCACAGCGAACGGGAAACUCACGGAGGCAGAGUUGAUUGUGUAUUUUUUUUUCUCUCUCCCUUUUUUGAAAUUAAUCUAGUUCCCACAGUAAUUUGUUCAUUUGGUCAGCAAAAUUUCUUUUACCCCAUUGCUCUUAUUGUUCGUGACUUGUAAUAAGACUUCGCUCAUAAUUUCAGUUUUACUGAAGGAUGUUGAUACAAAAUUUGUGACGUGAAUAGUUGUUCUAUUUUAUGUUCUCCUUUUCUUAUUUUAUUUUUUGUAUUUUUUUUUUGUAUGUGUGCUUUAGAAUUCUGUGAUCUAAAAAGUGAGUGCAGUUUUUCUGUCACAUGUUACAAUUAUUUGUAUAUCCUUAAUAGGAGCUUAUUUGGAGCACAGCCAUUGGAUUUAUAUUGAUUAAUUCCCCUCCUGGCUUGAAUGAGUCAAUUAUAAUAUGUUUAUGUACACGUCUGGCUUUAUUGCUUUUUUUUUUCUUUUCUUAUAUGGUAUAAAUUUAACAAAUUAUAUAGUGCUCUUAUCCAGAUCAUUUUACAUAUAGCAAUCAUACAGUAAUUAACAAUUAGUCUGUGAUACAGUGUAUAUAAUGCUCUUAUCCAGUGCGUUUUACAUAUAGCAAUCAUACAGUAAUUAACAAUUAGUCUGUGAUACAGUCUAUACAGUGCUCUUAUCCAGUGCGUUUUGCAUAUAGCAAUUAUACAGUAGUUAACAAUUAGUCUGUGAUCCAGUGUACAUAGUGCUCUUAUCCAGUGCGUUUUACAUAUGGCAAUCAUACAGUAAUUAACAAUUAGUCUGUGAUACAGUGUAUAUAGUGCUCUUAUCCAGUGCGUUUUACAUAUGGCAAUCAUACAGUAAUUAACAAUUAGUCUGUGAUACAGUGUAUAUAGUGCUCUUAUCCAGUGUGUUUUACAUAUGGCAAUCAUACAGUAAUUAACAAUUAGUCUGUGAUACAGUGUAUAUAUUGCUCUUAUCCAGUGCGUUUUACAUGUGGCAAUCAUACAGUAAUUAACAAUUAGUCUGUGAUACAGUGUAUAUAGUGCUCUUAUCCAGUGCGUUUUACAUAUGGCAAUCAGACAGUAAUUAACAAUUAGUCUGUGAUACAGUGUAUAUAGUGCUCUUAUCCAGUGCGUUUUACAUAUGGCAAUCAUACAGUAAUUAACAAUUAGUCUGUGAUACAGUGUAUAUAGUGCUCUUAUCCAGUGUGUUUUACAUAUGGCAAUCAUACAGUAAUUAACAAUUAGUCUGUGACACAGUCUAUAUAGUGCUCUUAUAGAGAGCAUUUUACUUAUAGCAAUCAUACAUUAGUUAACUAUUAGUUUGUAAUCCAAUAAAUUAGAAUGCAAUAAGGUUGCAAUGGAUGCGGUACAGGGAAUGUGUGUAGAGAUAGAAUAUUAGAGAAAGAUGUUUAGAAGAAGUUUCUAAAAGUGGAGAGGGAGCAUGUUCCAGUAUCAAAGACAUUGAAGUGAAAAUGAAUGAAAUUCACAAAGAGCACAGGGUACUGUUCAUAAACUUAGCUUUGUAUCAGAGGCACCGGUAUUCCUGACGGCACUAGGUCUCUCUGUACUUUCAUCCAUCUUGACUCAUCAAGCGAGGUGUCUGGACUCUGCCAACAUAGUACCCUUUGUGUUGAGGGCUGGAGAAGGUGCCUCACCACAUGACUACACUUGGUACCCUUGUUACUCAUUUAUGCACAUGCUCGAUUUUGAUUUUGUUUUUUGUUUUCACUCUUAAAUUUAUUUUUAAGUUCCGUUACUCACCAGCUCACCUGACUAAACCCCGACGAUACCUGACCUGUGCCCAUGAAUCUCCUGGGGUACCACAGAUGGUUAGCUCCACCGAACGUUCACUAGGACAGGGGUAGGCAACCUUUUAGUAGUUCUGUGCCAUAACAAGGUCUUGAAGUCCUUUGACGUGCCAGUCCUAUUUUUAUUUUUUCAAUUUAAGGUGUGUAUGUUGCGGUAUUGUGCUUGCGUUAUUCAUGGGUGCUGCAGUUGCUUUAUAGCAUUGUAUUUGUGCAUAUGUGGGCUGUUAUAUUGUAUAUGUUCAUGGGUAGUUUGUGGUAUUGUGUAUAAUACUUCUUAAUGUGGACUGUGUAUAGGGGCUGCUUGUGUAGAUGAUAUGUCACAUUGUACUUUUGGUGAUGUGUGUGUAUGUGUGGGGCAGCUCUGUGUAUAUCUAGCAGGAUGGGUGGCUUCCCUGUAGUCCAGUGGGGAGAAUGACCACGUACAAGUCAAGGGCAGGAGAUGUGAUCGCUUCUGAGGGCUGCUCUACUCCAGUGUGGAUUCUUGUGAUGGGAGUUUUAUGAGAUCACAUCAUCUUAGUGCUGCACUGUGUAAAUUGUAAUUAAAAAGGAGCACAGGGGUAUGGUGUAACGGACGUGGAGGUAAGUAAAUGAAAUAGGCAGAGCUAUAGCGCGAUAUGAAUGAGGAGAGAUAGGGAGGAGCAAGGCUACAUAUUGACUUUUAUACAGAUGUAACAGAUGUAACACUUUUGAGUUUUUCAUUAAAACCUUCAUAGAAAUCUUUACAAACAAAAUUAUAUAAAGAAUACUUUUUUCGCAUGUACGACCCGAUUUAUUGCCAAAUUUGGCAAUGGGAAGAGUUUCUGCCUUCACAUCCUGCCAUUUCCCAUCAACCUUUGCAAGUGAGGGCUGAUUGGGGCAUGCAGCUUCUCACCAGGUGAACAAUAGAUAUCAACAUCUUAUACAGAUUAUGGAAUACUAUCUGUGAAAGAUCCCAGGUUUUCCAUAUGUUAAAUAUAUAUAAUAUUGGACUCUCUAAUGGCCAAAAAACUUGUGGCUCCUGUUAGCAGUUUUUAGCCCUUCUGUUAAAGGACCACUAAAGUCAAUAGUCUAUAUGUUUAAUCGUUUAAAGUAAAACAUUGCCGUUUUGCAUAAAGGUCCCCAUUGCUCCUCUAAUGAGAAUUAGAUUCGCUAUUGUCAGAGGAAGCUAUACCUCCUCAAAGACCUCCCAGUAGGAGGAAUGGUGAGCAGCACCAAGGGGGCUUUAGUGCUGGUAACAAGUGAGUACUGUAGAAAGCUUUUUUUUUAAAAAAGAAGUUUGUAUUGCAACUCGGGGGUAAGGGCACUUAACUAGAUUGGGAACAGGGAUACUUUAGCUUUAGGAAUACCGGUUUUAAGUAGAUCAUAUAAAGAUUGGUUUUUAGGGAAUCUAAGGGACACUAUAGUCACCAGAACCACUACAGCUUAAUGUAGUUGUUCUGGUAAGUAUAGUCAGUCCCUGCAGCCUUUUUACAAUAAACACUGUCUUUUCAGAAAAAAGGCAGUGUUUACAUUACAGCCUAGGGACACUUCCAGUGGCCACUCCUCAAAUGGCUACUAGAGGUUCUUCCUGGGGCAGUGAUGCAUACUGUGCAGCACUGACAUUCAGUUUCUCUACCCUCUGCAUGGAGACACUGAAUUUUCCUCAUAGAAAUACAUUGAUUCAAUGCAUCUCUAUGAUGAGAUGCUAAUUGGCCAGGAUGUUGUUUGACUCCGCCCCUGACCUGCCUCCUUGGCUGAGAUAAUCAGAAUUGAUUAUCUCAGCCAAUCCACUGCUUUCCUAUUAGGAAAUAUUAUGAUUGUCUGAGAUCAUCACCUCUGAUGAUGUCAGCCAUCGAGGCAGAUCAGGGGCAGAGCCAGCACCAGCAGACUGGAAUAAAGGUAAUAUUUUACUAUAUUUAGGGGGUGGGGGAGGGCAGGGAAGUUAAAUAUUGCUUUUAAUACUAUAGAGCAGUGGUUCUCAAACUAUCCCCCCUUUGAACCGGUGGGGGUUAUCCCAGCUUAAUGCUAGCAGGGAUGCAGGCUACCAAUUUUUAUUCCUCGUUUUUAUUCCUCAAAGUUGCUCAUUUGUGCAACAUGUUUACUUGUCUUUUGUCACUGUGCCUGACCCUUUUUCUUCACCACUACUGUGAAUAAGCAUGUUUUCAUUACAAAAAACAAGUGCAGCACAUCUUGAAUGUAUGAUUUGUUUAAAUAUUGUCAUUAUACAUCUUGUCAUAUGUCAUUACAAAAGCUUGUACUUAUCAUGCACUCCUAGAAUAAAGAAUACAUUUUGUUUUAUUUUUUUAAAAAGGCACAUGUCUGCGUUUAAGGUGAUAUCUCAAAGGAAAAUGUUAAAGCAUUUCCGAAAUUAUUUUUUACCAAACUCGCUCCCUCCUGAGCACCUCCAGACCUAUCUUAGACUAGCCUAGAAGAAACGAGAAUAGCGUACCUUUCUCUUUAUUUAUGUGGCCACGUAUUAACCUCAGACAUAACUCUUUAUUGACGGCCUGUAUAUUUUACGUUUAAAGCUGUCAUUAGUGCUUUUUUUUUUUUAAGCUCCAUAUAAUAUUCCUUUGAGCAUUACAUUUGAAUGUAGACAUUUGGUUAAGAGCGAUAUACCAACCUGGCCAAGAAUCUUAACCAUUAAUCUGUACAUUCCUGAAUGAUGAAUUUUAAGUGAUUCCUUUCUAUCUGUAAAUUUAUCAUUUCUUUUAAAUUUUUUUCAUUUAACAUUUAUUUUUUCUUUAAAUACAAAUCUUUGAUAUAACUUAACUCUGACAGUUUGGAAGUGAUUGCAAAGUACAUUUUUAUGAGAUCCUUUUAACACCGAGUUAUUUUUUUAUUUCCUCACAGGAGAAAUUACUAUGGUGGGAAUUGGGCCAGCUUUACAUUUUCAGGGUUACAGACCUGGAUAACAGAUAACAAGGUAAAUUGAAUGACUAAUUACUACUUGAACCUUACACGUCAGGGACAGAAGCAAAAUAUAUAUACAUUUUUAUAAUUUUCUUUUUUUUUCUAAAAAUGUUUGUUUAUGUUUAUACAUGUUACGGGAUGUGGUUUUUCACACCUUCAUAGAGCAGGUGCGUUGAAUUGCAACAGGGAGAUCCUGACUGAUGUCAAGUUCAAGACAAGACAAAAUAUAAAACAACUAUUAAUACAAACAAGCAUACAUAUGCAAAAUAUAGCGUUCUUUAAAAAGUAAUGAAACCUACAUGGCUGUCGUAUCAACUAAAAAUUAUCAUUUGUUGCUAAAACCUAGACUUUUUUUUUUUCUUUCUGUUUUAGUUGAUGUGGCAGCCAUAGUAUGGUAAGAACUUUUAUUCUCAGAGGCUUUGACCAAAUAAUGAUCUUUGUCUUGCGACUCAUCUUCAUGAUUCCAUUGUGUUAGACAUAGCAUGUAGAUUUAUCCUAUUUGCAUUCUUAUAGAUUUAUCCUGGAGGAGGCAGUCAUGAGUAGAUAUGUGCAUUUUUUGCACCACUCCUUAAACUAAUUGAUUUGUUUGACAACGAAUCAAUUCUUCCAAUACAGAGCCCCUUUUGACUAGUUUUAGACUGAUCGAUCAUCUUAAAAACUAUUAGAAAGGGUCUCUAUGCUGGACAAAUCUAUUAAUUGUCAAUCUUUUAUUUGUUUAAGAAAAAGUGAUUCAAAUGAACAUAUGUAGUCGUGAGAGUUGGUUGCCUGGCCACUAGUUGGAAUUUAGCAUUUAGCUAACAUUCAGCUUUGCCCUACCCCACUCCCCACACACUGUCCGUUGGUUAUUUCUUGCUAUAAUACAUUCAAAGUCAUUCAUUCAGUUAAAAAACUGUAAGGAAGAUACUCUGCAGAGGUAUUGUAAUGUUCCAAGGUAUGCUAGUCAGAAUGUGACAUAACUUCACUAUUAUGCUUUGUGGUGCUUUAAGUACUAUACAAGAGGUAAGUCUCUCUUUAAAAUUCUCUCCACUAAAUUCCUAACAAGGCUGACUCUUGUAUUGAUUUCCCUUAGAAGGAAGACAUCACCAGUGAAGUUGCCUCAUACACUGAUCAUAUCUCUGCCAAUGAGAAAUGCAUUCUACUCAACAACAAGAACAAGACCAUUCAGAAUAUUGAAGUUUUCUCUUAUUCGGGGUAGGCAAAUCUGAUCUUUCGUCAUUCUUUUAGUUACAAACAUUAUCUUGGUUUCCCAACAAUGGGAAAAAGCGACUUUAAAAGAAAUAUUUCUCAUGACAUGGUAUUUUUAUGUCCUUGCAAUCAUAUGUCACCCUCCAUCACAGCUGACCGCCAUCUAUUAUAAAUAGCCAUGGAGGCACAUCAUGCACUGCUCCAGAUGUGGAAAAAUGGUACUAUCAUGCCAGCUGUCGUAGAGCUUCAACUCCCAAAAUGCUUUGCCAUACUUAAGACAAAUAGCACAAUGCAUAAAAUAGCUCAUAUAUUGGCCGACAUUAUGGAGGUGUUAUGUAAAAUAAACAAUUCAGUGGCAUAGCUAUUAACGUGGACUAGUCACACUUAAAGCCAGUGGAAUAUUCUUACUGUAACAACUCAGACUCCACUUAUUGUUAUGGUUCUAUUGUUAUGUUUACUCUUACUGUUUUAAUUUUUUAAUUAUAAAUUCAGAGAACGAGGGACUUGUGUUCUUUGGUGCGUAUGCUUGGUGCUUGCAUGAGCAGUACAUGUACAUGUCCCAGGAUUCUAACUGUCCCAAUUGUCGCUCUCUCGUGAUUUUGCUUUUAACUAUUUUUUGGUUGGUGGUGUUCUGUUCUCUAUCUGAAGUUGCUGUGCUGUGUCUCUCUGGUUGUCAGCUGACUGAUUAUAUCCAAAGAAAUCAGAAAGCUUAUAGUACAAAAACUGUGUUUCAGGCACUGUUAUUGGAAAGGUGACCUCUAAAAUCCAGUAGCCGUGAUACUUCAUGAUUACUCAGAUUUUAGAAAUGUGCUCAGAAUAGAUUUUUGUAUGUAAUCGUAUACACUGAUCAGACACAACUUUAAAACUGACCGGUGACGUGAAUAACAUUGAUUAUAUUGUUACAAUUGCACCUUUUGAGAGUGGGCUAUAGUAUGCAUCAAGUGAACAGCCAGCUCUUGUUUGCUAUGUUGGAAGCUGGAAAAGUGAGCAAGCGAAAGGAUCUGCGUAGCUUUGACAAGGACCAUAUAAUGAUGACUGGGUCGGAGCAUCUCCAAAAUGGCAAAUUUUUUUUGGUAUUCAUGGUAUGCAAUGGUUAUCACCUACCAAACGUGAUUCAAGAAAGGACAACUGGUGAACCGGCAUCAGGGUCAUGAGCACCCAAGGCUCAUUGAUGCACGUAGGGAGCAAAGACUACCCUAUCCGGCUUUAUCACAUAGAAGAGCUACUCUAGGUCAAAUUGCAGAAAAACGUAAUGCUGGCCAUGAUAGAAAGGUAUCAGGAUGCAGUUUGCUGCAUAGCCACAGACCAGUCAGAGUGUCCAUGAUGACUCCUGUUCACCCUCAAAAGUGCCUUCCUGGGAGACGUGGCUGUGAGUACUGGACCAUGAAGCAAUGGAAGAAGGUUACCUAGUAUAAUGAUUAAAUAAUGUUUUCUUUUAAAUUUGGUGAAUGGUCGUGUGUGUGCGCAUUGUUUACCUGGGGAAGUGAUGGCAGCAGGAUGCACUAUCGGAAGAACACAGGCCAGUGGAGGCAGUGUUAUGCUCUGGGCAGUAUUCUGCUGGGAAACCUUGGGUUCUGGCAUUCAUGUGGAUGUUGCUUUGAUACAUACCACCUACAUAGAGAUUGUUGCAGACCACAUGCAUCCCUUCAUGGCAAUGGUUACAUAGUUACAUAGCUGAAGAGAGACUUGCAUCCAUCAAGUUCAGCCUUCUCCACAUAUGGUUUUGCUGUUGAUCCAAAAGAAGGCAAAAAAACCUAGUCUGAAGCACUUCCAAUUUUGCAACAAACUAGGAAAAAAUUCCUUCUUGACCCCAAAAUAGCAGUCAGAUGUCUCCUUGGAUUAAGCAGCUAUUACCCCACUAAUUAGAAAUUAUAUCCCUGUAUGUUAUGUUUUUGCAAGUAUUUAUAAGAUUGCAUUUAAAACAUCUGUAUGGACUCUGAUAAAACCACCUCUUCAGGCAGAGAAUUCCAUAUCCUUAUUGCUCUUACUGUAAAGAAAACAACCUUUUCUUUGCCUUAGAUGAAAUCUCCUUUCUUCCAGCCUAAAUGUGUGACCUUGUGUCCUAUGUAUAGCCCUGUUUAUGAAUAGAUUUCCAGAUAAAGGUUUGUACUGGCCCCGAAUAUAUUUGUAUAAUGUGAUCAUAUUCCCUCUGAGGCACCGUUUUUCCAAACUAAAGAGAUUUGAAUGUUUUAACCUUUCUUCGUAACUAAAAUACUCCAUUCCUUUUAUCAGUUUUGUAGCUCGUCUCUGCCCUUUUUCUAGUGCCGUGAUAUCCUUCUUUAGAACACAUGCCCAGAAUUGCACAGCAUAUUCAAGGUGUGGUCUUACCACCGAUUUAUAAAGAGGCAAAAUUAUAUUUUCAUCCCAAGAAUUUAUGCCCCUAUUUAUACAUGACAAAACCUUACUGGCAUUAGCAACUGCAGAUUGACAUUGCAUAUUGAUGCCUAAUUUGUUGUCUAUAACAAUUCCCAAAUCCUUCUCGUGUGUGGUUAUCCCUAAUUCUCUACCAUUUAGGGCGUAAGUUGCAUGUGCAUUCUUGACCCCGAAGUGCAUAACUUUGUAUUUCUCUACGUUAAAUUUCAUCUGCCAAUCUAUCCAAAUCCCUCUGCAGCAAAGCAAUAUCCUGCUCACAUUUGAUUACAUUACAAUGUUUUGUGUCAUCUGCAAACACUGAAACAUGGCUUUCAAUGCCUAUGUCAAGAUCAUUUAUAAAUAUGUUAAAUAGAAGCGGUCCCAAAAUAGAACCCUGUUUAUGUUACCUGUUGACAGUGUCCUCUUUUAGCCGAAUAAUAUGCGCUGCCACAAUUGUUCUGGAAUGGUUUGAGAAACAUUGCAAAGAGUUCAAGGUGUUGCCUUGGUCUCCAGAUUCUCUGGAUCUCAAUCCAAUUGAGCAUCUGUAGGAUGUGCAGAAUGACAUAUCCGAUCCAUGGGGGUCCCACCUCACAAUUUUCAGGAUUUAAAGAAUCUGCUGCUAAUGUCUUGGUGAGGUCUUGUGGAGUCCAUGCCUGGAUGCAUCAGAGCUUUUUUGGCAGCAUGAAGGAGACCUACAUGAUAUUGAUCAAAUGGUUUUUAUGUUGUGGCAAAUCAGUGUAGAUAUUGUUAAUAUUUAUGUGAGAAUGUUAUAUGUUACAGCACCAUUAGAGUUGUGUGAAUGGUUUAUCUUUAAGUAUUUCACUCUAGAUGACUAUAUCAUUAAGUUCAACCAUGUCAGUAAAUUUCCCUUAAGACUGGUUAACCAACUUAGCGACUGAGGUUUUUAUGAGAUUCUGUGGGUUCCUGAGUGAGGCUUGUUUCCACUUUUGUCAUUUGUUUGUUCCACUUUUAACUGCACCCAUACAUAUGAUCUAAUUCAGAAAUGCUACACAAAAAAAAUAUAAAUUUGUAGAAAUUAAGUUCCCCUCAGGGUAGUUAAGCAGGAUCAUUUUGAUAAUCUUCAAUUAACCAAUUGAUCACAAAUCUUUGCCAAAAUUGCUGUUUGCUCAAUACUCAGACUUAUAUUGUUGACCAAUUGAUUUAGUGUGCACAUGUCACGUUUGGGACUAAAUAGCAGGCCUUGUUCCUCAUUGCUGAGCAACUCUGUAAUAGCCAAUUGACCGCUGAUUCAAGCAUGCACUACUUGAUGGUAGGGAUAGACAACAAAUGAGACUUUUGGAAAAUAACUAAGGAGGGAAGUUAAAGGAACAAAUGAAAAUGUAUGUGAUGUAUAGUUCCCAUGAUGCUCAGCAGACGUAUUAGCCUAGUAUGGCAUCAUGGGAAUUGUAUGUUACAAAAAAUGUAAGGAUUUGUCUUUUAAAAUGUUGUGACCUACCAUUUCUGCAAUGCUCGCUUAGCCUUUUACACUUUACAUUAGUGAUGCGGCUAAUUUUGACCUUUACAUCGCUCACAUGCACGGGACACUGAAAUACAUGCAAACAUCAACAUUCGCACACAGUAAUAUCAAUAUAAACACUUACUGGUGUUGCACUCACAGAGGAAACACAACACACGCAGUACAUGAGCAUACAGAGAUCUGAGUAAAUACAGGAGCACUGACAAUCCUACGUACAGCAUGCACACAUUGACACCGUACACACAAUAUGCAUGGUAUUCCACAGUGAGACAUAUAUGUGCAUUUGUGAUGGAUCUACACACAAUUCCAAAUUUACAAAUGCAUUGCAAAGUAUAUGUUUGUGUUGCUUUAAAAGGACAUUUUUGACAUGAACAGACACACUCACACAAUUUAAAAUAUGUGUGAGGAAUAAGUUGUCGCUAUAUAAAAAACAAUAAUAAUAAUAAUAAUGUGUGUGCAAUGGUAUAAAAUAUAAGAUUCCAAGCGCUUCUAUAGUGUAAAGAGGCAGCUUCAACUCCCCAAAUCAGAGUCUCUGCACAUGGAUACUGUAUUUAGGAGUGCAGGGAAGCAGCGCCUUAAGGAAGUCCUCUGUUCAGGAUCAAAUUGGAACAAUAUGGACAGAAUAAAGUGCAGUAUUUCGAUAUUAUCGGUGAAUUAAAUAAAAGAAAUGCAGAUUUUAUAAGUUGUAAUCGCCUGUGGAUAUGCUUGUUAUCCUGGUCUUUUGGCGAAGGACAUCUAGGGCAAGUAUGUUUCGCUAAGAUGCCCAGUAGUCAAGUAGCAAGAAUUUACUGGUAUGGAAUGAAAAUGAAGAAGAAUAUAGUGCUCUCAUUUUCUCAGUCCAUAUAGCAUGGGUGAUAUAUUCCCCACCAAGGAAUUCAAUGUGAAAAUCCUCUGGAUAAAAUCUUCAAGGUAAAAUCAGGAAGGUUCAGGUAUGGUAAAAAAGCAAACUAAUUAUUGAAAAAUAAAGGUUAAAAUCAUACAUACAUAGGGUAAAACACCAAUGCAUUUCGCCAAAGGUUGCAGACUUUAUUAAACUGUUACAGAGGAUGGACCUAUCCUGAAUAUAUAGCAAAUUCUAAUGUAACUCUCAAGUGACAUCAUAGAUCAUGUGACCAAUGAAGCAAUUAACUUAUACACAGAUUUAAAAAAAAUAAUUUAAAAUGAAGUAUGUGAAGAGUAAUCAAACACAAACCGGUAGGGACAAGUGAUUUAAAAAAAAAAAUAUAUAUAUAAGAAUGUAAAUGUAAAAAAUGGGAAGUGACCAUAAAAACAAGACUUCGGAGAGCCCAUUGAGAUGGCGUUGUGACCAUUCUUGUACAGCUGAAAAAGUUAUUAAAACCUAUGUCACUGGAUCUAUGUGGAUGUAGGUAUUAUUCGAAGCCUAGAAGGGUGGAAAAUAAGUCUAUAAAAGCCUAAUACACUAAAGGCCUAAACUUCCCCAAAAUACCGGAAGUGAGGGAGAGGCCAAAACAUGAUGGGAAAUGUAGUUUGAGAAUGGAGGGGAGGGAGGGAACUCUAAUAAAACGCAUGUCAAAAAUGUGUAAAAAUGCAGGAAUUCUUAAUAUAAAAUUUUAAUUGCAAAUAACAGCUCAUGGAAUAAAAUACAAAUCCAUGGAGUAGAAGUAAAAGUCUGGAAACUUAAAAACAUAUAUACUAAUCACAGAAAAUUAAAAAUAUCAAAAUCAACAUUUAUACCAGGGGGUGUCAAGAUGUUUAAUUUAAAAACCCAACUCAUCUCUUUUUUGUCCAACAUUUUAGUGAGAUUUCGACCCCGCCAGGGAAAGGUUAUUUUAUCUAUGAUGUACAUUUUUAAGUAUUUGGGAUCCUUCUUGUGAAUUAAAUGUUUUAUGUCAAAGGCUAGUGCACACUGUGGGGUUUUGCACAUAGUAUCUGAAGACCUAUUGCCAGUUCUGGAGCACUGCAGAAGCCGCAAAAACACGUCUAGAGUACGCAUCGUUUUUAUCUUAUUUUUGCAUAUAUUUUUAAUUCAUUGUCAACAUAUAAUGCAUUAAAAUCAAUGAGUCACCCUUGCCUGGAGUGACUCUUUUAAUACUCGUCAUAAUUUGAAAAUCUGACAUAUCCACUUUAACCCUUUCUUUAAUUUUGUUUAACAAUGAAUAUGGUUCAUUUGACCCUGUUGGCUUGUAUGGUGGUUGACUGAUUAUCUGGGUGAUAGGUCUACAGCAGCUGGAGUGUCAGUAUAAUACACUGCCGACUGCUAUCACAUUGACAAGUGACACCUUCAAGUAAAAUUCCAUUUACAAAGUAUCUGUAUUUAUUGGUGCAUUGAAACAAUGGAGGGAAGGAGGAGGAAGUAACCCGUUUUGUUUAUAAUCUAAUAUCCACCAUGGCUGGCUAGUCCUUGAGCAAAUGUGGCCAUAAAUAUCAUCACUCAUCCACAUAAAGCACCAGACAGAGAAACUCCUUUGGUACACACUGCACUUUUCAAACAAAUGCAUUUUCUAUUUUUUAUUUAAACAAUCAGUCACUGACAUUGUGUGAUCUGUCAUUUUUGUGUUACCUGUAAAAAUACCCUCAUAUGAGGGUUGUUCAGUAAAUAAAGCGAAUAAGGUACAUGUCCACUUGACCGUGGACUUUUCACGAGUGUUGUAAUUACUUAAAGGGGAAGUUUCUAUAAAACAAACUCUACAUCUGUGGCAUUUAAAGGGUUGCUUGCAGGAUGGACAGCUAGACUUUGAUGGAAGAACCACGAGUAGGACUGUUUUGGGUUGACAAGAGUAGACCCUUAAAGGGAAAGUCUUCAACAUUGGCCCAAGUUGUCCACAAACCUGGCUUAUCCACAUUUAUUUUUUAAUACAGUUUCGAUGUCUCUCACAGUAAUCAUUGUCUCUUUUUCUGUGACUGGCAAAGCUUAGAGAUGCUUUUCCAGGCCUGUUCUUGACAGUUGCUGCAUUCUGAGCACUUUGUCAGAGUUGCUUUGAAACUGUUUUUUUGUUCCAUUAAUUCUUGUAGAUAAGAAAUGCUUUCGUUAUGCUCAUUCUGAACCUGUUGUAUGUGUGAACAAAGUACGGGACGUGGACUAUAGAACCUUUUAGAUGAGCGAUGGGUCAUGCCAUGCAUUUCAUUGUGGGGUGCAACCUCUUGCAUAUCUGGAACCCAUCUUGGAAUAGAGAUACACAGUCUUCAAUGAGUACAAUGAUCUUCAGGCAGGUAUAAUGUUUGAUUUGCUAGUAGCUUUGCUGGCAUGACAGGUUAAUAAUGCAUAUACCUACGUGAAUCUGAGUCUGCCAUUCACCAUUUUUGACCAUGAUUUAUUUAACCAACACGUCGUGAAUCAUGUAUAAUGUAUAAUUUAUAUUUUAAUUGAAAUAUCCUUGUUUAUUAGCAGUGUAGAAAACCAACGGGACACAGUCACCCAGCGCACCUGCUAUGAUGGCCCAACUUAGUAGAAUUGGCCCCUUCCUUGUACCUCUUUACCUUUCACUGCAGACACCUGUAAUAGCCUUUGAAGUUCAUUAUUUCACAUCAGAAUGCCUUAUUCUCUCUUACUACAACAGUAUAUCCACUUUAUUUUUUGUCUCUUCCUAUUCUGAGGGGAAAGAUCUUACUAAAGCUAAAUAACAAAAAAGUUUUAAAGAAUAAAUAACAGAAAAAUAAAUCACCAAAAGCCUUAUUUAUAAGGUCGAUUUUUCUGUUGCACAUCACCAGUUAUUACACACGAAAAGUGAUUGUUCGAUGAGGCAGAAGAUCAAGAUCAAGCGUCUUUCUGAGCGUGUUCAGCAGAAAAUCGUGCAUCAAGCAUGUUAUCAAACAGAAAUCAUGAUUAACCCGACAGCAUUAACCUAAAUAAUAAAAAAAAUGAAAAAAACCCUUAUCUGCAUUUAGUCUCAUUGUAUCCAACCCAAUGAAUAUGCCCACAGUAGGACACAAUACAAAAACAAAAUCUCUAGAUUUAAUAAGACCCUCCAUUGCUCUUUCUGUUUGCCAUGGUCCAGCAGGAAUUUUGGGUCUGCACCUCAAGACCCCACAGUCUCACCUUACAGGAUAAGGCUCCAUUACCAUUGCCAUAUUGGAAUCUUAUUGAGUCUCUGAUUUUUUGAUGGUUCAAGGAUGUAACGGACCGUUUUGCCCAAAAGAGGUUAAAAAAACCGUUUAGGCGAUAUUCCCCUUUUUUCAGAUGCACAGACAGCUACUGCAAUCACCACUCUCCCGAACUGGAGACACACGAAUACUGGAAACAGCCGAAUAAGAAAAACCAUGCAAAUAGGUUUACACUCCUAGCACACAAACUGGAACAGCAUACAAUAAAUCCUCCCCCAAUAAUGAGACGACACUUCACUUUGAGGGUUAACCAGGAACUGUUUUACUGGGGCUAACUGCCCGGCUUUUAUGCAUGUCUCCCACCUGGUGGACACUCCCCUAGGGGACCAAAUGGGAGACUGUGACACAAAGGGUAAAAGGACCAAUCACAGACUUACACAUUUCAACCAUCCCACAAUGCAUCACAAUCCCUCCUCUCUGCUCUGGAGAUAAUUGAGAUGUAAUUCAAUUAUCUCCAAAGACAGAGGCAAAACUCCAUUAACCACAUGACAGAAAACAAACAGUAAAAGACACAAAAUUACCUACAGUUACAUUCAGUACAUAAAACAUAUACGUUCUACAUAUCCCCAGAUAGCUCAGGUCUGAGCGCACAUUAUUAAGCGAAUGGCGCUCAGACCACACGAAUACAUUUUAAACGCCAUGGAGCCAAAAUCUUUACACAGUCAGUUUCAUGCGAAUGGGCUCCAUGGGAUUCCUAUCUGGGGUACAACACACUCAAACAAAUCUACCGAACACCUGGCAGAAAAGCACGAAUAAGUCUUUUCUGUAGGGAAAAAGAUGUCUUUUAACAUGGGGCCAUAGUCCAAAGGCAGCAGGCGAGCAACCAGGCUUCUCCAGUGUACAGUGGUGAGGUUGGUUUCGCCACAAAGGAAACUUAACUCCAUUGUGAGGCGUUAUGCCUUUGGCUUUGCAUAGGGUCGCUCAAAUUUGCCUUGGAUUUCUCCACUUUUUCUCUCCUAGUCAACUCAACUUACUGGUCGGAGAGUAUUUGUUAUCCAUCUCUGGGUCUUUUUCUUCCCAGGCUAGUGCCUCUAUCUUUCUAUCUAUUUCAUGGUUUGUGUAGAUAUUCAUAAAUAUCCCGCGCAAACCUUAGGAGCCACUCACUUUGUUUAGGGUGGAAUCAUGCAGUUAGGAGAAUUACAAAUCUUAUACCCGUCACUGGCACUUCUAAAUUACACAGAACACAUUUUUAAAUACAUCACUACUCCAUGGUUUAUCAUUAAUCCUUAAUUAAGGCUCUCUUAAAUAAAGUUAAAUCAAGGGUACCAGGAACAGGCCCUACAUAUUCAGGGCCGCGGUUGGCGCUUUAUAAAUGCCAGUAAUAAAUAACAGUAAUCUUGCCGGCCAUUGACAUGUUCUGGAGCCCCCCCACCAAAGCCCAGGGUGUUAUUUAAAAAAAAAAAAAUUUAAAAAAAUUAUGAUUCUUUAUUUUUGUAGUGCAUUGAGAACAACACAGGAUAUAACAAAAUACAUGUCAAAGGAGAGCAUUAGAGAGUGCCAAUAAGGAAAUAAGCAAAAACGUAAUUCUCACACAUGCUAGCGGGAACGAUAUUAGAGGCUGAAAAUGAGUAGAGGCUAAAUGCAGGAACUCGAUAAAAACAAUAAAAAUGGUAACUUAUAAGGUUAACCCUGCUGAGGUACAGUGACCCUAUUGUAGCCCAAUGGAAAAAGGCUUCAGUCACCACUAUUUUGAUCAUGAUCGAAGGAAAAAGUUUUUAAUUUGCCUUUGCAUUGAGCUUUCUUUUUUGUGCAGCUCUUUUUGCAGGUGAGACUGACACUAAAACAAACUCCCAGUAAUAAACAAAAAAGAACUCCAGCACACACAUUUGAUUGAGGAAUCAGCAGAACAACAUUUCGGUCUCACAGCCUAUCUCCAGCCCAUGGAUUGUGAGACCAACACGUUCCUCUGCUGAUUUGUAUUCAAUAAAGAGGUCUUCCUGAAACUGAUCUGUGUGCUGAAGUUAUUUUGCAAUUCUUAUACUAUGGUCUGGUGACCUGUGGACUGCGUAGGUGCACUGAAAGAAAAUAUGUUGAGAAGUGCAUGUUGACAACACUUUAGUGUGAUUUUUCUGUAAUAAUGACUUCCUGGAGGAAAAUGGGAAUAUCUCUGGAGGGGCAGACCUGGAGAAAUGCUCAGGUAUGGGCAUGUCUCCAAAGGCACGUUUUAACCUUCUAAAUGCCAGAAAUGGAUACAACAAAUCACAACAAAAUGUGAUAGCUGCCUUCCUGACACUCCAAGUGCUAAUUAAGACUAAUUACCUCAUCACUGCACUUGUAAACUGCUAUCAACAGUGGGUGAAAAAUCUAUUAGAUGUAGAUCUAAUCUUCCCUUGUGUCGGCAAUGAAAUGAUAUUCUAAUAUUUACGUUCCCUUCAAAGCAACUGGGUAAGACUCAAGAACUUCAUUCACUUAAUUAGGUUUCAUGGUUUAUUUUCCCAUAAAAUCUUUUUUUUUUCUCUGUUUAAUAAUUAUACCUUGUAGUUGAAAUUAAUAUUAAUGAUCCUUGCUCCACUUCAUCUGCUAAUAUAGAUGUGAAUUGAGAAGAAAUGUCUUCCUUUUCUUUAAAAGAAUUCUCUCCCUUCGCGAUUCAUCAUUGUGAUUAGUUUCUCCUGCUUCCUGCAUAUCAAAAUGAUAAUUGAGUUUCAGAGGACAGAUAGAUUAGGCAGAAAAAUCAUUUAGAAUGGACACAUUUAACUGUAAUGUCACAGAACAGAGAGAGUUGCAAACUGUCUCAAUAUGGAACCGUUAAAAAGAAAUGUAAAGAUAGGAAUGUUAAAUUUUCAUUUGUUCGCGUCUUCUUCGUAAGCUUUGAAAGGAAAAUGAUCCAACCAAGCAUAUUGUGAUGAUAUUGAAAAAUAGUUCUUUCUGUCACUAUUGUCUUUGAUGAACACGUUUCCAAUAAUCUGGAAUGUAUUUUAUUUUACUUUUUUUUACUUUUUUCGUGUAGCAUUCUUAUCCAUAGUGACUUCAUAUAUUCAUAGUGACUUCAGAUGAGGCAUAAGAAUGUAUAAUUGCAUAUUUUAUUCUAAUGAUUUAGCUCCUAAGUUGCCUCCAGCGUCCGUCUCGGCCCUCCCUUGGUGACAUCCGGCUUCCCUAUUUUCACUUACAGGAAGCGUGGAGUGCCGCCGAUUGGCUGAGAGUGGUUAGCUGAUGCUCUCAGCCAAUCAGUGACUUUCCAUUCACUUAACUGGCUUGGAAAGAAACAUACCUUUUCAACGCCAGUUUAGAGAAUGGGGAGUCUCUGAUUGGCUGAGAGCAUCAGCUGACUAUUCUCAGUCAAUCAGCGGGGGCCCCUGCCCGGCGGCUCUCCAUGCUUCCUGUAAGUGAAAAUCCUGAAUACGGAUGCCUCCUGGGGGCAACUUAGGGGUAAAACUGUUUGAGAACAGUUUAACCCCUUGAGGUAAAAGUGCCUCCAGGGGCCUCCUGGCACCAUAACAACUUUGUUUAGAUGAAGUUGCUUUGGUGCACAGAGUGUUAUUUUAAUGGUGAUUUAUGUAUCGUAAUUUUUAAUGCAUAGUCCUUAUAUUGCAUUAACAAUGGGGGGUUAUUUAACCUGAACAGUUUUCCUUAACUUAAAAGUUCUACAUAGAUACACAUGGGACUGAAAUUAUGCAGAGAGAUAAAAAGAAGCAAAUAUUGUACAGCACUUGGAAUCAUUUGUAGUAUGUGACUAUGUACUUAAUUAAAAUCAAACCUUUAUCUAACACAAGUCUUAUAGGUAGUAAAUGUUAGUGGCUUCUCACCCUUAUAUAUCAAGCAAUAUUUUUAAGCAUGUUGUUGCUCCUGAAAACUAUUGUCAUCUUCGUGAUUUACAAUUGAUCUUUUCAGAGUUGCAUUGAUUGGUGGGUGAUUGCAUCAGCUCUUUAUCAAACAAGAAACUUCUUCUAUUACCAAAAAUUAUUUAUUGGUAGAAAGUCAGUUUUUUAUUUUUUUUAUAUUUCUUAUAGCAGUGAAGACUCUGAUGUGGAAGAAUCUGGAGCACUUCAUGUGAACCCUGCCCUAUUAACAACUGAUGUUACAACAAUAGAUCCCACAAUCGAAGCCCCUUCACAAAAAGGUCCCUCGGCAGACAACCAUUGUAAAAAUCCUCAAAAACAAGAAGAGAAGAAUGGGCCAGGAGGAACAGAAAAUGCUGAUCCAAACUUGUUAGCUGAAGGUGAUCACCUAUCAGAUGAGACCACUAGCACAGACUCAUGUCCUGUCCUGGAAUCAAGCGACACUGCAGACACGGGACCAAGUUCUCCUCAAACCAACGAUCAAAUCGCAUCUACGCCUGUUACUUAUUCACACAUUGUUAAAGAAGGUCGAAGAUUUAAUAUUGAUUUAGUGUCAAAGGUCAGCUUUUAUUUAAUACCAAUAAUUAUUUAACAAAAACUGUUGUCGCUUAAGAUGCAGAACAGUGGAAUUUCUAAAAUGUGACUGAGUAUUGUGGGAUAUGUAGUUUAUAUGUGUAUACAUUGGUGGUAAAGUUAUUAUUAGUGUAUAAGGUAUGACAGUGUUCAUGUGUUUUGUACAAGAUUACAGUUCUGCAUGUUUGGGGUGUGCAUGAUCUUUUAUCUUUUUUUUUUUUCCUUCUUAAAUGUAAAUCUUGGUUCUGGUUUCCAUUAUAAGUGGAAAACUUAACUAUGGCAAUAGAAUGGCUGUUAGAAGAGAUUAGGUGAUUUCUUGUAAUAAUAUGUUGUUAUUUGAAGUUUAGCUGUCAUUUCGUCUGAACGUUUUUUUUCAAUAUGGUGAAAGCCAUUUUAAACUCUUAGAGGCCACCAAUCAUAAUAUGUAUUUUACAGAGAUGUUUGAAAACCAAUUCUUAUCCAGAAAAAUUGUAUUAAGUUUCAUAAAAAUAAAUUAAAAAUAUCCCAAAAAGAAAGACAGAUUUAAAAGUUGACCAGCAAAGACAUGAUGGGUUUUUAAAGAAGUGUAUGACAUUAAAAAUUGAGUUUGUCGAACAUAAAUAACCAUUUUUUUUUUCUUCUUCUUGAUAGUUUCUCUAUUCUCGAGGAAUGUUAAUUAAUCUGCUCAUCAAGUCCAACGUCAGCCGUUACACCGAGUUUAAAAACAUUACCAGAAUUUUGACCUAUUACGAUGGGAAAAUUGAACAGGUUUGUUACAGUGGAUUUCUCGUCCCUUAACUAAUGAACAGUGGAUUCAAAGGGUUACUGUGACAAAGAAAAAUAGUUGCAGCUGUGUGUUAGCAUCAGAAGUGUAACUAUGGAAAAAUAUUGGUGGGCAGAUGCAGACCCCAGAGUUCUUCACCCAAAGUGACCUAAUUAUACCUGCUUUAUCAGUAGUUGUAGUAGAGAAUCUGUAACCGUCCAUGGCACAUCUGUUUUUGUGCCCUGAACACCAGGUUUGGUAUUUUGUCACUUUCUUAAAAAAUAAAAUAAAAAAAAAGACGAGGUAGUGCCAUAAAUGGUAAAAAUUGGGAAAAAAAUAGGAAAAUUAGUAAACCUGAGGAAUAUGGAUGUGUAAACAAGCAGUACACUAACCUAUAGACUUUAUGACAAAUAAACUAUUACUUAAAAGGAUUCUAUAGUGCCAGGAAAACAAAGCCGUUUUCCUGGCACUAUAGAAUCAUACAGUGCCCCCUCUCUCGCGCAAUAGCCGAGCUCGCAUUAGGAUUUUCCCAUCGAAAGCAUUAUUCAAUGCUUUCCUAUAGGGACACAUCUGACGUUGGAGGUUCACAUACAGAGCGUGAGGGCGUCUAGCUUCAGAUAACGGCCCAAAGGUCCGUUUCAACCCUGGAAGUCCCUCUAGUGGCGAGGUGGAGUUAACCCUGGAUAGUAAUUAUUGCAGUUUCUCAGGGUUAAGGGACAUGGGACAUUGCACCCAGACCGCUCCAAUGAGCUGAAGUCGUCUGGGUGCCUACACUGUCCCUUUGAAUUGUUCAAGUAGUGUUUUCAUUAAUGACGUGAAAUGAAUUAGUGUUUCAUGUAAGAAUUUAGAACUUACUUAGGAGUUUUAAACUUAGCGGGGAAUACUAUUUAUUGACUACCUCAACUUCUGCUAAAUGCAGACCUAUCUAAAGUGAGAGUUUUAUUGUUAAAAUAUACUCUUCCAAUUCAUUUGUUUAUAAAUAUGGAAACCUAUUUUACUGGGAAAAAAAGUUGGGUAAAAGGCAGGAUGUUUUUACCAACUGCCUUUAGUCAUACCAACAGUUUAUAUCACAAAGCAUAUGUAGCAGAAAUUGAGUUUUACAUAUUGGAGCGAAACAUCAAUGUUUACAUUUGUCCAAAACCACUCCUCUAGUGGCUGCCAAACUGAUAACCACUAACGUCAGUUCAUACUUAAAGAAACACUAGGAUGUCUGGAAUAGAUAUAUACUUCUCCUUACUUUAAAAAGGUGUUAAACUCACCCUUUUUCAAGCGCCGCGCUGGUCUUUUUGCAGCUGACUCCACCUCCGUGACUGUGAUUAUCAAAUUUGACGAUCUCAGCCAAUCCAAUCUUUUCCAUAGGAAGGUAUUAGUAGGCUAAUGCCGUGCUGCGCCAGUCAGCAUCUCCUCGUAGUGAUGCAUUGGUUCAAUGCAUCUCUAUGAGGAAUGUUCAGCACCUGUAUGCAAAACUGUGCAGCACUAACCCAUGAAGCACCUCUAGUGUCCGUCUGAGUGACUGCACCUAGAGGUGUUACUAGGAAGUAAUGUAAACACUGCCUUUGAUCUGAAAAGUCAGUGCUUACAUUAAAUAGCCUGCAGGGACUUACCAUACUUACCAAAACCACUACAUUAAGCUGAAGUUCGUCUGGUGACUAUAGUGUCUCUUUAAGAUAUUUUCAAAAUUUAUGUUCUGCAUUUUCACACAGCUCAUGGCGACCCUGAACAUGUAGGGGAGGAGCUGCUAAUAGUAAAAACCUCUAAUGGCUAUCUGAGUGGCAGCCAGUACAAGUGCCCUCAGGGGCAAAUGCAAACACUGUCUUUUCAUCGAAAAGGCAGUGUUUGCAAAAAGGGGCUGCAGUUUCUUUGCCCCAAACCACUACAUUAAGCUAUAGUGCUUCUGGUGCUUAGUGUCCUUUAACACAAGUUGUAGGUGAUUUUCAUUGGUUUAUUGAGUAGUGUAAUUUUCAGAGAAGUGAUUAUAAGAAAUUAUAUUCUCAUUCAUAAAAAAAAAUAAUCUGUGUUUCUAAUUUCCUAUUUUCUUGCUUUGUUUAUUGCUUUAGGUAAUUGAACUUCACAUUAUGUUCUGCUUUGAAAUGCCACAGGAAUUUUAAAUGCCACAGGAAUUAGUUCAGGCACCCUGAGCUAAUUCCAACCACGCAGUGCUAACAGAACACAUUACAGCACGUGAAAAUGCUCAGCAGUCCCACCAGGUGUUUACCUGAUCUGCUCUUUGUUGAUUCUUUCUGUUGGUGGUGUAUGAUACACAACAAAAAAUCUUUAAAGAGGAACCAUCAUUUUUCUGUAAUACUUUAAAAUCACCAAUACAUUAAAGGACCACUAUAGGAACCCAGGCCAUCUUAGCUCAAUUAAGUGGUCUGGGUGCCAGGUCCCUCUAGUUUUAACCCUGCAGCUGAAAACAUAGCAGUUUCAGAGAAACUGCUAUGUUUCAACUGAGGUUAAUCCUGCCUCUAGUGGCUGUCUCAAUGACAGCUGCUAGAGGCGCUUCCACGAUUCUCACUGUGAAUAUCACUGUGAAAAAUGGCCGGUUUUAAUGCGCGCGCGGCUCUUGCCACUCAUGCGCAUUCAGAGCUGACGUCGGCAGAGGGAGGAGAGUUCCCCAGCGCUGAGGGAGCCCGGCGCUGGAGAAAGGUAAGUGACUGAAGGGAUUUUAACCCCUUUAGCCCAGCGGGAGGGGGUCUCUGAGGAGUGGGUGGGACCUAAUGACCCUAUAGUUCCAAGAAAACAAGUUUGUUUUCCUGGCACUAAAGUGGUCCUUUAAGUAAAAUAGUUGUGUGGAUAAGCAAACAUUAAAGCAACACUGGACACCGUACCAACUUAAUUUCAAUUUCAAUUAUUGUGCCUCGAGGUCCUACGCAUAAUUGUACCAUAUGGGGUUAAACCGCUUACAACUGUUGAUGGCACCCGUCAGCUCAACCUCUAUUCUCCAAGACUUCGAUGAGCCUUCGACUGGACACCAGUGAUAGGCUGAGAACUUCGGCUUACCACGGGUACCCUUAUUGAAACAUAAAUGUUUGUCAGUAGAAUAGGGGCCGAGCUGGUGGGUGCUGUCUAUUCAACAUUGGGGCUAAACGGUUCUUUAACAUUGUGCUGCCUGGAGUAUUCUUCUAAACUACAGUUCUCUAUUAACUAUGACGUGUUUUUCCACAGGUUCCCUGUUCAAGGGCGGAUGUGUUUGCCAGCAAACAGCUUUCCAUGGUAGAGAAGAGGAUACUAAUGAAAUUCCUGACAUUCUGUGCAGACUAUGAGCAGCAUGUUGAAGAAUAUGAAGGUAGGACAUUAUGUGUAUUUGUCUAAAAAAAUAAACCUUGUGUCCUUAACAGUAAAGUGUAUGUAAAAAGAGGAAACAAUAAUAGAGGAACAAAUGUUGGAUAAAAGUCAUAAGUCUGAAUGGCCACACUUUAUUAAAUGAUAUUCACAACUGUCACCAGAAUUUUCUUAUCCAUUUUUUAUGAUAAGAAUGUUUGCAGCAUGUAAUGAAAAGAUAUGAUGUUUUUGAAAUAUGUAAAAAUACCUAAAAAUCAGGUUCUUUCUUUUACAGAACACUAGAUCCCUCUGCCAUAUUCACACACCUUUGUUGGCACUUAAGUAGAAUCACUCCCUGCACAAAACGGUGAUGUUAUCAGCCAUCACUCUGUGGGGUCUGCCAGGUCCGAAUUUCGACCACCUUGCCAAUUCUCAGAUUUACUAAAGCAAAGUGUGGUCAGAAUUCGGUCGGUCCAACCGAUUCUGUAACAUUGAUUCGGAUGAGCAAAUCAAUGUUUUUUCAAACUCAUCUGUUGACACUGUUGCACAUAGAAGGCUUAUCAAUAAACUGCAGUCUUUAAGUUUGGAUUCCAAUAUUUUUGAAUGGGUGAGGCAGUGGCUGAGUGAUAGGCAACAGAGGGUUGUAGUUAAUGGAAUAUAUUCGAAGCUUGGACUUGUCACCAGUGGGGUACCUCAGGGAUCUGUACUUGGACUCAUUCUCUUUAAUAUUUUUAUUAGUGAUAUUGCAGAAGGUCUUGAUGGUAAGGUAUGUCUUUUUGCUGAUGAUACUAAGAUAUGUAACAGGGUUGAUGUUCCAGGAGGGAUAAGCCAAAUGACAAAUGAUUUAGGUAAACUAGAAAAAUGGUCAGAAUUGUGGCAACUGACAUUUAAUGUGGAUAAGUGCAAGAUAAUGCAUCUUGGACGUAAAAACCCAAGGGCAGAGUACAGAAUAUUUGAUAGAGUCCUAACCUCAACAUAUGAGGAAAGGGAUUUAGGGGUGAUUAUUUCUGAUGACUUAAAGGUAGGCAGACAAUGUAAUAGAGCAGCAGGAAAUGCUAGCAGAAUGCUUGGUUGUAUAGGGAGAGGUAUUAGCAGUAGAAAGAGGGAAGUGCUCAUGCCAUUGUACAGAACACUGGUGAGACCUCACUUGGAGUAUUGUACACAGUACUGGAGACCGUAUCUUCAGAAGGAUAUUGAUACCUUAGAGAGGGUUCAGAGAAGGGCUACUAAACUGGUUCAUGGAUUGCGGGAUAAAACUUACCAGGAAAGGUUAAAGGAUCUUAACAUCUAUAGCUUGGAGGAAAGACGAGACAGGGGGGAUAUGAUAGAAACAUUUAAAUAUAUAAAGGGAAUCAACACAGUAAAGGAGGAGACUAUAUUUAAAAGAAGAAAAACUACCACAACAAGAGGACAUAGUCUUAAAUUAGAGGGACAAAGGUUUAAAAAUAAUAUCAGGAAGUAUUACUUUACUGAGAGGGUAGUGGAUGCAUGGAAUAGCCUUCCAGCUGAAGUGGUAGAGGUUAACACAGUAAAGGAGUUUAAGCAUGCGUGGGAUAGGCAUAAGGCUAUCCUAACUAUAAGAUAAGGCUAGGGACUAAUGAAAGUAUUUAGAAAAUUGGGCAGACUAUAUGGGCCGAAUGGUUCUUAUCUGCCGUCACAUUCUAUGUUUCUAUGUUUCUACAGCAGCAGAAUCGCAAAUUAUCAUUCACUUGCUAUUUGCAAGUAAGUCAUUUGAAGAACUAUUUGCCCGCUUACAGCGCUAGCAGGCAGAUAGUUAAAUACCCUCGGAAUGGGGGAUAAAAACUAGCAACUCGAUAGCAGUGGUCACUAGUUUCCAUGUUUAUGUUGUAAAAUGUCUCCAUUAGAGCAACAUGGGGGUCUUAUUGAUCCCCAUAGAAUUUUUAUUUACACUUUUUUUUUAUAUAUAUAAAAUGUUGGACACACCUGAUCCCAACCCAAACCUGUCAUAACCUAAAACAGGUCCUACAAAACCAAACAUACAAUUUAUCAGAAAGUUCCCAAAAGUAAUAUCAUAUAUUCUGUUGCUUUUCUUUGAUCCGAUUAGCCUGCUGUUAGAAUGUGUCCCCGAACAUGGCAAUCCUUGUGACAAUGACACACUUGCCUUUAUUGCCACCUGUUAGAGGGUUCUUCUGCUCUUCCCUGUCACGUGAUGCUUGGCAUUGAUCUUUGUGACAAAUAAUUGUCAGUUGAGGUGAAAGGGAAACCUUUUAAAUCUGAAACAACACAUCUAGUUAAAAUUCUAUGAACACAAAUAGAUGAUGUUUGUUGUACUAUGAGUUUAUGUAAAACUGUGUGUACCAUGAUAGGUAGACUUAAUGUAAAUAGUUACAUCAGCUAACAAUUACAGUUUUGUGAUAGAAAAAUAUAAAUUUCAUUUGUUUGUUACAAGGAUGAAUGUAUAUAUUAGAGUCCUUGCCGUAUUUAAACCUUCCCAUUUCCAGCAAGACUUUCUAUUCUUUGCAAACUUUCUUAUACCUAUGAUUACUUUAUUCUUAUUCUCUUUUACAGAUCACAAAGAAAGUACAUUUUCUGAGUUUUUAAAAGUUAAACGUUUAACACCAAAUUUGCAGCACUUUAUCCUGUAUUCUAUCGCCAUGGUGUCAACAACUGCUAACACUGAAGAUGGAUUGAAAGCGACACAACAUUUUCUGCGGUGCCUUGGGUGCUAUGGCAACACACCUUUCCUCUUCCCCCUGUAUGGUCUCGGGGAGCUUCCCCAGUGCUUUUGCAGGUAAGUCUAACUUAUUGCAAAAAAGAAAGAAUUAGAACUCUGAGAACGGACAAAAGCUUAGAGUAAACUCUAAUAGCUUGCCCUUCGGUACAGCCACGCUCAGGUCUCAAAAUAGUUAUUUACUAAAGUGGGAAUUGUCAGGAUGUCAAAGUGAAUUAUGGCUUUUAGACCAAAAUAGACGAACUGGAAGCACCGCUGACUUGGAGAAUUUUUCAAAUUCCGCUCUUUUGGCAUGAAAUAUGAAAUUUCCUCUGAAUUCUAAACAAUUUUCCAUUUAGUAAAUAACCCUGUAAAUCAAACCUUGAGAAUCUAAAUUAAGAUAAACUGUCUGAAAACGAAGUUAUUAGAAUUGUUGUUAUAGAAAGUGCAUACCAGGGGUGUGUGCAUGUACUCACCCUGAUUGCAUUCUACGGAACUAUAUAAAUGUACAAAAAAUGGAUAUCAAAUCAAAUGUUGCUGUUUCACUGCUUUCUUGAGUAUGAAGCACCUCUAGUGGCUGUCGGGAAUAUGGCACUAGAGGUGUAUUAACACUGCAAUGUAGAAAUUGCUGUUUCUGCAAAAAUGCAGUGUUUUAGAUUGUAGGGUUAAAAUAAUGAGGCCUCUGCACUCAGACCACUUGAUUGAGAUAAAGUGGUCUCGGUGAUUUUAGUGGUUCUAUAAACCAGCAGAAACGUCCCCAUUCUUCAUUUAAAUCUGCUUACCUUUCCCAUUAUAUUUCCAUUGUGUGAAAGUGCACAUUGUUUUUACGGUAGAACCAUCUCAUGAAUGUAUUAUUGGAAACUGAAAAGGAAAUUUACCCAAGAUGGGCUCAUAUUGACAUUAAUAGUGUGCCAUCUUGGCUGUAUGCUAAGGAAGAAUGUCUCUGAAUCACAUAAGGAAUGAUUAGAAAUUUAAGUUGAUUUCCACGAAGUGGUUAGGCAGUGCAUUUCAUAGGGAAAAUUAUAUUCAGCAGAAUAGAACCAUAUAUUAAAAAAACAACAGUAACAAUGGCUAGCUUUAACUCAAAUAUGACAGAUCCACUUUAUUGGAAUCAUAUACGAAAUCUUUCCUGUACUCCAUACUCUCAUGCAGCUACCGUCUAAUCUGAUAUUGUUCAAUAGACACACGGUGGUCAUCCACAAGGAAUGUGUCCUCGGAAUUUCUUAAUGGGAACUAUGUGGUAGGUGUGAUGGUCAGGUAACUUGAGAAACAGCUACAUUCUUGACCUCAGAUUUGGAGUUUGAGACAAAGCUCUGUGAUUAUAGUUCUCUUUGAACUCUUGAAAUUGGACUAAGUUUCUUAAGAUCAUACUGGGUCUAAAGGGGAAGGAAUCCUGUCUCAGUAAAAUAUCAGAAGGUUUUUUUUAGAUUUUUGUAAUUGGGACUUGCAAAGCUUGCACAAAUCUCUUCCAUCUAUUGACAAUAUAACUGUUCAUAACUUGACUCCGAGUACAGAGAAAUCAACAACAUUUUGAAAUAUAUUCCCGUUCUUACAGCAGUUGGCAUCCUAGAUCCUAAGCAUCUUUCAUAAAGUCUUGUUAGGAAAAUAAUAACCAUCUAGUUGUCAGGUCUUGUGAAUGUGAUUCAAAGUCACUCGUGCACUGCGUUUUAGAUAGUGAUCCCAUUAUUUUGUCCCCAUAUGAGGCAGGGUUUUAAACUUCAACUUGCCAAAUAGGAGGAUGCAAUAAACGGUUCAAUAUUAAAAAUAAAGCAGUGCUGGUCCUGCUUUGAAUAUGUUGCCAGAAUCAUGGACAGAAUGGGAAUGAAGGUUGCUUUGCAUCUUUCCAGAUGGUUUGCCCUGAGGUGGGUACGUGCCUUUUUUUUUUUUUUGCCUAUAGAAUGAUGUCCCGAUGGCAACUCUUUGGACCUGGUUUUUGGUGCAGCAUUUUAGGACACUUACUAGUAAGUUGGUACAGAGCUUCCCUGGACAGUAAACUCUAGUUGGCAGUAAAACAUAAACAGACGAAACUAAAUCGAUUUAGCAAAGAGAACAAAACAUGAUUUGUUAUGGAGUGUUGCAAUUUUUCAAACCAAGGCUGCUGAGGAGGAUAUGAACAGUAGUGUUGAAGGGACACUAUAGUCACAAGAACAACUACAGCUUAUUGUAUUUGUUCUGGUGAGUAAAAUCAUUCCCUUCAGGCUUUUUUCAGUAUACAACCCCUUUUCAGAGAAAAUGCAGUGUUUACAUUACAGCCUAGUGAUAACUCCACUUGUCACUCCUCAGAUGGCUACUAGAGGUGCUCUCUGGGGCAGUGCUGCACAGUGUCUCACUCCUCAGCAUGGAGACACUGAACGUUCCUCAUAGAGAUGCAUUGAUUCAAUUCAUCUCUAUGAGGAGGUGUUGAUUGGCCAAGGCUGUGUUUGGUUUGUGCUGUCUCUGCCCCUAAUUUGUCUCCUUGUCAGUCUCAGCCAAUCCUAUGUGAAAUCAUUGUGAUUGACUCAGAACACAACUUCUGAAGAUGUCAGCCAAACAGGCAGAUCAGGUGCAGAGGCAGCAGCUGCAGACUAGAAUACAAGUAAGAUUUUGUUAUAUUUAGGGAGGCAAGGGGUGUGGUCAGGGAGGCUAGAUUGUGUUUUUAACACUAUAGGGUCAGGAAUACAUGUUUGUGUUCCUGACCCUAUAGUGUUUUUUGAUGUGAUGGGAUUGCCUCAUAGUAGAUAGUCGAUUAGAUGGGUAGGCUCUGAUCUGAUCCUUACCUCUCUUCCUGGCCUUUCUUUCUGUUUGUUGAUUUGCUCUCUCUUUUUAUGAGUGGUUCUGAAUGAAACUGUACCACAUUGCAAGAGAAUCCGCUGAAUCCAUACAAAGCAACACAAUGGUCAUCAAAACCACAGACAAGUCGGUGCUGUAGUUAUAGUGGAGAAAGGUGACAAAACAUGAGAGGCUAUAAAAAAAAAACUAAUACAGGGGAAAGAAAUAUCAUGAAAUAAAAAUAUUGCCAAACCUCUUGUGUUUCCGACAAAUCCCCAGGAUUUACAUCUUUUGCAGUGAGAGGAAGCGAUUGAAUCUGAUCAGCCAAUCCUAGCCAUCCCAUUUAACACUCUACAGUAGCUUCAUGAAUAUAAAUGUGAUUGUUGUUUGAAACCUAUGAGGGUGACUGUCAGAGGAGGUGAGGGAGUGACCUACAUAGCAUGCAGCGGUCUCGUAGGGACAUUCAAUGCAUGAUUUGUGCUGGAUGGGUUGCAUAACAAGAGGAUGACUAGAGCCCUAGUAUUGAGUUCUGGAACGUGGAUUGUAACAUAAAUAGGGGCAUAAAUUCUAGGGAUGAAAAUUAAAUUUUGCCUCUUUAUAAAUCACUGGUAAGACCACACCUUGAAUAUGCUGUGCAAUUCUGGGCACCUGUUCUAAAGAAGGAUAUCAUGGCACGAGAAAAAGUGCAAAGACGAGCUACAAAAUUGAUAAAAGGAAAGGAGCAUUUUAGUUCCGAAGAACUGUUAAAGAAUUUAAAUAUCUAUAGUUUGGAAAAAAAACGGUGCCUCAGAGGGGAUAUGAUAACAUUAUAAAUAUAUUCGGGGCCAGUACAAACCAUUAUCUGGAAAUCUAUUCAUAAACAGGGCUAUACAUAGGACACAAGGUCACACAUUUAGGCUGGAAGAAAGGAGAUUUCAUGUAAGGCAAAGAAAUGUGUUUUUUUUUACAAUGAGAGCAAUAAGGAUAUGGAAUUCUCUGCCUGAAGAGGUGGUUUUAUCAGAGUCCUUACAGACAUUUAAACAGCAAUUGGAUGAAUACUUUCAAAAACACAACACAAUUAGUGGGGUAAUAGCUGCUUGAUCCAAGGAGAUAUAUGACUGCUAUUUUGGGGUCAAGAAGGAAUUUGUUCCUAGUUUGUUAGUUUAAUUGGAAGCGCAUCAGACUCUGUUUUUUGCCUUCUUUUGUAUCAACAGCAAAUACAUAUGUGAGGAAGACUGUACUUGAUGGACGCAAGUCUCUUUUGAGCUAUCUAACUAUGUAACGUGAACAGCGCUCCCUGAAAUUGUGCUGCCCCUCCAUUCUAUACUUUUUUUUGUUUUAAGGGGAGGUGUUGUUGGGUUUGGCAAGGUAGCCGGUUCAGCUCUUCUGCAACUUUAUUUCAACAUGGCAACACCGGCUGAGUAGCUCUGCAGGUAAGGUGCUCAUAAUCACAGCUGAAUAUGGCUGUAGUGGCAACCUGGCCUUGCUAUCAGAGCCGAGAGCCGAUUUAAUGAAUUCCUACAAUGGAAAUUCAAUUGUUGCAUAAGAAUUAUACCCCCUCCCCGUGCCAGGACAUAUUAAAUAUAGGAGCCUAACUGAAACAUUUUAUUUUAAUAGAGCAACUUGAAUCACCGUGUAUCUGCUGUUUUAUCUCCCGUAUUAUUCGAUCAUCAAUUAGUGCCAACAAAUAGUGUGCAGAAAUUGAAGGUUGGCUGCUCGUUUAACCCGUACAAACAUCUGAUUUCUGAUUCUACCUAAAAAUUCUAUCUUGAACUCCCGAACGUGACAUGUCGGUGGGUUUUAUUGCCUUGCGGAUAAUGAACAAUAUUCCCUGACUAUUGUUUAGUAUGUAUACUAAAGUGGUGACUGCAGAACUAAUAGAUCAUACCUUACAGCUUUUAUCGCCAGGUUAUCAGAAUAAGGUGUCGUUUGCCCUGUGAUUUCUAACCACCGUCCCACAUUCUGUUUUAAUGUAAACCUCUUAAGCGAUGCUAGCAGCCAGUUACUCUUUGUGUUCUCAUCAAGGCUACUGUUAUAAAUGGCACGCAUGCAUAUUUAUGUGUAUGAUUCAAAGACAUUUGGAAGUCACAUCCUUGCAUUAUAAAUGUAUCCUGCAUAAACAGAAUAAUGCUUCAGGACCACCAAAGAUGUGCAACUUGCAAAAAUUUCCCAUAUCAUUUAACCCUUUGCUAUACUUGACCACGGUAAUUCCGUUGAUUAAAUUGUGGAAACAAUCUCGUUUAUUAGAAGUAACUUUUGUUCAACCUUUUACAUUUUUAGCAAGGUGUUGCUGUAGCUGCUUGCUGUGUGCAUUAAAUCAGAGGGUUCGUAUACUCUGUCUAAAAAGUAUGGAUCUAUAAAAAUUACACAACACAGAUAAGAGGAAAAAUAAAGUUUUGGGCUUGUUUAGCCCAUAACGUGCUCAGUCUGCGAACUCUAUAAAAGUUAUCAAGUUCUGGCUCAUCCAAAUCAAGUGUAAUUACAUUCACACAAUUUAAUUUAGACUCUAUAUAUAGAUUUAGACUCUCCUGAAAUGGAGAUUAAUAUACCUGCCAAGAAUAACCAAUUGUGUAUUGUCUUAUUUGCACACCAUCAGUGAGGGACUUGAGAUUAAUAUGUAAUGCAUAACUUUGGUCCUGUCAAAACUGGGAUGCUUUGACGUAAUUGGCAGGUUUAGUAUUUUUAUGUCCAACUACGUGUUUUCAUGGCCAUAAUAUAGUACUAAAACUCCAAUGUUCAAUGUUUUGUGUUAUGUUUACAGAUCCAUAGCUUAUUUAAUAUGGUAUGUACCGAACCUAACUCCUUAUUAAUACUUAAUUUGUUGGGCCACAAAAAAAUUCUAUUUAAUAGUCAAGGUUGGCAACAGAGUGUAUGAAAUUAAAACACUACAAAAUAUUAGAAAGAAAAUAACAAUAGGUGUAUGAGCCACCCAAAAUGAAGAGAGGUCUCUCUAUAGAUAGUCCUUAAAGCUGCAUCAUCACAGAGCCAGAAAAAUGGCUCCGAUAAAUGUGAGCAUAAAAAACCCCAAAACAUAAGACUUAAUUUUCCUUGCAUUAUUUUUUUUUUUAUUUAUUAUUAUUUUUAUAUAUAUAUAUCUUUCCCAGAAAGGUACACUAGUAUUUAUUUUGAAGACCUAUCAUCAUGCUGAAAAAUAUACUAGUACUUUUGUCUGUUGUUUUUAUGUAAAAUACUAGGCUACAAUAGCUAAUCGUGAAAUAAAGUGCAUUGCAUUUAUGGGCACAAUGAAUGUAAAGUCUCUUAAAACUUAACUUUGGCAAUAAAUGCAUAUAUUAUACAUAGAAAUUUUGAUAGUCUUGUGAUUACGGAGUAUUGCGGGACUGUUGUUCGGAUUUAUGGACCAGGCGGAGGAAUCAAAGGUAUUUCACAAAGUAUUAAAAGCCUUCGGGUGAAAGGGCUAGAAGAGAAAAGGGGAAAAACUCAAUCAAGAAAACUGCCACUGAUCCAAAUUUUACCAACCGAAAUAUGUACAGAGGGUAAGGAGGCUUUGUGUGAAAUCUUGUAUACCUGAAGACGUCGAUCAUCUGAAGAUUUUUGUUUACUUCUUGUUUUGUUUUUGUUUUUUUGUAGAUGACACUUUUCUUAUUAAAUGAUCAUUUCUGUUUGGAUGUAUAACCUUUUUGGAUUGGCACUAUCUUCCUCUUUUCCCCUUCUUCUCUACCUUGCUAUUCUUUGAUCAUUCUGACAUUUUCCUCCGUAUACCUACACGGUCUUUAAAUAGAGGGUUAGUGCAAAUUGCACUACCAAGCGGCAUUGUAAGAUGUGUGGUUGUGAGAGUGUUGGGGCCUACCAACUGUAAGCCUGUUGUAGCAACCCAGAUUGAAUGAGUUUGCAUUUGCUAAUGCAGAAGUGUAGGGAGGGGGUCUUGUUUUUUUCUUUUUCUUUUUUUUUUUUAAUUACUUCAAAAUUGUUUAACAGAAAACCUGGGAUGGUGCUUGGUGAUUCAUAGCACCAUAACUACUACAAUCUGCUAUACUGGUUAGGGUGCCUGUAAUGCCAGGCAGCAGCGAUUUUGACUGCGAUUUUCUUGCUGUUUUGUUUGUUUUCCCCAGAGGAGAGAGAUUCACUUGGGAUAAAGAGGAGGAAGGUGGUAUGAUCUAUCAUUCUGAAGCCUGCUCUCCUGUGAUGGAUGGAUAGAUUGCGAAAGUAACUCAAUAAUCUUCAUUUUUUUUUUCCAGGUUAUUCACAGAUCAGUGAACAUUAUCGUUAAUAAAGCUAAAGAAUGCUCCUAUGCCCUUGUACAUGUUGUUUCUCAGACUACUGCGGGAGAAGACUUUUAAUUUCAAAACCGCAUUCUCAUAAGAAAAUGAAUAGAUCAGCAUAUUUACUUGUGUUUGCAGGUGUGUGUUUGGAAAUGUGAAUGUAUUAAGGUGUGUGUGUGUGUGUGUGUGUGUAUAUAUAUGUAGGUAUGUAUCUAUCUACAAAAGAGGAUGCAUGACAGUGAAUCAUGUAUUGAAAUAAUAUACGUACAAGACUUAUGAAGACGUAAUAAAAUAUGAGCAACAUUAAUUUUUUUCCCCCGCAAAACACGCUUCAGCUUUAUGUAUCUUUUUUAUAUUGCAUGACUUUUUGUAAAGUAAAAUUUGGCUAGGGUUUCUUUAAUUGUAAGGUACACCGAGGGCAGUGUUAGGCAACCUUCGGCACGCCAUAUGAUGUGGACUACAUCUCAGGCUAAUACUUUGCCAGCAUUAUUGGUGUAAGAGCAUUAUGGGAGAUGUAGUUCAAAACAUCUGGAGUGCCAAAACUUGCCUAACCCUGCCCUAGGACAUACAUUCCUGUGCAGUACCUGCUAUUUAAGUCCUCCCUCCUGCCCCUCUCUCUUUUAGUGAGCUAGAGAGUUAUACUGUCUGUCUCCCUAACCACUCUCUUGGCAUACCAAUAAGGGGAGAGGGGACAAAUUAAUGAUGGCUCCUGUUACUCAGAGUAGCACCAACUAUUCUUGGGCUCAACAGAACGUGAGUGCACUGCACAGUGUCAGUCACAUUAUUUGAUGCAGUUUUAUUUGGUAUAGUUUUCAACAUUUCUCCAUUUGUUACAUCUACACGGGGAACUACAUACAUUGGUUAAUCCCUCUCCUUUUUGUUUUGUUCAUAUUAUUUUCACCUUGAUCACAUUCCAGAUAUUUUUAUCUAAAGAUGAUGCGUAUAUCACAACCAGCAUUACUGUAACUUAACACGUUUCUCCAAUCUUGUGCAAGCCUGGAGUGAGCUCCUUUAAGUGAGACACUAAAAGUUCUAAGUAAUACCCACAUAGUUUGUAUUUUGUUUUUGUGACUUAUUGAAGUCCCUUUUAACUGACCAUCAGCAAAUGAAAAAAGCAAAACCGCCCGAGACGCUUCACGCUAUAUGUUUAAAAAUAAGCUGAGAGAGUAAUGUAUCGAGUCAGGCAUUUUCAUGCCUUCCGGCGUCUGUCUUCUUUGAUCUUUCCCCGAAGGCUUCUUGUGCCAAGUGUGCAGGAAUCAUCUCUAGCAAACAGAGCUGAGAAAAAUCUAUAUCUAUCAUUACAAAUAAACUGUCAUUUAAGCAGAAACCAUUCAUUCACAUUUUCUGGCUGCGCGUUUGGGGAAAAUGGAAUUGGAAAAUCGACUUUAAAUCAGUGGUUGCUCAAAGGUAGCUUUCUUUCUGGCAGAGCAUUAUGGGAGUUGUAGUAUGGGGGAUGGGCUACUUUGUUACCACCUCUUGUUCUUAUUGAAAAUGUCAGUAAACAAGAUUUUAUUAUUUUUGCUUCUUUAUGUAUCUUUUUGAUCGUUAAAAUUUCACGUUGAUCUCUUUGCAGCUUGACGUUUUGUUCUGUAGGACUUAGAUGUAAGAUUGCAAGUAUUUUUUAUUUAAUUUUUUAAAUAAUUUAGAAAUUUGUAUCCGAUAAGAUUUAGAACAUUCGCAUUAUAGGAAAUUGAAAAGUAUACUGUGCUAGUAAAAAAAAGUUUUACGUUUCCGAAAGGAUUUUUCUUUUCGAUUCUUUUACUGACUACCUGCAGUGAUCUGAAAGAAAAGCCACAUUGGCAUCAGCACAACUACACAUGAAUUAUGACAACAGUGAAUAUGAUGCAACAGGCUCUUACAGUUGUGCAAAAAAUAGAAAUAUAUAAAAAUAAAAAAGAAUUGCUACCAUCUAUGUGUACAUUUCAUUCACAUUUACACAACAAUAUAAAACAAAUAGUUCUUAACUGUGUGGCUACACAGCUCUUUUGUUCUUUCCAAUUUAGGGAACGUAUUAUACCCUAUAGCACUCCAGUAUUGACUGGGGUGGGUGAAUGUACCACACAGUUACCGUUCUAUUUACAUGUAAAAUCGAAACAAGUCUGGUAUAUUCUCAUUUUAGAGAAGACAAACCAUUUUGGUUUCUCAUCUGUUGUACUGGCCCAAAGAUUCAGAUCGUAUUUAAACAUUGGCCUUGUAUUUCUGAACAGCCUGUGCUUGAUUGUAUGUGUUUACCAAUUCAAUCAUAACAGUUCGAAAAUAUUGUUCACAUAUUCACAGGUUUUUUUUUUUUAAGUACAUUAUGAUAUUUAUUGUCAUUUUUUGUUGUUUUGUUUUUAAGGCUUACUAUUGCAAUCACUAUCAUUGUCUGCUUAGUUUAGAUAAACAUGUUGAAAGAUUAGAAAACAUCAGGAAGAUUAUUUAUCCACCAGCAUUUACAUAUUUCAGAUUCUUAUUUCUUUUUUUUUUUUUAAAUUCUUUAUUUAUUCCAGUACAAGACAUCACAAGCAAUUCACAUACAUCAACUCGUCGAUCAGCAUAAAUAAGCACAUACACCGAGAUUAUAGCACUUUACAUCCGCAAAAUGAAUUAACAAUCAAGGUCACCCAAAUCCCGCCAUUAGAGAUCACUAAGUAUCAGCAUGUUUCCGAUCUCCUUAGUGGACCGCAGUCCAAAGUAAGCUUGGAUAUCCAGUCUGGGUUUUUUACAAUAUAUAAAACAGAAAACUGAUAACAGACAUUACAGAAAGACCGCGUUAAUAAAGCAAAGAGGAUAAUAGGGAGAAAACACCCAUACACUGUGUAAGAAGUAUAGCCUAUCCCCCCACCUUUCCGGUAUUCCCUAUAUAUUGCCCACAUGUGCGGUCGUGGCCAAAAAAAAAUAAAAAAUAAAAAUAAAAUAAAGAUUUAAAAUUUUUAACAGUGAAUAAGAAAGAAAUAGUGUAAGGUGCCUCGAGAGUCCGAGGACUUAGAAAAAGAGAACAAAGGGAUAGAAAAGGGGGGGAGAUGGGGGGGGGGGUCGGCCGAGAAAUAUUGCCCAAUAAAAAGGUGAUUAAGAAAGUUUUCGAAUUUGCCUCCCGUCCCUCUCAGGAGGCAACGUUAGCUUUCCCUGUGACCAGCUCAAGGAACUAUAACCCGCCGCCCUUCAUAUAUUACCUUAUAAACUCAAGUGGGGACCCUAAAUCUCCCUUCCCAACUCAGGUGUUUGCAGUGCUAUUAAUCCAGGGAUCCCAGAUUUUAUCAAAUUUCUUCUGGGUCCCUCUGACCUGAGCCGUUAGCUUAUCCAUCAGGAAAGUAUCUUUGAUUUUCUGUUUGAUCAUCGCAAUGGUAGGUGAUCUACUCUGCAGCCAUACCUGCGCCAGCGCUCUUCUGGCAGCCAGGUUUAUUUUGUGAACGAGUGCUUGUUCCGUUUUUGUCCAGCCAUCCAUGGAUCUAGAUAAUAAGUACACCCAUGGAUCUAAUUUUACCUCUCUGCCAAAAACUUCUCGCUGCAAAGCCGCAAUCCGUUUCCAAUAGGUUUGUGCCUCUACGCAAUCCCACCACAUGUGCAUAUAAGUACCCCUUAGACCACAGCCCCUCCAGCAUAGGUCUGAUGGGUUUACACCCAUUCGGCACAGUUUCACUGGGGUGGCAUACCACCUAAACAUUGUCUUGUAAGACUGUUCCUGCAAGGAAACGCACACCGAAGACUUUGCAGCCGCCUCCCAGAUAUCUUGCCAUUCUAUACCCUCCAAUACCUCAUUGAGAUCAGCCUCCCACUGGUCCGUAUACACGAGAUCGCCCCAUUCCAGAGUAUGUGAGCUCAAAUGAGAGUACAAACAAGAAAUGAGGCCUGGCGGGAACUGUUCCUCCUUGCACAUCUUUUCGAAGAAAGUCAAUGGAGUCAGUGCUGCUGCUUUGAUCCGGGGAUCCCUGGCAAAAUCCCUAAGCUGGAGAUACCGAAAAUAGUCACAGGGACGUAGCGGAGCUCUGCUACGUAACGCAUCAAAUGUGAUAAAGGAGCCAUUUUCAAACAAUUCGCAUAGUCUUUGCAAACCCACGUUCUCAAUACCCUUGAAAUCUCGGGGAUACAAGCCCGGCAGAAAUGCCUUGUUUCUUAAGAAAGGGGACAUGGGCGAUGGGGCAGAGGUCAGUCCAUAUUUGACGGCAGCAGCGUCCCAGAUCCCAAGGGAACUGUGUAUCGUUGGGCACAUCACUUGAUCAAUAGGUCUUUGUUCUUUAGGGGUCCAAAUAAGGAAUUGGGGCAUGUCCUGGCCCAUCAUAGAGGUUUCCAAGUCCACCCACCUCCUUUCCCCCGGGGGAGAGUGCCACAAAGCUAUUUGAGCCAACUGUGCCGCUGCGUAAUAAUAGUAAAGGUUCGGGAGGCCCAGGCCACCCCUAUCCUUAGCUCUGUAUAGGACGUUGCGAGAUAUUCUAUGUCGCCUAUUCUGCCAGACAAACCUGCCUAUACAGAUUCUUAUUUCUAAAGCCUCUAGAACAGUAUAGAUUUUGGCGUUUCCAUUAAUUUAAAGUAAUGUUCAUUAUAAUAACUACACUACGGAAUUUCCUUAAAGAGAACGUAACUUUUAAAGCCCGGUUUGAGAUAUAAACGGACAUGCUUGUGUCGAAAAGUCCUAUUCCUUCCGAGUUUCCCCAUUUAUAUUGUCAUGACACUUAAAAAAAAUAAUAAUGCACCUCUUGUACGCAUCAAUUAAUAUAUUAACUUGCAAUAUGUUUGUCUCUUUUAAAGAAUGAGUGAGAACUCGUAAGGCUGUACAAUACACUGUUUUGUUUUGUUUUUUUCCUUGGCAUGUUUUCAAGGGAAACAAUGUUAAUCUGUUUAGAUCAGAAAGCAUGAGUUCUUUGAACCUACAGAAAUUUUCCUGAAAAGUACUCUGGAGUCCUAGAUUUUGUGAUUGUUACUAUUUAGCAUGUGUAUUUCAUGACCACAAUCAGAGACAUAAAAAUACAUAUACAAUUUACAGCUUUUGAAUGAGAUUUAUCUAACAAAAGACAUUUUUGGAAUUAUUUCCAAGCCCUCCUCAAUCAAUGACCACAUUCUUCUCGCCGACAUGUUCUGUCCUUUUUUUUUUUUUUUUCUGUCAGUGGUAUUUUUUUGGACAAAGGUUUAAAAUUCAGGACUGUUCCUAAAAAUGUAAUAGCUAUAUGGUAAUUUUUAUAUAUGCACACCUAAUCAAACAUGCGUGUAUAUGUAGCAUAGAAUGCAGUGUGUGAGAUUUCUGAAUUCUUUUGACCAUGUCAAGGGAUGAAAUGUGUGCGUGAUUGGUGGCAGAACACACUGAGAUGGCAUUCUGCGCGCCGCGCUUAUGCCACUGCCUUCUCAACAGAUGCGUCAAGCCCGAAGCCUAUUUUCUUUCCUGUUACAUUAGUGUUUAAUUAAAGAAAACAACUAGUUGCAGGCAUUUACUUUCUGUGAAACGUAAUGAAGAUUUAUUUUGGGAGUGACCUUCAAUGUAUUAGCUGAAACAGUAAUCAGCAAAAUUAAUAGAAUAAUCAAAUUAUACACAAACUCAUAAAUCAUCUUGAGUAUCGCUGUCAGGAGUUCAGCCUUUAAUGGGGCCUAUUGUUUUGCAGCUGUAUUAAAAAUUACAACUGCUGAUUCUGGCUUUGAUAGAAACUGAAAUGGCAUUUAAAGGCUACGCAAGAUAGACCUAACAGGCCAAACAUUUUCACAACUGUUAAUUUAGCCGUAAUAUGAUGUGAAGUCACCGGGGCAAAGUUGAAGCGGAGUACACAGUAAUUCUGUCUUUCAGCAAAACUCUGCUCAUUGUUGGUGACAGCCGCAAGUUAAUUAGAGUGCAGAAUAUCAGUUUAACCGUCUGUCGUUUGGGGUUAAUGGCAUCAAAGCCUUACCUGGUACUUCAGCUGUGGCCAAAUCAAACUGAAUAGUCUAUUGUGUCCAGAAAUUACUAUGAAUUCUCCCUGACUUUGUCACUACUACGUAUCAGAAUGAUCAUUCGAUUAGAUUUGUCCUUUCUUUCUUUUUUUCUUUUUUUUUUUUUUUCUGGUGUGGUCCUUUACAGUUAAUGCUCCCAUAGAAAAUCAUCCUUUUAAGCUUCAACAUGCCGCAGAGCCUUUUCUCCUGUCACAUAUCGAUAGCAAUCAGUUGUUCUGUGUGUUUGCAGCGUACGUUACACCUCGCCGCUGUCAACGCCACGUUCUACAAUUCUAUCUCUUCAGCAGACAACAGGCUUUCGUGCAGUCAAGCAUCACAGCUCUUACAAGCUUAUUUGCAAUACUAGUCUCCUAGAAAUAUGAUAAGAAGAAGACAUUAGGGGAUUAUAGCUGGUUGUUUUUGAAAAUACAUUUGAAGUGGCAAUUGAAUAUUUUAAAUACUAGUCUUUAUUGUAUAAUCAGAUUUGUGUUUUGUCUUUAAAAAAAAAUAUAAUCUUUAACUAUGGAAAACACAAGUUGGCAGAAGAUAUGUGGGUUAAAAAAAAGUUUAAUUUGCACUUUGGUAAACCACAUGCAACAGCACCUCUGCUACUAAAAUGGAUGCCAAUACAUUACUUUGAACUUUUUACUAAAAAAUAAAUACAUAAUCCAUUGGUCUGCUUAAUCUUUUAUACAUUCAGAAAUUUAGAAAAAUCUUAUAUAAGUCAGGCAUAAAGUGCCAUUUUUCUGUGACUUAUUUAGGAUCAGAGUGAAACAUAGAAAAAGUAAGUAAGUCUCAAAACGUGGAUCAGCACUCAUUGCAGACUUUAAAGAGGAUUUCCAUGAGCCUCUAAACGAUCCACUAACUGGCCAAAUAAGAGAGUAAGUGGUCCUGCACUCCUCUAUAUAUUCCUUUUAUUGUGCACUCCUGCAUCAACGUUUUGAUAGGGUCUUUGUCAAGUCAUAAAGGGAAAACAGCCUAAUUUGUUGACAUUUACUUUUAAUUCCUGGCAGUGCUCACUUUAGUAAAUAAUUGUGUUAGAAACAUGUAUGUCAAUUCUUCAUUAUUCUUUGUAGUAAUUAUUUGAUCAAUGGUCAAUGACACACACCUAGUAUUUAACUAAUGAAAAGUAUUGUUUGAAGUAUAUAAAAAUGACUUCCCUUGAUUGCAAUACAUCCCUUGACAGCACUUCUUCUACAGUGAUGCCCUUUUAAUCCGGAAGCAGUUAUAGCAUCUGCGCAUGUAGAUCUGUUUGCGGUAGUUUUCGUUAAUGAACAAGGUUAUAUAAACUGCUUGUGCAAUUUAACAGAAGUCAGAGAGGUCGCACAAUCGGCUUUGUUUUUCUUUUUCUCUUGUUGCAAGCAUGCAACGUCACUGCUGUUGUACUUGAAUCUUAAAAUAGAGCAAAAUACAAUGUGCAGCUGCAUUUUUCAUUUAGCGGUUCACCAUUUCCUCUUGCAACUACAAAAUCCCUGAAUGAAACUAUCAUGUUUGUUUUCUUUGCCAAAAACCAUGCAUCUACCAUAAGGAAAAACAAACAACUUUAUGUAUAUACAAGAGAGUGACAACUCGGGAGUCUUAAAAAACGAAAUAAACCUUAUUAAAAAGCAGAUCAACAUUUCAGUCCAAUCCAUGAGGUUUUAGCAAGACUUUCUUUGAGUCCCUUGAUUAUGGUGGAAAUAGCACUAGGGCAUGUAUGUUACUAUACAUCUUAUAUAUAUAUAUAUAUAUAUAUCCUUAAACCUAUUUCACUUUUUCUCUCCUCUUUUCUAGGAUGUGUGCUGUGUUCGGAGGAAUCUAUUGUCUUCACCAUUCCCUGCAGUGCCUGGUAGUUGAUGCAGACUCAAAUCAGUAAGUGCUUUCUAAGUAACCAGUUUUUAUUUACAUACUAAAUCGUACAAUAAAUGCUUAAAAAAAAAAUAAUAAUUAUCUUGAAAGUACCCUGUUGGUAUUAAUGACAUAUCAACCUUGAUUAAAAGUAAUCUGUGUAUUGGUCCUCCGAAAUGAAGAAAGUGGGGCCACAGUAUAGAAAAGAAAUUAAUUUCCCAGCAAUAUUACUACAGCUCCUGAUCACCCAGGCUCGGAAGACAAAUCAUUUCAGCUGCCGGGGGGCUGGCGAUGACUGAUGUUCGUUUUCCUUGUGGCCUUACCCACUCUAAUUGAUUUUCAUCAGAUGACACAAAGCCCUCUCUUAUUGCAUUUUUAAAAAUGGAACACACCUAAAGACUCAUCAGAUUAAUCUCUGCUGAUAAUGUGUGUCACUCUAAGAGAAAAGACUUUAAUGAGUUUUAGGUAAAUUGUUGUCAUAAACUAUCAUGCCCUUUUAUCCAAGUGCAAUCUACUUUGAAGGUUGAAUUAACCCUUCCUUUGCUGAAAAGAUUAUAAAUAUGGCUGAACAGACGUUAUUUAUUUUUGUAUAUUCUCCCUUCCCCCACCCCCCUUUUUCUUUUCUUUUUUUUUUUAAUAAGGUCAACACGAUUUCAGAAUUCCACAGUCCUUUCAUGUAGACUGAAUAAACUCAUUAAAACAUUAUAGAUCCAUAGCUCUUUUCAUGUUGUGUGAAUGGCUAUUUUGUUUCUCUAUGUUAUGGCCUAAGCAUCCAUGCAGAUAGGAGAAAAAAAAAUUACCUCCAAAAAAAAAAGAAACCAGCCAGGUUACUUUGCAAUAGGUAUGUUAUAUUUCAGGGUGUAAAUCAAACACGGUCUAUGUGAAUGGCUUUUAAUAGUUGGAAUGACCACCUGCUUGGUACAUUGUUCGAAUUCCAGGUAAAUUAGGUCAUUUUAAGCUUUUUGUUAUGGUGACAGGUUAUUAAACUUGGAUUGCGUAUCUCAGCGAUACAUCUCGCCCUCCACAUAACCCUUCUACGUCCAGACCAGACUGCCGUUAGGGUGUAGUGUCCCACAGACCCCCCUUUUAGUAAUGUAAGUCGGAAAGGAACAUUUUUUGAGAUCUGUAUAGGAAUCGUGCAAGGGGAAUGGUAUUCAGGUAUCAUGUGAAAGCUGUGAUUUCAGAUACAUGUUGGUUAAAUAACAAUUAUAAUUAUGUGAAAACCGACUUAACGUAAUUCCACUUUGUUGGAAGGUUUCAAAUGAACAGUUUAAUUUUCAAAUCUUUUGCAUUACUUUGUGAGUUUAAAUUAAUCGGACUGCGUUCUUUUUUUCUUUUGCAUGUCUGCUUGCCAGCCAGUAGAGAGGUGCAGAAAGAAAACCGUGUUUUUCUUAGUCUAAGCACUAAAUCACUUCCUUACGAUGAAGUGGUUUUGGUGCUUAGAUACAAUUAUUUCAUUUUAACUAUGACUGUUUAUUAGGAUGUAACCCCAAGACUCACUGUAUUCUUCAGCUCUCUGCUAAAACAACAAUAAAAUGUUUUUUGGGGGGGAAAAAAAUAUUUCACACACAGGAUACAAAGUAGUAAUGCAGGGAGAACACAAACCACAACACCGGAGCUCUGUGACAGGGGCCAUCAAUCCCCAAAACCAAAAAUAGGAGAUACAGUACAUAGGCAUCCCUGGGUAAAGCAAAUAAAGGAACAUAUUGGAUCACAUUAACAAAACGAAAAUAGCAGACAACGUUGCGGCCCAAUUAUUAUAUGAUGAAGGUCAGUGGGCCGAAACGUUGUCCGUUGCUUUUGUUCAUAUAAUCCAUUAAACUAUCCCUUAUUGCUUUACACCAUGAUGCCUCUGUACUGCUUCUUCUAGUUUUGGUGCUUAGCCUGUCCCUUUAAAUGACAAACACAGCAAUGUCAUAUACAACAUUACAUCAGGCAGUAACAUGAGUUGCCCACUUACGAUAUUUCAGGUAUAAAAUCACCAACAUAAUAAUUAUUGCGCUAGGGCUGCUGAGAGAGGAGUACCAGUGAUAAAAUGUGUGCUUUAUGUGGUCUUUCUAGUGUUUCCACAAGUGGUAUAAGAGCACUCGUAUAAAUAAAAUUGUGGACCUGGGUUGACAGCGCUCUGAAACAUUUAAUUAUUGACUUCUUCUCUUCUCUUUUUUUUUUUUUUUUAUAAGUUCUGUUCCAUGGAGUAUUUGCUGAGGCUUUGUUUAAUUUAUUUUUACCUUGGCCUAAUCCUUGUACCUCUUUGCUGACAUUAUUAUUAUUAUUAUUACUGGUAUUUAUAUAGCGCCAGCAUAUUCCGUAGCGCUGUACAAUAUUAUCAGAGGAGGACAUUUAACAAUAAAUGAGACAAUUCUAAAACUUACAGGAACGAUAGGUUGAAGAGUGCCCUGGUCAAACGAGCUUACAGUCUAUAGGAGGUGGGGCGUAACACACAACAGGACAGGAGGUAGCAUAUAAAUAAGGUGGGAGUGAAGCAGAGCUGGAGGAGAGAAUAGAGUGCUGCCCUUUAGGAGAAAGCUAUGGACAGGUAUGUGAGGUAGAGGUUACUAGAGAGAUGGGUUUUGAGGCACUUAUUCAAUGAUUGAAGAUUAGGGGAGAGUCUGAUGGCGGUAGGCAGGCUAUUCCAAAGGAAGGGAGCCGCCCGUGAGAAGUCCUGCAAUUGUGAGUUGACCGUACGGGUGCGAGCAGCGGACAGGAGAAGGUCACGGGCAGAGCGGCGAGACCGAGAAGGGACAUACCUAUGGAUCAGUGAGGAGAUAUGAGGGGCUAGAAUGGAUCAGUGCUUUAUAGGUAUGGGUUAGUACCUUGAAUUGGCUCCUAUAGGAUACAGGAAGCCAAUGUAAGGACUGAUAGAGGGGAGCGGUGUGAGAGGACCAACUAGAGAGUGAAAUCAGUCUGGCGGCAGCAUUCAAUACAGACUGUAGCGGGGGCAAUUCAACUUCUGGGAAGACCAAUUAGGAGACAUCUUUAAGAAAGCGCAAAUAGUAGUCAUUACAAGUGAUAUACUUUCAUAAAGUCAUGGCAUCACACACCAUCACCAUAUGAAGUCCAGGCGGUAUGUUAUAGGAGCAGAGUGAGAUUCCGUGGGUGCAUUGAUUGGUACCUGGUGCCAGAGGGAUGAGGUCAGUUUGUCAAACUAUUACCAUAACAAAGUAUUUGCGAAUCAUUGCAUUGUUUUUUUUUUUUUUUACAUCUUCUAAGCAACACUAGUUAAAAAUACAUUUUAGUACAAGUUAUAACAACAUAUGUUAUCUCCCCUCAGUCAUAGGAUUACUUUGUUAUUCAAACAUUGGUCAACCAAACUUUCCUCUGCAUAAUUAAAUAUUGGAUUGCAAUUAAAUUGUAUUAUUAUUAAAGUCAAAUGUCGGGAGUUCACAUGUGGAGGAGUUCAUAGCCCCAUGUUAUAUACAUUUCCCAGAAAUUAGUAUCAUUCUGGGAAUGCUUUUUCUCCAUAAAGGCGUAAAAUGUAUUUUGCAAUAUAUUUAAACAUAAUUCGUACAGUUUCCUUUGGACAUCAUAAAGCAUGGCUAUUUUUAGGGAGGAUGGUUGUUUUGUGUGUGUGUUGCAAACACUUUAGUUUAAAGGGACCCUCCAGUGCCAGGAAAACAAUCCGUUUUCCUGGCACAGCAGGUCCCCUCUCCCUCCCACCUCCCAUCUCCGGUUGCUGAAGGCUUGAAAACCCCUUCAGUCACUUACCAGAGGCAGCGACAUGUCCCACGUCGCUGCUUCUUCCUCUGCCGCCGCUCCUCCCCUUCAUUACGUCAGCCGGCAAGGGAGACUGAUCCCGGCCCGCCGGCUGGGGAGACCUAAUGAAAACUGCAAUAAUUACAGUUGCAGGGUUAAGGGUAGUGGGAGUUGGCACCCAGACCACUCCAAUGGGCAGUGGCAGGCAGGGGUCGGUAUGUCCCCUUUGUGGCCAGCCUCUUCUCCUGGAGGGCUGGCCCUGGUGUCACCUGGCGGGCAGGCUGGCGGGCACGCGAGGGAGCACUCUCCCCUGUGUGCUCCCUCUUCAGCUCCCUCGCGCGCCGCGUACUGAUACCGGAACCGGAAGAAACGUCAUCUGCCGGCUCCGAUAUCAGUACGUGGCGCGCGAGGGAGCUGAAGAGGGAGCACUCAGGGGAGAGUGCUCCCUCGCACGCCGCCAGCCUGCCCGCCGGGUGACACCACUGGACACCAGGGAAUCCCCCAGCUCUCCCAAAGGUAAGGAGGCAGGGGGGAUUAAUUUUUUUUUAAAAAGUGUGUGUUAGAGUGUGUGUGUGUUAGUGUGUGUGUUAGUGUUAGAGUGUGUGUGUGUUAGUGUUAGAGUUUGUGUGUGUUAGUGUUAGAGUUUGUGUGUGUUAGUGUUAGAGUUUGUGUGUGUGUUAGUGUGUGUGUGUUAGUGUGUUACUGUGUCUGUUAGUGAGUCUGUUUGGUGUCUGUAGUGAGUGUGUGUGUCUGUUAGCUAGUGUGUAUGUGUCUGUUAGCUAGUGUGUAUGCGUCUGUUCGUGAGAGUGUGUGUGUCUUCAGCACUUACCUUUCUCCAGAGCCGGACUCCCUUGGCGCUGGGGAUCUCUCCGCCCCGAUCCGCCUCUCAACUCCAAAUGAGGUCUCACCAGUGUUCUGUACAAUGGCAUGAGCACUUCCCUCUUUCUAUUGCUAAUACCUCUCCCUAUACAACCAAGCAUUCUGCUAGCAUUUCCUGCUGCUCUAUUACAUUGUCUGCCUACCUUUAAGUCAUCAGAAAUAAUCACCCCUAAAUCCCUUUCCUCAUGUUGAGGUUAGAACUCUAUCAAAUAUUCUGUACUCUGCCCUUGGGUUUUUACGUCCAAGAUGCAUUAUCUUGCACUUAUCCACAUUAAAUGUCAGUUGCCACAAUUCUGACCAUUUUUCUAGUUUACCUAAAUCAUUUGUCAUUUGGCUUAUCCCUCCUGGAACAUCAACCCUGUUACAUAUCUUAGUAUCAUCAGCAAAAAGACAUACCUUACCAUCAAGACCUUCUGCAAUAUCACUAAUAAAAAUAUUAAAGAGAAUGGGUCCAAGUACAGAUCCCUGAGGUACCCCACUGGUGACAAGACCAAGCUUCGAAUAUACUCCAUUGACUACAACCCUCUGUUGCCUGUCACUCAGCCACUGCCUUACCCAUUCAACAAUAUUGGAAUCCAAACUUAAAGAUUGCUGUUUAUUGAUAAGCCUUCUAUGUGCAACAGUGUCAACAGAUGAGUUUGAAAAAACAUUGAUUUGCUCAUCCGAAUCAAUGUUACAGAAUCGGUUGGACCGACCGAAUUCUGACCACACUUUGCUUUAGUAAAUCUGAGAAUUGGCAAGGUGGUCGAAAUUCGGACCUGGCAGACCCCACAGAGUGAUGGCUGAUAACAUCACCGUUUUGUGCAGGGAGUGAUUCUACUUAAGUGCCAACAAAGGUGUGUGAAUAUGGCAGAGGGAUCUAGUGUUCUGUAAAAGAAAGAACCCGAUUUUUAGGUAUUUUUACAUAUUUCAAAAACAUAAUAUCUUUUCAUUACAUGCUGCAAACAUUCUUAUCAUAAAAAAUGGAUAAGAAAAUUCUGGUGACAGUUGUGAAUAUCAUUUAAUAAAGUGUGGCCAUUCAGACUUAUGACUGUUAUCCAACAUUUGUUCCUCUAUUAUUGUUUCCCCUUUUUACAUACACUUUACUGUUAAGGACAUAAGGUUUUUUUUUUUUUUUUUUUAAACAAAUACACAUAAUGCUCUAUCUUGAUAUUCUUCAACAUGCUGCUCAUAGUCUGCACAGAAUGUCAGGAAUUUCAUUAGUAUCCUCUUCUCUACUAUGGAAAGCUGUUUGCUGGCAAACACAUCCGCCCUUGAACAGGGAACCUGUGGAAAAACACGUCAUAGUUAAUAGAGAACUGUAAUUUAGAAGAAUACUCCAGGCAGCACAAUGUUAAAGAACCGUUUAGCCCCAAAGUUGAAUAGAAAGCACCCGCCAGCUCGGCCCCUAUUCUACUGACAAACAUUUAUGUUUUAAUAAGGGUACCUGUGGUAGGCCGAAGUUCUCAGCCUAUCACUGGUGUCCAGUCGAAGGCUCAUCGAAGUCUUGGAGAAUAGAGGUUGAGCUGACGGGUGCCAUCAACAGUUGUAAGCGGUUUAACCCCAUAUGGUACAAUUAUGUGUAGGACCUCGAGGCACAAUAACACGGUCACUGAAAUUAAGUUGGUAUGGUGUCCAGUGUUGCUUUAAUGUUUGCUUAUUCACACAACUAUUUUACUUAAAGGACCACUUUAGUGCCAGGAAAACAAACUCGUUUUCUUGGCACUACAGGGUCAUUAGUUCCCCCCCACUCCUCAGGGACCCCCUCCCGAUGGGCUAAAGGGGUUAAAAUCACAGUGAGAAUCGCGGAAGCGCCUCUAGCGGCUGUCAUUGAGACAGCCACUGGAAGCAGGAUUAACCCUCAGUUGAAACAUAGCAGUUUCUCUGAAACUGCUAUGUUUUCAGCUGCAGGGUUAAAACUAGAGGGACCUGGCACCCAGACCACUUCAUUGAGCUGAUGUGAGCUGUCUGUAGUGGUCCUUUAAGUGUAUGUGUAUCUGCAUGCACUGGUGCAACCCCUGCGACCAGGUGCCCGCCGCCAUGUGUUGCGGCCCCGGCCCGCGCAGAGUAAGCGCGCGGGGGACCCGAUGGGUUGUGUGUACGCCACUGGUGCCUUUAAAGCUUGCCCUUGAAACACUCUCUCUUUGCAUGCACUUUUUCCAUCUACAUAUCUGCAUACAUGUAUACAAUAUAAUAUAAUUUCCAGUCAAAUUAUGCAAAGCCAAUUAUGCUUCCAUUUUGACUAAAAAUUGAAAAUUCACUUGGAAUUCUCACUUUAUUUAAUAAACCCGAAUUUGUGUGUGUUACCCAAAUCACUGAGGUGGUCGUGGUGCUUAGAAUAACUAACUUUUGAACCUAGAUCCGGUUCCAAAAUAAUUAAAGGAUAAUUUGUUCAUCUUGUCACACUACUGGAGAUCUAUAACUUUAAUAUGAAAAUGUAGAAUGCGCAUGUUUGUAAUCAGUAUUUGUGCACAGCUGCAUUACAGCAAGUAAACUGUUAAAAUAACUGCCUGCAAAGAUGCGUUUCACAAAUUCUCAAGCAGCUGGUUCGUCUUUUAAGAAAUAUGCGUCUAUUGCUCAUUCCAUACUUGCCUUGCUAUGAUAGGUGUGGGGAUUUACAUCUUAUUUAGUUGACGAUUAUGGACACGGAGGCGUUUUACUGAAUAAGAUCCAUCAAUGCGACAUAUGAUUAAGUUAUAUUCUGCAGCAAUAACAGAAGGUUAAUGUUUUGCAUUUUCUACCAAUGUCACCUAUAUGAGCAUGUAUGAAAUGGUGUCAUCUGCAUAAUGUCACUAGCACCGACUUGGUAGCCCUGCUUUACGCAAAAACGUGUACUACUUCGCUUCGAUUUUAUUGGGCAUUAUUAAAAUGUAGCUUAUUGACUUUAGAGGCCAUCAAUUUCUUGUGAUAUGCAGCAAGUAAUACAGUUUAUGUACAUUAGAAAAAAAAUGUCAUAUAAUGGGAAAUAAAGGAUGCUUUGUUCAUAUAUUUUUAUCUGCAACCCAGGUACUUUACGUCUCUGACAAAAUUUCCAUACUAUAUCACCGUCCCCUUUUCAUAUUUAGCUCUGAAUGAGGCAACAAGGAAUAUGCACAGUUCUUUGCAAUACGCAGAUAUCCAAAUAUGAAAAGGGGUUUAAUAUGCAGAUAAAUAGAUAUUUUGUAACAACCCAGUAAGCAUGAAUCUGCCAUUAGUAUGUUCUCGAUUAUGCAUAAUAUAGCAAAUGAGGACAUGUAGGAAGCCAAUACUAGAUUAAGAGUAUCUAGGACAGACAUUAAGGGAUAACCCUUGGAGAAAAUUUGUAAAUAGGAAAACAGAAAAACGUGACCUGUCCCAAAAGUACCACUAUUAUAAUAAAGAGUUAAAAUAUAACAUUUGGGCGACAAUCCCCCCUUUCCAUGGUUUACCUAUCAUUAUUAUCCUUUGCUUGCUAUGUAUGAGAUAUGUGGUAGCUGUACUGACUACUGUUGCAGAUUGCUACCUUUUUCAAUUUUGUUACCAUUCCUAUUUAGGGACUUGGUCGUAUUGUUACAAUUUAUCGUUACAACAUAUCUCUGGUAUGGCAGUUUGGGUAUAUUUGAGUGGUUUCUCAUUCUGAUUUUUACCACUUAGAUUCUUUUGACUAUAUAGCAAUUGUAUAGCAAAUUUUCAGCAAUUUCUUUUCCCUUGCUUUUAGGUUAUUCUAUUUUUAAUUAUACUUAUUAAAUGUUAUAUUGUAACUCUUUAUUAUAAUAGUGGUACUAUUAGGACAGGUGACGUUUUCCUAUUUAUAAUAUAGCAAAUGCCUGCAGUUUGUUUCCUGAUGCAAUUUCAGUAUAGUUUUUAACCCAAUACACUUUUACAGCCUUGUUUGACUAGUGGCUCAGUCAUGAGAUAUAGUUUGUGCACCAUCAUGUAGAUUCUGAAAAAGUGCCUCAUAUAGAGUCCAUGAUUUCACAAUUUUCAAAGGAUGUCAUACUGAAUAUGCAAAUACGCACAUUCUUUGGCAAUGUCAGUUUACGAAAAGGAAAAGAAAGUUAUUUUAUCCAAAUGGAUCAAUGGCCAACCUUUGACUGCACAACUUUCUCGUUUUGGGUACAUCUUUGGUCCAUUAUGGGUUAUUUUGGUCACCGAGCAUCAUCAGAGAAAACCGAUAUCAACUGUAUUCAGCUCAAUGGAAAGCUGGUUGCUUUCCCAAAUGAGACUAUAUUUGUUGACAAUUGUUUUUGCCCACUUUUUGAUUCACAAGUAGAAACAGGUAUGUGAACGGUUGACCUGCCAGAUUUGAGCCUUUUCAGACUUUAUAUCCAUGUGACAUAUGGACAUGUUCUCUACAUCCAUGGUGGCCCUUAUCACAUCAAAAUACCGUCUCUUCAAGUGGUAAUUCCAGCCUGACUUACUGUAGCUUGGUUACAUGAAAAUGAAUGUUAAUUGUUUGCAUUAUUGUUUUGAAUUGAUAUAUGUUAAUAAUUUUCCCGGUGACGUAGCCACUGUAAAUCAGUACACUUUGUGCUCAACAUACAAGUUUUGGAAUAUAUGUCCAAACUGUUAAAGUGAAAUUUCUCACGAAGUCUGUAUUAUUUAGGGCUUUUCAAGAUAUAAGAAACGCUGUUUGUUCAUAGUACGUCCAUAAUUGACUAAAAGUUAAGCGGUAAUGAAAACUUCCCAACACUUUUAAGAAGUUUUAAGUGAAGGCAGUAAAUCACAGUAUGAAAUGUAGCCUUCCAAUCAAUUUGUACAUAUUUUCUUCCACCAUCACUUGAACCUUAAAUGCUUGUCAUACCCUCCCUCCCAGAGGAUGUGUCCCUCAAAGUAGGAAGGAAAAAAUACAGUAAAUUUAUAUUUCCCUAAUAAAAGGAUGGCAAACUCAAAAUUUACAUAUUUUGUGUUGAAAUAUUACACCAAGACUUUGUCAGUUGCGAGCAAGUCCAUUUCAAGGAUGCUGCCCGUAGUCCAUUAGUUUGGAUAAUGAGGCCUAUAAAGUACAUUUAUAACUCAUGGCGCUGUACAGAGAUGGAUCCUACUUUUCAUCUUUUUAUCUAGACACUUUGAAAGAAGGUCAGUGGAGGGCUGAGUGUGAUUCAUUGUCCCCACACUGGUCCAAGCGGCAAUGACAGCACAUAGGUGUGUGACUUUGACGUGAAAAAAAUAAAUAAAUGCACAAUAACUUGACAUAAGCGUUGCGUUUUUUUUUGUUUGUUUUUAUGGACUAACUACAUAUAUGAAUUUACCAUUACUAUUGUGUAUUCACUUGUGCACAAAUAUGCAUUUUAGAUAAAUAAUUUUUGCUGGUGAUAUAAACAUCACUUGGAGUGCACAUUAAAAAAUGCUAUGUGAAAUUUUGACUGUUAAUAUGCUCCCCAACAGCUUUUGUAAUACAAAAUUUAUAGAUGUAUUCUGUUGCAGUGUUACUCUACUAUAUGCAAACAUUAUAACACAGUCAAAGAUUGAAUAUUUUCUUUAACAGCUCCCCAGGCAGCAAAUAUCAUCAUGAAGAUACAUUUUAUAUUUACUUGCUUUGGGAUCUAUGAUAGAGUUAUGUACAUGUGGCCCCUCUGUACAGCAAAACCAUACCUGUAUUGGCCCAUGCUUUCCUUAGCUUUGCAAUCCUCACUGACGAUGCCAAAAGGCUGACUUCACUGCCUUCACUUUGGCAUCAGAGUGCCCUAUACUUCCCAAGCAAGCAUGACAGGGAACAGACAACUACAUUGAGAAGGGUUCUCUUGUUUCUCUCUGUCAUUCAAUUCUCUGAUUAGAACUGCUGUGCCUCCGGCAUAAAGUAAUGAUUGACAGGCAGGAGAGCGGACAUAUUUUUAAAGUACAUUAAACUUAAAGCUAUACAUUUGCCAGCAUUUCUGUUAGCACAGUAAAUCGAUUAAAUGUCAUGCUUUUUAAUUUAAUCCCAAAUUGUAAUGGGUAGGACAGGUGCCCUGCGUCCUCUGUCCCAUUUCCCCAUUGUAAAAGGUAUAUGAUGUCACAGCAAUAUAAGCCCACUCUUUCUGUCUUACACUCCUUACCUGCAGUGUUUCUCCAGUAGAACAGUUGUGCAUGUCAUCAGGAAGCACAACAAAGGUUUCUGGGAGUUGUAGGGACUUUAAUACAUAGAAAGCCGGUUACUGAACUACAACUCCUCCCGCUGCUCUGUCGUGCCAAGAUGUAUAAGAUAAAGAUGUUAUUGGAGCGUUCUGAUUGGCUUAUCAUUUACAUCUCUGGGAAAUGCUCAUCGCAUUACCCAUAAAGUCUGAGUAUUUAUUGAAGACGUGGCGGCUUAAAAUAUGAAUAUCUAUUUUUUUCAAUAUUUAUUUUUUUUUUUUUUCAAUUCAGAUUUUUAAUGUAUUUUAUUAUAGUCAUUAAAAUAGUGCUCCAUUAACUGUAGAGUUGUUGUCCGUCUAUAUGUUCUGUGGCUUUUACGUCCAUUAGCUCUAUUUACCCUACCAGUGAUGGCAAACAAUGUAGCAUUUAAACUACUUUUCACUUUUAUUCAACUAGGAAAGUGCUUUCAAAGGGUGUCAUUGUUUCACAUUUAUGAAGAUUUCUCCUUUAAAUUACCAACUUGAUAAAUAGCCUUCCACAACACUUUCUUUCUUUACAGGUAAAAUAGCAUUAAUUUAAAUCACUAUUUUUCUUUCUUCGCACAUUAGAGUAAUACAGAGGAUCAGGUGCUAAAACUGACAAACAAAAAGUGACAGCCAUAUGGUUGUAUCCAUUGUUAUUAUAUUAAGAUCACUGUGCACACUUGCUGUAUUCCAAUUGCAGAAGAUAUAUAAAACCACAUUUUGUGAAGAGUGAGUUCAUUAAUAUUGAAGGAAGAAAAAAAAAAUAAACUUCAGCAGAUUUCAUUUCAUUGGAAAUUGAUGGAAUAUUAUAGAUGAUUGAUUUUACAGUCUAAUUUAUAUGGAAAUGCAAUCUAUAGUAACGGAGAUAAGUCUUUGACAUUGGCAGUAUUUAAUUUUUUUUUGUUCUACAAAAUAGAUCUUGAUCCUUUUAAGUCUACAGAUUAGAUGUCUAAUUUUAGACUACAUUUCCCAUAAUUCUUUGACAGCUUUUGGCAUUUGUCGUCCAACUUGGCGGGAGAGCCAAGGUUGCACGUCCCUGUCUUAGGUAAAUGUGCUUGAUGUUUCUCAAAGGGUUAACCGCAAGUGUAGGAGUCUGGAAUUUGUAUGAAUAAUAGAUUACUAGACUAGUGGUCACAUUUGUAUUUUCAUGUAAUAUUGUGUUCCGUAAAUGCUAUUAAUAAAAAGGAAUAAUUUACCAUAGCAUGAGCCACAAUAUACGUUCAACCUGGCUUGUGACUUCAGCUGUUAAGUGAUAUUUUGAUUAAUCUAAACAUGCAAAGAAAAAGUACAAAACAUGCUAUGACUAAUCAUUUAUUGAAUAAUAAAAUAUGUAACUAACCUUAAAAAACAAUCAAAAAAUAUAUAUACUUUGACUAAUCUUCCUUUUCAAUUAUUAUUUUUAUAUUAAAACUGCCUAACCACUUAAUGAACCAUAUAGUUAAUGUUUUGUUUCUUAUCUGUUUUUUUUUUUUUUUUUUUUUUAAGGUGUAAAGCUGUGAUAGACAGUAGAGGUAAACGGAUCAGUUGCAAUUACGUGGUAGUUGAGGAUAGUUACCUCUCCACAGAUGUCUGUGCAAAUGUAUGUUACAAGUAAGUAAAAAUCUCAAAAAUUAUGUAGAAUAUAGAAGUACAAGAAACCUUCAAUGCCUCAAACAAUAAAAUGUUAUAGGACGUUAAAGGGAUACUAUAAGCACCAAAGUCAUUUUAAUUUAACGAAGCCCUGUAUAGAUCAUGCCUCUGCAGUGUCACUGCUUAAUUCUCUGCCAUUUAGUAGUUAAAUAAAUUUGUUUGUUCAGCCCUUGUCACACCUUUCCUGACUCACACAGCCUACAUUAAAAACAUUGUUUAAUUUCAAUCAGAUCUUACAGCACAGUGUUUUUACUUUAGGAACCAUCUCCUGCUUUGUUAAUUGAACUUAAGUCACACACAUGAGGUUUCUGCAGGUUCUAACAUACACUUAACAGAGCAGAAGAUAAGAAACUCUAAAUUAAACACAGUGUGCAAUAAAUGAAGUUUAAACAUGAUAUCUCUCUUUACAGGAAGUGUGUAGAGACACUGUUUGUGUUACAGCGAGUGAUUUAAUUCCUAAAUGGCAGCGAACUGAGCAGUAAGAUUGCAUUGGCAUGAUCUAUACACCAAAACUGCUUCAUUAAGCUGAAGUUGUUUUGGUGCUUAGAGUAUCCCUUUAAUCACAUUACAGAAUACAACAGGGCUGUAUAAUAUAAGAACAUAUAAUGAUGAUAUUGUUAAGUAUGCAAUGUAUGUAACAGUUUGCUCUUUUUGCCCUCUUUAUAGGCAGAUCUCUCGAGCAAUCCUCAUCACUAACCGUUCUGUUUUGAAAGCAGAUUCUGAUCAACAGGUAAUAUAUUGGGCAAAUCCAUUUGAUUUUCAAGUAGAAAAUGUUAUUUCUGUGGGUUGAAUGCACUGAAGCUAAAUCCCCCCCCCCCCCUUUCUAUUGAAAACAUGCCUUUAUCAAACAAACCCAUUUAGUGUAAUGACCCAGGUUACUCACAGGUCAUCGCUUGUCUAACGUUGGCUGCAAUCUGUCUCCAAUGUGGGGAGAACCUCCGAAAUUGGCUCAUGCUCGUAAACAUGCAAAUAUACAUCAAUAACCAUGAGUUUCUCUCGUUCCAGCGGCAGGUCAUGGUUCUCAUUUCAUAACUAAUUUCAUUUUAAACUGAACGCCAGUCUAAACGUUGCAUCUUGUAUUUCUUGUUAUGGCUAUAGCUUUGAACAUUUCCCAUCCAUUUCUCAAAAAUAAGCAAAUCUUGGAGACAACAGGAAAUGCAUAUUUAUUUACUGCCUUAAAAACUCUUUUUAAACUCUUAAUUUUUCUAAAUCUGCGGUAUAUACCUUUACACUGUCUCUUUUCUUUUUAUAUUUUGGUUGACAAUCCUUGUGGCAACAGAACAUUGAAAUUAUAACCAAUCCACAGAAUAUCUAAUUAGAGUACUUUAGGUUUAAGAUCGGAUGCACAUUAUUUUAGACACUUGAGAAUUUUUUAUUUUAUUUUUUUUUUUAACAAUGACAGGUCUGUAUUUUAUUUAUUUAAUUUCACGCUUUUCUUAGCACUUAUCCCAGAGUGCUUUAGAAAUAAUUUCUCAUUGGUAAAAGUACGUGCGUUCUGUAUAAAUGCUUGUUACCCAGUUUGAGGGUUUUUUUUGUUUUUGUUUUUGUUUUACUUUUUUUGAUCUUCAUUUGUAGUCCACAUUGUGACCUUGUGUCUUUGAUUAAAUAGUUCUGACCUAAUGUAAUAGAAGGCUAAAAAAGACUGUCAGAGAGCUUUGUUGUGGCACAUGUUGGCAUUUUAAAAUUUAAGGAUGAGAGAAGUGAAAUAAAUAAAGUUUUGGUCAUACUCCGAGCCAAUUAUUAGGUGGCUUUACGUAGUGUUCCCUUGUUAGAAUGACCUUGUAUCUAGUACACACUGAUCAGAUGAGGGUCAUACUGCCACCAUUAAGGAGCACGAACAUGGACAAUGCUAAAACCAGCACUUAUCUGUCAGCCAUUGCAGAUAAUUCUCUCAUAUUUGCAGAUGCCAAUAACUAUCACUUGGUAUUCUUUGCAUACGUCAGAUCUCCAUCUGCAUUCACUGAGAAGUGGAAUGCUUUACUUUAUCCUUUGCAGAAAUCUCUCUAGAAUUGUAUUAAAAUUACGAACAUGUGCCACCAGAGCAAACAGAGCCUUUGCAGAAGGGGGAGAGCUUUCUGCUUAAUUUGUUCUGUUUUGUUAAGAAGAUACCAGAUGGUGUAAGAGUGUGGCUUGAGGUUUCAAAGCAGCUGAAAUUUAAUUGGCAAGCUAAAUUGCUGUAAAUAUUAGUAAAUAUUUUUUCAGUGUAACAAAUAGAAUUAGUGAGCGAGUAAAAACCAGCAAUUUUGUUGCCUACUGAUGUUUGUUCUCUGAAUCUUUAGAUUGGCUUGUAACCUGAAUGGGAAACAAAAUUAUCAGGAACUAAGCUGCUCAUGACUAGUACUGUGAAACAGGUACAACAAAAAAGGUGACUGGAUGCCUGGAUCUAAUGAUUGGAUGGAUAGCACCAAAACAACCCUUUAUAUAUAGGGAGAUUAUUAUUCCGUUUCUAGGAAUACAAAUAAAUAUUUUAGUUCAUAGGCUGCCAGUUCUGUGGUCAGUAGAAUGAAUUACUCCAAACCCUAUUGGCUGCCCAUAACAUUACAGUUCACAAAACGUGUUAACCAGUUUGCAGUAGUUAAAGGCAUCCCAAUGUAAAACCUUCCAGGUGAGAGACGAAUCAUCCAACCAUAUUCUUUAUUUGCUCUAAGGGUUUACGUUUUGUGAGCCUCAGAUCACUUUAUUUAUCAUAGCGCAUGUAUCAAAUAUACAGGUAUUUUCAGAAAGGUAAUCCCUGCCUUAAAUUUCAAGUUUGCAGAAGUCACAACAGAUUAUGUUGGUUUUCAGUUUUAAAUCUGUACAAUUAUACCAUAGAAGAUCCUUUGUAGUAUCAGUCUACCUCUAUGGUGUGCUUUGACGUGUUACUGUUGUUCAUUUUAGGAAAACCCUCAUAUCCUAAUGUCAGACCUCAUUUAUAGUAGAUGCAUACUGCUGCUAACACUUCCUUUUACUUACAUUUAUUAAUAUUGUUAUUUAUGUGUAGCCAGCAUGUUCUGUAUCGCUUUACCAUUACAAAAUGGGGAUAUUUGACAAUAAGUAAUUUACAUACGGAAUAUAACAGAGACAGGGGGUGAAGAAGGCUCUGCUCAAACAAGCUUACAAUCUGUGAGGAAGGGGUAAAACACACAAGAGAAAUAACAGCAUGUCAGGGGAUGAGUGAUUGAUUGAUAACAUGCUUGUGUUGAAAUAAGCUAGUAAAAGUUUUGUGUGGAAGGAAAGAGAGUGAGAGCUGGGCUAUGGAGGCGAGGGAAUUGAUGAGGGCAGUGAAAUCAGAGAAUUGUCACUUAGGAAGAUCUUAUGUUUUCCUAAAGAGGUGUGAUUUCAGUGACGUUGUAGGAUUUGGAGACAUGCUGGAUGUGAGGAGAAAAGCGAAGACCUGAAUUAAAAAUAACAUCAAGGCAGCGGGCGGGGUGGAGUCCCCCCAAUGCACUUCCCUCCUGCCAAUACCUCCUAUCUUGCCUUAAUGGAUGCGCCGGCCCAGGUAGUGCUGCAGCCACCUGAGGCUCUCAAUAGAGGGCUCAGGCGGCUGCAGCAUUUGAGGGGCCAGUGCUCCUGGCGGCGCCCCUUCCUCACGGCCGCCCUAGGCGACUGCCUAAGUUGCCUAUAGGAAGUACCGGCCCUGCAUAUCAACUAUUGUAUUAACUGUUAUUGCCCUGUGUAUUCUGGUUUGUAUAACAUCAUAACAGCUGUGUGCCAUUUCUACUGCUGCAGUUAAAAGUUAAUAUUUCCUUUUCUUAAAUCGGAAUGGUUGAUCUCUUGUAUUUUGUGUAGUGUCGUUAAUGAACAGGUCUACAUAGAGAUGGGUCAGUAUAUGGUCUCUGUGUAUAUUUGUAAAAUGUUAUAAUUUCCCCUCUGAAACUUUUGGUUUUUCGAGUAUGAGCAACAAAAUAUUCCAAUGUUUUCUUCACGACUAACACAUUCAACUCCUCUUAAACUUCAACUCCAUUUAACUGGUUUAAAUACACAACAGAGACAUAGCUAUCCACAUGGCUUUACAGCACCAAUUACAAUACACAAUUUUGCAUAUCGUUUAAUGUGCAAUUAUUAUUUUUCCUCAAAUCAAAUUCUCUGACUUAGCCUUGUUAGGUUCAGUAAUCAGGUGAACUGUACGAGCCUAGAUCUGAAAAGUAAUAAUUAAAGGUUCUGUGACAAUAAAUUAUGCUAUGUUCUUUCAGAAUUAAUUCUUCUCUUUGUUUUAUAUAUUUGUUUAGAUUUCUGUCCUGACUGUUCCACCAGAAGCAGAUGGACAACAUUCCAUCCUUGUGACUGAACUGUGCUCUUCAACAAUGACUUGCAUGAAGAACACGUGUAAGUCUCCUCAUAUUAUGCACAUGUAUGACCCUUCUGUAUGUUACUUAGUUUCAGGGGUCAACAUGAAUUUCCUAGUUGGACUAUCCUAUAUUUUCUGUUUUCCUAAUGGUUUCUCUUGGUUUCCAUUUUGCUAUUGUCUUGAUAGGAAUAAUGAAGAACAUUUGUUGUGUCACUUAAAUUCUGUUUGAUCUGUUUAUCAUGCUGACUUUAUGAUAAAAGAUAAAAUUUAAAUUCAUAUCCAAAUCAUGUUAAAAAAAAAAUAUAUAACCGCACAGCUGACACACCAUCUUCCCUUACUGGGGGUUAUUGUAAUGUAAAACUUUUUUUUUUUUAUUUUUUUUUUUCAGAGGUCUGAAAGAAAUAUUAUAUUAAGUGACAGACAUUAUUAGGAGGUGCCAAUGUUUUCUAUAGUAGAUCAUGCUGUAGAACCGAGUAUUACCUGCCUCUGCUGCUCUCUAGUACAUGGUUGUCUGGCCUUGGCCCUCCAACUGUUGUAGAACCAUAUUAUCUAUAAGCAUUUCUCAGCCAAAGGCUGUUUAUGCAUUGCAAUUCACAGAAUUCUGGGACAGUUAUCCUGGUCACACAUUAGUGCCAUGAACAGAUCAAACUCUUAUCAGCUCUGUAAGCCAUAGGACACUCCUCUCACAAAAUCUCAUUAAAUUAAAUAGCAGCAUUUUCCAUACACACAUCGAAAAUUAGUGGCGCGCUAGGCUAACUUCAUCACAACAAGUUAGACCACGGAAGACAUCUAGAAAAUCUUGCAGUGCUUGUGUUAACAUAAGUUCCAUUAUUCAAAAGUAGUAGGUUUAGCCCCAAAAAUCAUUGUUACCUUCCACCCUUACCGAGAGGACUUCUUUAUAACAGGCAUGCAAAGUGAGUACUUCAUGUGCAGCAGUUAUGGUGUUUACUAGUGCUAGGUCUAAAUUGGACCCUCUUGUGCAACCAUAAGUGUAAGCACCUAAUUUUUAAACAUUCAAAUUGGAGAUUUGUUUUUCUCUACCGCUAUUUUGUGAUGUCCUUUCAUGUUCAAAUUAUUUUGUGCAUGGUGUUUCUGGUCUGCAUAACCCAUGGUACUCAGCCAGCAUUAAAAGGAGACUUUUAGAGAAAAGGCAGUGUUUACAUUGCUGCCUUCGAACACCUCUUGUGGCACUCACUCAGAUGGCCACUAGAGGUGAUUCCUAGUCCAGUGGUGCACAUUGAAACUUCAGGUUGUCUCUACCUUGUGGGAAAUGCAGUUUAAAAAAAAGUGUGCUCUAAAGUGCCUUAUGACUGACUUAGCAUUAAGGGAAAUUUCCAAGACAGCUGGAGUGCCAAGGUUAGCCAUCACCACUGUAAGCUCUCUCAGAAGCAUGAAUAUGAAUGGCGCCAUUGUUGAGUCUUCAGUAUAAUUUCAUUGUGCAAGUCCUGCAGUUCAAAUCAUGUUAUUUUAUUACAGAAUGUUCCUCUAGACCAUCACAAAUCUACUUAGGGACUUGGUGUGAGAGCAAUGAUUCUAAAACAAUGAUCACAGCGAACCAAAAAAAAAAAAAAAAAGUCAGAUUUUCACCAUAACUAUUGUAUUCCAAAGCUAGAUCUCUGCAGUUGACAUGCUGGAUUGCGUAAUUAUUGCUCCCCGGUCCCUACUUGUCUGCUUUUUAUUGCAGUUCCUCAGAACCUUCACGCAUUGACUUCAUUACAAAUAAAAAGCUCAGCCAAACCAGAAAAAGAAUUGUUCUAUUUCCUGUUGAAAUUGUAGUAGAGAGUCAGUGUAUCCCUUUAUAGAUUCUGGUAUUCAACAUUAAAAGCUUGAUGUUGUAUCUGAUCAGCAUUCUGUUCUGGAAUGAUAACAUUGCAUUGCUGUACGACUGCCAUAAUACAAAACAUAAUUUCCUUACAGGAAAUUAAUUAGGAUAAUUAUUAUUGUAUGUUGUGGAUUAUUUCAACCCUUUAUUAUCCCACAAAUUUCCCUUGCAGACACAUUCCAAAACGUUCCAUGUUUUUCAUAUGAAGGUCAGUCCAUUAAUAUUUUUGCAGAACAAUCCUAAUUUUGGAACCCCUGUCCAGCCACACCAGGUUUUGUCUCGUGAGCCCUAACAUUGGGGAGUUUUCCACCCAAAAAGCACAGCCAUUAGGUCAGUUCAGGGCAAUUCUGCACUCAUACCCUACAAGCUGACAUACCGUUUUCCACCAUUCUCUCUGUGUCCAUAUAUUACCUCUGAUUUAUAGCAAGGGUGGUCUGUGCUGUUUUAUUGUUAGUAUAGUUUAUAAUGUUUUAAAUUCUAGUGAAAGUAAUACAUAUUUGCUUUCCUUAAAUUAGUGACAGUGUUAGUACAUCUCCUUCUUUCAUUGUAAACAGGGGUUCCUAAUAGGUAAUGCUAAUUUCCAAAGAAAAUACCGUAGAGAAAUAAAAUCGAGAUGUAUUUUACAUUCAUUAAAGGUCAAACUGUGCAUGUAUAUUAUCCCGCAAAGAAGUGCCAUUCUUUAAAGUAGUUAAAUGUACUUUUUAAUUUUACUAUCUCACCCUUCUAGACUAACAUAUUAUUAUUAUUAUUAUUAUUAUUUAUAAAGCGCCAAUAAGUUCCAUAGCGCUUUGCAAUGGGUGGACUAACAGCCAUGUAUUUGUAACAAGACGAGUUAGACACACAGGAACAGAGGGAUUGAGGGCCCUGCUCAAUGAGCUUACAUGCUAGAGGGAGUGGGGUAAGGGUAUGGUAGAAAAGUAGGUUGCUAGGAUAGUAUUCACUGAGGGCUUAGUGUUUUAUUUUGAUGAUAGUUGCAGUAGGGUGCAUGGAGGGAAAGCUGUUCACAGUUUAAUUGAUUUGCUUUCCUAAAGAAGUAAGUUUUCAAGGAUUUUUUUGAAGGAGUAAAGAUUGGGUGAAAGUUUAACAGAGAGAGGAGAAGAGCGUUUCAUAGGAAUGGUGCUGCCCUGGAGAAGUCUUUAAAGUAAGCAUCAGAGGUAGGAUUACGAACAGAGCGUUGGGGCCUAGAUGGGACAUAUUUGUGUAUUAGUGAGGAUAAGUAGGUCGGAGCAGCAUUGUGUAGAGAUUUGUAAGCAAGUAUCAGGAUCUUAAAUUGGGUCCUAUAUCUUACAGGAAGCCAAUGUAGGGACUGACAAAGGGGGGAGGCGUGGAAGGUGCGGACGGACAGGAAGAUGAGCUUUGCUGCCGCAUUCAUUAUCAUUAAAGGCUGUAAAGAGGCAAGUUGGGAACACGCAUGACCACUGAGAAGCGGAUUACAGUAGUCAAUAUCUAGGCAGCGAGCCUUAGAGGUAAAGCGGAUGGUAGCACCAUUGAAUUGGAGGGACACAGACAAAGGAGUAGCAACACUUGAGGAAGUGAAGACCAGAAGUUCUGUUUUGGACAGCUUCAAUUCAAGGAAAUGAGCAGCCAUCCAGUUGGAAAUAGCAGAGAGGCAGUCAGAGACACGAGUCAAGAGGUGUGGUGAGGAAUCAGUGGAGGACAGAUACAUUUUCGUGUAAUCUGCAUAGAAAUUAUACUGGAAGCCAAAUGAGCUGAUGAGUUUACCAUGGCAGGCAGUCUAGAUUGAGAACAAUAGGGGACCAAGGACAGACCCUUUGGGAACAACAACAGUGAGGGAUUGGGGAAAAGAGGCAGAGCCAGAGAUAAAAACACUGAAUGAGCGCUGGGAGAGGUAGGAAGAGCACCAGGAUAGAGCAGUAUCUCGUAGACCGAGAUCACGGAUGAUGAGAAUAAGCUGUUGAUGACCCCAUUGAACAGCGCCAUGGUAUUUUGCAGGCGCUAUAUAAAUAAUAAAAUAUUAUUAAUAAUCAACAGUGUCAAAAGCAGCAAAAAGGUCGAGGAGAAUUAGGAUAGAGUAAUGGCCAUGGUAUUUUGCAAUGAAAGAUCAUUGGAUACUUUGGUCACAGCUGUUUCGACAGAGUGACAAGUGCGGAAUCCAGAUUGAAAUAGGUCAAGCAGAGAGUUGGAUUCGAGGAAGUCUGUCAAUCCCGAGGGAGAGAUUGAACAUUUUAGUGAGAGGCAGAGCAAGAGAAGGAGACAAAGUGCGGAUGAGAUACAAAGGAAUAGGACCGAGGGAGCAGGUGGUGGGGUGGGAGGAACGGAGAAGAGCAGAGCAGAAAUCGCUUCUUCUUCAGCAGGUGCAAAUGAGCAUAGGACAGCUGAGGGAGUGUGCUUAGAGGAAAAGUUGGUAGUUGAUGGAGAGAGAUGAGAGAUUUCUUCCCUGGUUGUAGAAAUCUUCUCAGUGAAGUGAGUUGCAAAGUUUGUGGCAGUCAAGUUGGUAGGAGGAGGCGGCACGACAGGGCACAGAAGAGAGUUAAAAGCAUGGAACAGACAUUUGGGCUCGUGGGAGAGUGUGGUUAUGAGUGUAUUGGAGUAAUUUUCUUUUGAAGAGGAAAGAGCCAGACUGUAGGAGCGCAGCAUUAAUUUAUAGUGGAGGAAGUCAGACGCACAGUGAGACUUUCUCCAGCAGCGUUCAGCAGAUCUGGAACAUUUUUGGAGGUAUCGGGUCAGCUUGGAGUGCCAGGGCACUUAGUGCGUUUAAGUGUAGGAGGUGCCAUGAUGUCUAGUUGAGAGGAGAGAGUGAAGUUCUAGAGGGAUGUUGCAGUGUUAGGGCAGGUGAGAUUUGAGAUGGGUGAAAGGAGACUUUGGAGGUUGGUGGAAAAUUGCUGUAGGUCAAGACAAUGGAGGUUUAUGCAAGACUGAUGUGGCGAGGGUGGUGUACUUUGGGUACGUGGUAUGCGGAUGUCAAUGGACAGCAGAUGAUGGUCAGAUAGAGGAAAUGGAACAUUGGAGAGCUUAGAUGUGGUACAGAGAUUGGUGAAGAUGAGGUCAAGAGUGUUUCCUGCUGGAUGAGCUGGUGAAUUAGACCACUGUGUGAGUCCAACGGAGGAGCUUAUAGAGAGCAGACGAGGGGCAUCAGGGCAGUUAGGGUUUUUGAUUGGGAUAUUAAAGUCCCCAAGAAUGAGAGGAGUGCUAGAGGAGAGAAAAUGGGGGUAGCAGAAGAAAAGUGUUCAAUGAAUAGCCUAGGAUGACUGGGGGGUGGAGGAGGGCAAUUCUUAGGAGUGGGUUUAAAUAGAUGGACAGUGUGAACUUCAAAGGAAGUAAAGGAUAGGGCAGGGGCAGGGAGGAUAGGUUGAAAGGUACAUUGAGGGGAGAGAAGGAUGCCUACACCACCUCCUUUGCAGUUGUUUGAUCUAGGAGUGUGGGAAAAUUGUAGCCCACCAUAACAUAAGGAAGCAGGAGUAUCCGUAUCAGAGGGGGAAAGCCAGGUCUCAGUGAGUGCAAGAAGUGUGAAAGAAUUUAAGAUGAAGAGGUCCUGUAUGGCUGUUGAUUUUAUAUUGCUACAAAUGAAGCGGGGUGCACAUUGAAUAUUGGUAGAUGGGGAUAGAACUUAUGGUAUUGGGAUGAGGUUUGUGUGGUUUCUGGUUGACUUAGUGUGAGUAGAGGAGAUGACGGGCCCUGGGUUGGGAAAGACAUCCCCAGCUGCUAGAAGCAGGAGGAGAGAUAGAGGCAGAAGGUGUGAACAUACAAACUACCCAAGCCGAAAAAGAGUACUCUUAUAUUAUUGACACGCUAGUGCAGUAAAACAGACACAUGCCUUUAUUGUCAUCACCGUGGUAGUUAAUCAGGUUGGGGUUAGCUUCUAAUAGCGGAUUAUAUUGGAUGUAUCGCUUAUUGUGAUUACAUAGCAUUGCCAUAUAAUAGUGAUCUAGAACAUGUCACUAUGGCAUUAUGUACAUGAACAUGUCCUGAAUUAGAUCAUGCUGUGCAGCCAACCAGGGGAAAUUACUGCAGUUCAUUUGCGAUAUUUGCAGUACAUGUUAAUCAUUUGCCAAAAUUUACUAGUAUUGCUUGAAAGCAGCACUGUCAGGCCGAACUUACCUUUCCCCAAUCGCUGUUCUCCGUUUCUUCCUAUCUGCUCUAGUUUUCUUUGAAACAUAAGACAAAGUAGGGACUAGGUAAUAUUGGGGGCCUAGGGGCAUUUGGGGAUUACUGGGGGGGGGCAAUUAGAUGAUGUGUAGUCGGGAGGGGGUUAAAUAGAAAACAGAUGCGGCCAUGAUAGUGCCACUUUAACUAUCAAAAUAAAAAUGCAACAAACAUACACAGUGCCAUAAUGUAUCAGUUAAAGUAUUUAUUGAAAUAAUGUUCAUUAUCACAGAAAGCAUAAAACUGUAUUGCCAGUACAGUUGGUAAGAUAAAUAGAAACAUAGUGACAGAUAUGUGAGGCAAUCGAGGAGAAAGAAGCCACAUCAUAUGAGUUAAAGGACCACUCUAGGCACCCAGACCACUUCAGCUUAAUGAAGUGGUCUGGGUGCCAGGUCCAGCUAGAGUUAACCCAUUUUUUCAUAAACAUAGCAGUUUCAGAGAAACUGCUAUGUUUAUCAAUGGGUUAAGCAUUCCCCUAUUUCCUCUAGUGGCUGUCUCAUUCAGGCGCUUGCGUGCUUCUCACUGUGAGCAUGUUUUCCUGGCACUAUAGUGGUCCUUUAAACAGUGGGGGAUUGUAGGGGACAAAAAGGUCAGGAGUAGAAUUGAGAAAUUGGAAGACAAAAGAAAGCAUAGAGCCCAAGGGGAUGGGUAUAUAAAAUUCAUGAGAGUAAUAUACAAGUCUUAUAGCUGGUUUAAUUUAUUAAAUAUUUAAAUUCUCAAUGUAUAUAUGUGACAAUAUAGUGUAUUUAAUCCUACCUGUUUAUGUUUAAAUAUACCAAUUAUACCUAUUUGUGUGAUCCCAUGCAUCUAAAAUGAAAAUAAAGAAACUGCUUAUUUCCUUUGUCAUAAAACAAUGUGCGCCCACAAUUGAUCCAUAAAUGGCGGCUCACAGUGGACUCUUUAAUAGAAUAACUCUCUAGCCAGAUUUUUACUAUGUCCAUAGUAAUCCAUACAGUUUAGGCCAGUGAUGGCAAACCUGGCAUUGUGCGUUACAUUACCAAUGAUGCUUAUCCAGUUCAAAGUUGAAGUAUCGUUUUAAAAUCAAGAAAUAAAUUGUUCAGAAACCUCUUCUGUAUAAAGUUCGGCCAUCACCAGUUUAAGUAGUGAGCAUUGGGUGGAAAUUAAUAGGUUAACAGAAUUAAUCCCUUUAUCUCUCUACCAAAAUCCUAUACUUCCCCACUGUCAAUCACUGCAGCCGUCCUUACUUUGUUUUUGCAAACCAGUCAACCAAGAGAAUAUUUUCGGUUCAGCUCGAUUCCAGCAGCGAUCGGCGUUCCAUAAAUCGUACCUUGUAUUUUUACUUCAUUAGCUGCAAAUGAGAUCUGAGUGAGUGAUUUCCCCUUCAAACAAUUGCUUAAGAUAAAUAUACAAAUACAUCUUGCUUUUGAUCACGCCACGUAAAUGACAGUCACAUAAUCGGUAUUGCCAGCUGACUGGAACCAAACUCCUUCACUUGCCCUAAAAAUUGAGACUCUAAUGAUGGAAUCAUAGACUGGCCUCAUCGCUCUUUCUCUCGGGAGAAUUACCUGAAGACAAAUGCUGGCAACGACUGUAACUAAUGCAGCUAUACCUAAGUAAAUCAAACUUAAUCAGAAUAUCCUCUGAUGAGCCUUUAUGACUCAGUCAUCCCCUGAAAUGAUAAUAGAAAGACCUAUAUUGAAAAUAAAUGAUGAGAACCUUGAUGAUUUUAUAACCGACUGGAGCAAAAAUCUAUAAAACCUAUUUUAAUUCAAUUAGCCCUCCUUUAAUGUUUCUUAUUUAAUGAGGUGUUUUUCAUCCGUUGGGGGAUUUAUGAAAAUAUUAAAAUGUUUGCAGUGGCAUUGGAAACUUUCGCAUACAAUUAGUAACAAAGCUUGCUGUCACUUACUCGACUGCUGCACUGUACAAAGUAGCUUAAAUAAUAAUAAUGUGUUGUUUACUGGUAUUUGAGUAUAUCUAGGUGUAGAGAUUCUAUUACCCAAGCAGUUGACACAACCAGGAAUUGAACCUGUUAAACUGAAGUUUGAACGGGUAUUAAAGGUACUGCAGGACACGUUCUAAUCACUCAGCUCUCUCAUAGUCUGCCUCAUUAUUUUUGCAUCACUUUAUCAAAUAUAAAUAUGAUAAAAUUUCAGUUGCUAGUUUGAAUGUGAUGUGACAUUAAAGAACUCUGAGAAAACGUUAUAAAUCAAUUGCUAUAGGAGAAAUUUAAUUUUUAAACCACUGAAGAAGAGCAUGUUUUAAUUUUUACCAAAUGGUUUAAAUAAAAAAUAAAGAGGAAGACUACAUCUGAGAAUAUUUUAGUCAUUUGUAUGUAUUAUAUAUUUUUUGUUCUUAUUCAAUAUUCACUCAAAAAGUACCAAAGGUAAACUGCAAUGCUAAACCAUAAAUUGCCAGUGGUAUAACUGUUUAUCCAUUGAGCAAAAUGAAGAUAUUCUAAUAGUUUACCACCAUGGAUGGGCACGUCCACAUUUUCACACCCUUUUUUCCAAGGAGCUACGAGCUACUGUUGCGUUCCUCUUGAAGCCAGUUUCUGCUUAACACCAUCAUGACCAUUGAUACACCAUUAAUGUCAUGAUAGAUCAAAUGCCUAAUUCCUCGGGGGGCUAAUGCUCUAAUUAACUUGAAUUAAGGUUCAAAACUAUUGCUUAAACAGUUUUGCACAGGACACUGAAUUAACCCUUAAUCUGAGUAAAUCCUGUCCUUCGUCUUGACUAAAGGGUUAACGGUGUCAUUUUCUUCUAAGUCACAGCUAAGAAAUAUGGGAUCGCAAUGAGAAUUCCGGUUAGUGUUGCAGGUGGUAGUGAUCACAUCAGUCCCGUGGGACGCCUCACUUUGAGGAUUGGCCUUGCAGUAUGUGUGAGUGAAUGAGAUAAUUGUCGAGAUGCAGAAUACACAGGCCCCACUGUUUCCAAGCCCUGCUCAGAUUACCACUAUCGAACUAGUUAAGGCUAAUUAUUAUUAGACUUGAAAAGGAGAUUGUACCUUUGUUAAGACUUUGAUCUUUUAUAAAAAAAGGAAGACACGGUUCAUUAAAAGUUUGUGGACUUGCGUACUAAAGUGGUUUGAGAUGUAAUGCUCCCUUUGAUUACUAAACUCAAAAUACCAUCCUACAAAAUAUCACUUUUGUAUUACUAAAGUGAUUGGUGGGGGUUUGUUUGUUGGUUGUAAUUAUUUUCACAAUAGCAUGAUCUUUUGUCACUGGCUUUAUAUUUAUAUGGACAAUAGGUAUGUCUUAUGAUAUCAGUAAAUCGAGGGCACUUGUAUAUUUUACACCCUCCACAAUGUUCUUCUGUUGUAGAAAAACAACUCCCAUGGACCCUUCAUGGACGAAGGCAAUUGUUCUGAAUCGAAAACAAAACCUAGAAUUUGCGCUAAUUUAAAUGUUUCUCUUUAACUGCUCUAUACAUAUUAUAUAUUGUUUUUUUUAAAUGAUAGAACCCAUUAUGCUUACACCAAUGCUAACCAUAUACCUGCCUCUUAACCAUAUACAAUCUCUAAACCAAUACAGCAUUAAAACAAGACCAGCAUUAACCUUUAUCUUACCAUAACUAUAACCCUAUUCCUACAGCUAACACAACACAAACUCUAACCCUACUCUUUCCCAAUAAAUUUAACCUUACCCUAACCGUAACCCCACCACUAACCCUAACCCCAAGGAAACCCUCUACGAAUAUCAAUUCUAGUAAUAAAAGAUGGACUUCAUAGUUAAAACAGUAGAUAGUGGUCUAUGAUCGCCAUCUUCUGGCUGGUUUCAUAAUUACAUUGUUAUUAAGAAUGGAGCCUCCUUCCCCGUGCGAUCGGUGCACCAGCACCAAUUACAAUCUGCUUGGGGACAAAUCGGGAGAUUCCUUUACUACAGCUGAACUUAAACUGGUGGCUUGAGUAGCAUUGUUUGCUCGCCGAGUAAUAAACUGGUGGUUUGAGUAGCAUUGUUUGCUCACAGAGCAAUAAGGGAAUUCUGGGACUCAUCUGAGGUUCCCACUUUAGCUACGAUUAUCUGAAAGACUGUGCAAGCCUUGGAAAUAGAUAAACUCACCGCCCAGAUCCAUGAUACACCAAAAUCAUUCCAUAUAAUUUGGGACCUAUGGUUUAAUGAAAACAUCCAAGAAAGUUGAGAUAACUCCCUUAGCCACCAAACAUGAAAAGUUAAACUUCCUAUGGGACUUUAAUAGCUAACUUCCAGAGAUACUCUUUUCCUCUCGACACACCUCCUCUUUACCUUUCUUUAAUCUCACUCCACUCUAAUUAUACCGUUCUCAUUUCCCAAUACGUACAUAGUUUUACUCUACCCUGAUGUUUCUCUCGCUACCCCUACUCCUGCUUUUUCCACCUUUUUCCUGGAAGCAUCACCCUCCAUUAUGAUCACUGAUACUUAGAAUAACCAUAAUUCACCACAAUUUUUCCUGAAUAAAGCUGCUCUCUUUGGAGUGUGAACCUUUGUUACCAUCGAAAGCCUUUGUACAGUUUGGCUUCCUCUUUUUGUUAGUGAGGUCAGAAGGCACCCCGUCCUUCCCCCACCUGUACACCUGACGCAUUUCAUGCGAUAGUCAUAAAAGUUGUCUGCUGAGGAGCGCUAAUACCGAAUGUUCAGAAAGUAGACACCUUGACGCACUGUUAAUGUUUACAUUGUGACAGCAAAAUGUAGACAAUUAAAAAUUUUUUAAAUAAAAACAACCAAGCCAGUCUAAUCCACCAAAUGAAGUGAUUUUGGUACAUUGAUCUUGUCCCUGCAGUUGAAAUCAGUACUGUUUCAAAUCUCCACGCCUCUAGUGGCUCUCAAUCAGACAUCCACAAAGAAUUACAAUGCGAUUGGACAGUCAUAGAAAGUCUGGGCUGGUUUGAAAGGGGAGAUUUGCAAAGGUUUCAGACAAAAGAUUUAUACCCCCAAUUUAAAAACAAGCAUAAUUAAAUGCAUGCAUAUUUUAAUUGGUGAUAUAUCUACUAAACAGUGAUGUGCAUUUCUCUUUUUUCCCCUACUUGGGUGGUGGAGUGUCCCUUUAAAUACUAGUGCAUAACACAAAUAUACAUGAGAAGCAUGUACCAGACAAUGGUUGAAAGGGCCUUAUGAGGGCAUAGUAAUAUGUGUGCAUUUAUAUUUUCUAUAGUUCUGUAAUGGUCACUAAUUAGUUACUGUUCUUUAUUUUGUUAAUAAAAUUGUUUCACAUUAGAAUUUUAUUCUUUCAAAAUUGUCUUCAGAACAAAUUCAAAAUCAGGCAGAAUAAAACUAGCAUAAUAAAAACGACAGCCGUGUAAAAACAAGGGCCUUUAUCCUCGUUAGACAUUUUGCAAGUACAAUGUAAUAAAUGAAAAUAAUGCUGCAUCAAACAGGUUAAUUUAUGCAAGAGUAAUCGAUAAGUAUUUCUAAUGCAGCCCCUGUGACCCUCAUCUGUACUGUAUGUGCUUCCACAGUAGCUCUGGUGGUGCCUGUCGGCUAUGUUUAUUCAUUUAGUAACAGUUUCAUCAUCAGCUGUGAUCUGAAAACUGAUUUUUUUUUUUUUUUUUUUUUAAAGCUGUGUUUGAGGAUAAAAAAAAGAGUAACCAGCACCAUUUUACUUUAAUAUAUAUAUAUAUUUAUUUUUUUAUAUAGGUUUUAGCCUGCACGGAUCCAACCUCACAGAUUGAUACUGUAAUUAUGGCAAUGCUAUUAAUGAUAAAAUGUUGUGAUUGCAGAUUUGGUCCAUCUGACUUGUCCCUCCACUAAGACAACUGCCAAAGAAGAUCUGGAACCAGUGGUACAGAAAUUGUUUACUGUGAACACUGAGCCUGAAAAAGGUAAACAAACACUCGGACCCUGUGGCCAAAGACUCACCUGCAUUGUCUUUAUCACCUGACCAUUUCUUUACAGAAAUCAUAUGAAUUAGAUUAAUAUUUGUGUCUAACGAAGCUAUAAUAAGUUCAGCUGGAAUUAGCACUGUCCGUUUUUCAGUGUGGAGAUGGCUCAGAGUAGCUUUGCUGCAGGGGACAGUAAUUGGUUCUUUGAACUCUCUGAUGAUGCUGUGAGUCUAUUGUGCUCAAUUUUAGCUGGAAGUGUUUUUUGUUUGUAUAGAAUAAUGUCCCUUUAAGUGGCUCCUAAUGUUAACUCACGCAAUAGGAAGUGUUACUCUCAGUGUACAAGAACCUCGUACCAGUACCAGAGUUUCUUAUUUUCAGUGAGAUAAAAAUUCAUACAGUGAAAUCAUAUAUGUAUGUACUUUUAAUGAAUUAAAAUGCAUAUUGAAAACAUACACAGUAAACAUAUAAAAAAAACUCAUUUAAAAAAAAAAAACCUCUUAAAAAUAUUGCUUCUCUCCAAUGAAAUGUUGCAACUUCCGGCAUCCACCUUUUGCCUGGUCCAAAUGUCGCCAUGGAGGUCAUUCCUGCGUAGUGACCUCACUUCUGGCUCUUCAACGUGGUUGCCACAUUGUUCCACUAUGCUGCAGGUGGAAGAAUGUUAGAGUUUCUCCGGGCCUAACCCAGCAAAUGUUUAGGUGUACUUAUUGGCAGGCAAAGAUUAAUUGUGGACAUGUGCGGUUUUCAGCACAGACAAACUAAGCAAAGAAAGUUAAGUAAAUUAUUCAGAGAUUAAAACUACCAGUUGGUAAAUAAUUAAAGUUGACUUGAUAAAUUCCCAGUUGCUUACUUUAUUGGCCGUCUUUUUAUCAACUUAAUUUGCGUGAUUAUUCCUCCCCAUUAAUUGACUCAACCACUUAGUGAAAGCUGUGAGUCUUGUCGUCUUCAGUAGGGCGAUCCAUCCCAAGAACACUGAUAUUUAGUCACAAGUGUGCUGUAAGGUUAAUAUCUUUUAAUAGUAUGUAGUAAAUAUCAGCCUUUUCUAAAGUGGGAACUGAAUGUUUACUUUGUUGCAGACUUUAAUGUCCAAUCCACUCACCAGCAGCACAUGCAGUUAUCUAGUGCUUCAAAGCCAGGAAAACCAUUUUCUGUUACAGCUACAUUCUUUCAAGAGUACCUGAUCUAUCAUCGUUCACAGUUCUACUCGGAUUCCUUCACAAGAGCCACAUAAUCAGAGGGUCUCUGAAGCACCGAACAGCUAGUUUUCCUGACACAGGUCUUUCUAUCAUCAGGAUGAGGUAGUGGUCGUAUUUUAAUUAAAAUGUCAGAACAAAUACUGUUGGAGUUAUUGAAAAUGAAUCACCAGAUAAAGUGAUCACUGGUCCAUGGCAGGUCGGAGAGACAAAGUCACCUGCUGGAGAGGACUUCAUUCAUUUUCCUGCUAAGUGAAGAAGAAGUAACUUCGCUAGCGUCAUGAACUUUUUAAGGAUUUUUUGGAAAAGCAUUUUGCAUUUUAUCAAGAGACCAUUUUUUCACAGGCUGUUGGAUUUAAUUAGCAUUUUAAACGAUUUCCUAACCUUACAAAAUACGUGAUAAAAGGGUGCUCAGUUGACUUGAUAACGAUGUUAACGUGUGAGCUGUUGUGACUUAUUAGCUGAACAAUUUUCAAUUUUUUUGUUCUCUACAUUUUAAUGUAUUUUUCCUGUUAAGUUAAAUAGAAGUAUUUUAUCGGAUGGUCGUGUUUCACUGUCUGGUGUAACAGUGCUCCCCCAAUUUAAAUGCAAGAAGUCCUUUCUCUAUUUUUUUUUUUUUUUUUUAGUUAUUUAAGAUUUAAUUUGAAAGCUCAGUUCUAUGCGGUUGUACAGAUGUUCUAACUAAAUAUAGCUGAUUUUAUGUAGAUAAAGAAAGCACUAUUAAAGGGAUUCUAUAGUGCCAGGAGCACAAAGCCGUUUUCCUGGCACUAUAAAAUCCUACAGUAGCCCUCCCUCCCGCGGUUAUAAAAUCCUACAGUAGCCCUCCCUCCUGAAGUGGUUAGAAUGCCGAGGGACAUCAGCGCUGGGUCAGGCUCCACCCACGCUCCUCCCCGCUCACGGGGGAGACCUAAUGUGUGGCAAUGGCAGCGCUUGCAUCCAGAUUUCCCCAUAGGAAAGCAUUAAUGAAUGCUUUCCUAUGGGGAAAAAUCUGACACUGAAAUUCCUCAUGCAGAACGUGAGUUCGUCCAGCAUCAGAUACCAGACCAAAGGUCAAUUCAGGAAGUCCCUCUAGUGGUUGUCUGGCAGACAGCCACUACAGGUGCAGUUAAUCCUCAGAGGUAAUUAUUGCAGUUUCUCAGAAACUGCAAUAAUUAGCACUGUAGGAUUAAGGGAUAAGGAACAUUGCAUCCAGACCACUUCGAUGAGCUGAAGUAGUCUGGGUGCCUACAGUGUCCCUUUAAUUAUCCUUAAUUAGUUAGAUUUCAGUUCUGAAAUUAUUAUUUCAAGGGAUAGGAUGCUUUCUGACUUCACACUGGUUAGGUUCAUCUGGGCAACAGAUGUGACCGCUGCUUGCUAGUGGUUUGUCUGCCAACAUGUCAACAGUCAGAACUGGGGCUAUUUACUGCUGUGCAUGCACACAAUUUAAUCAGAAGUCAAGAAUUCAUGUUGUUGGUGAAUUUUACAAUGUUCCUGCAUUGAUGAAAUGACACUAUAUCUGCUAGCAGAAGCAGGGCUUCUAGUUCCUUACCGUGUCGCAGGUUGACGCACAUACAAUAAAAGCUACAUAUCUCGUUGCCAUAUCAAACUCCUUGUCCUGUUCCUUCAAAAGAAAUCCCAAUGAACACACUUCAUUAGGUAAACCUAUAGGCUAACCAUUUAACUCCUCUCUCUGUUACACGGUACCUGUUUUACCUGGCUUACCUUCUUAAGCUAUUGCUUCCGUACAACAUGAAUUUAUCUAACUCAGGGAUAGUUGUGGAUACAUGAUUACUCGACUUUCUGUACCCAAAGAGGACUUUUCAAGUCCAACUUGAGAUAUGCAGGCGAUACACAACAGUAAUUUUUCUAUUUGCUUCCUUUUGGUACCUAGCUAUACACUCUAUACACAGAGAGACUUCAAAUUUGCUUUUGCCUUGUGAUACCACGAUAUUGGUUGAUUUCUAUUGAUUCUGUUUAUAACCUUCUCUGUAUUGAAAGAAUAAGUCAUCACAACACAAUCAUUUCAUGAGUGUGAUUCGUAAACAAAACUGCUGCAGUCUGAAGACACAUUGUUGAGAUCUUUAUUGCUGUGGACCUCUGUAAUCCACUCGUGCAGAACUUAUUGCUGUGCAAUUCUGUGUUACACAGAUACAUUCUUCCUAUUGCUGUGAGCUUUACUGCCAUGGAGCUCUGUGAUACAAAUGACUGUAAGCUUUAUUGGUGCAAAGUGCUAUGAUGCACUCGCAAGCUAUAUAACCUAUCUAAAUCUAUAUACGUUUUACUGCUUUGGAAUUCUGUGUUAAAGUAAAAGCAUUGUGUUAUCUCAGAAAAGAGGUGCACACCAGAUCAGAAAAAGGAAUGGGGGUCCAAAGAAAGCUACUUCGCGUGUAUCAAAAAUUAGAUUGUGCCCAUGUCUGUAAUAGCAUAACAGAUAAUACAAUCUUGCAUGUAAAUAGUAUUGCUACUUAGUGCAAUUCCAGCCAUCAUUUAUUGGUUUAGUAAGUUAACACCAAACUAAGAUUUAUUUAUUUUUAUCCAAGAAAGUGAGGCGUUCUAUAGAGCCACCAGUAAUGCUAUGUCAGUAGGACAUUCAUUUCAAAGUAGGGUCUCUCAGGACUAGAUGCUUCUUAUAAUAUGGACAGCGAUUGGUCCUUAAUGGGUUAAAACACAGAAUAACGGUAUAAGUCUGUGCUUAACCAUAAAUAUGAUUGUUCAUCAUUUCAGGCAUGAAUUCUAUGUAAUAUAUAAUAAUCAACGUAGCUUAAUUUAAGCUAAAGUCAGCAGUCUUAGUCAUAUUUGUGAUAGCCCUGUCUAGCAGUAAAUAGAUAAUGUAUAGAGAGUGUGAAUUGGUUUUAGGCAGCACUGUCCAGUAAAAGCUGUGUUAGUGAGCGCUCUGUACUGUGAAACCUCUCAUCUGUUUAGUGAAAUCCAUUAGUCUCUAGUGACUCCCACAUCAUGUUCAUUACCAUCUUCUGACAUUUGUCUUAAUGACUUUCUUGACAUUUCAGCUUGACACCUUGUCCGCGUUCCUUAUAUCAAGGCCAAUAAUACAAACGCAUUUACCCUUAUGUCGUUUCCUCUGUGCAAAGCAAAAAGGUGACCAGGAAUAUAUUCUAAACACAAACCUUGCCUUCAUGUCAUGAACAAGUUUCUAGUUCAAGGCUUAUAUAGUGGUGUCCCCUUGUUGUUUGCAUUGAAAUGGGGUGAUAGUUUCGCUUUUUUUUUUUUUUUUUUAAAUAUAAAAAGCAUGUCAACUUUAAUUAGAACUUAUAUAUUUAUUUAUUAAAACACAUGAUCAGGGCAAUUCUUAUAUAUAACACAUGAAUAUAACAUUGCACACAGGAGUUCAGUAAAAGCACAGUAUAAAACUGGUUAAAUAACAUGAAUGCAAUGGCACUGUAUACAAACUAGCAGCUGAUAGAUGUAAAUUAAAAACAAUGCUAUCAGUAUAUUAUAUAUCAUAGUACUUCACUACUCAGUUGUUAUGUUUGGGUUGCUGUCUUUUCUUAAUUUAUGAAUAUAUCUUGUAUUAAUUAUUACCCAUAAUCCUAGUUGUUGUGGGGUUUUUUUAUGCUUUAUUCAGUUUUUUUCAAAGAAAUCAGGGGUACAGAAAGCAAAAAGGGGGGAUAAAAGGGAUACAGUCCUUAAGGCAAUCCAUCCACAACAUUUAGGUAGCAUUGAUAUCAAUACAACAAUACAUUGUCAGUGAUCAACCAUUAUACUUUAGAUUCCCUGUAAGAACCUCAUCUUCCUGAACCCAUUAUGGAGUCCUAGGUGGUAGAAUUACUUGGUUGGGUCCUCCGCAACUAAUACGGAUCUGUAACCCGCAGUCAUUGACUCUUCUCAUUGUGUCUGUCAUGGUUUGAAAUGUGAUAUAUUGCAGCAUUAGAUAGUCAUGAGUGGGGGAAGGAUUGGGGGGGGUGGGAAGAGAGAGACCCCGGAGAUAUAGUCACAGGCCUUCAUGCCUGCUAGUUUUAUACCGUCAUAUAAGGUGGAAGCUACACACUUUUGAACUGUGUAAAUGUGUCUGGUUUUCGUAAAUUGGCUUAUGCCGCAUAUGCGUGACUAUUAGGGUCUUGUCGAAUGGGGUUGAUUAACAGUAUACUAACCUAAAACAUAGUGGGGGGUGGAGGGGAAAUGGUGAUAACGACUUGUCAGUAAUAGUCCCAUGGCAAGGUUGUGUAUAUGUGAUCCACUCCAAAUUCUCUAUUUCGAGGAGCGCCCCCAUAGCAACCUCCCUCAAGGUUACACAGCCUGCUGUUCCCUACUUUCGGGCGAAGGUCAUUGCCAUUAUAUACUGGCAUAUCUGGGAUGCUGUGUCUUCUGGUUUCUGGGGCUUAAGUGUUUAGCCCAUUUCCCUACUAGAUACAACAGACAGUCUUGUAUUGACCAUGUCAUCCCUGUAUCUGUAGGGGUUUUGGGGUUUUGCUUUUUUUUUUUUUUAUUGUUUUAGAUUCACUGCUUUAUGGCUCUGACGUGCUUUAGUACUGUCUGGCUUCUUUGUUUUGUCUGUGUUGAUUUGGUGCAGGUUAGUGUUUGUUCAGUAUGUUAGAGGUUUGACACAAGGCCAUGUUGGCUUGCUCGUAGUUCUGCCUCCACUUGUAGUUUUCUCACUAACUAUGUGCAGUCAGUCAGGAUGGAUGUGCAGAUUUGAGCGAUGACUACCUAAGUCCAGACACUUGAUCCAAUUAUCUGUUGAAUGUCUCAGAAAAUAGUUAAGUCUCGGAGAGACAAAAGUUAAGUUUCCCAUUGUCCAUGAUACAUCUGUCUGACUAAGACAUAUAUUUAGAGAGCUUGUGUGGUUUGUAGUUGGGCAUCACAAACCUGUGCUAAAUAAACACUAUUAUAUAUUCUUGGUAUCUCUUUUCCAUAUAUAGUUUUAUAAUAUGAUGUACAAAUGUCAUAAAAUUCCAAAAUUCCUGUGUGACAGAACGCCCAUUCUCUGAUUGACUACCUCCGCCUAGUCUACUUCCUAGCCGCUUUCAGGCACCCUGGAACGCUUGAGCUUCAGUUGCUGGGGCUUGACUGUGGGCUCUCAGAAACUCUUCCACCCGACCAGGAAUGCAGCUCUCUCCUUCCAGGCAGGUCUGAAGACUCUGUUACUGGGAUCCCUGAACAAAUCCAGCAGGUCACAUAGUUCCAAAAGGAACUAGCACACACAACUUUAUUUUUUAAACUUAGGACUAGUCCAUAUGCACAUUACAUUUAACUUAUGGUGACAACUUCAAUAAAAUACAAAUAAUCAACUUAUAUAGGAAACACACAAAACAUUUUUUUAUAAAGGGGUGGGAAGAUAAACAGUAACCGAAAAUAUCUCCCCUGCCUUCAGAAAUCAUAAUACGCAAAUCUACCUCAAUAUGCAAAUUAAAAAGCCUUGCCAUUCAGGUAGUGCAUCUAGCUGUUUCUAGAUCCUUACAAACAGAUGGCGCUGUACAGGCUCCACGGCCAAAUCCACCUAGUUGAUUGCAAGCAUCAGCAGGACAGGAGAGCACACAAACAUUUAACAAUAUACAAUACAUUAUACACAUCCUGCAUCCAGAGUGUCAGCAGGACUUAAACAUAGGAGUCCUCCAAGGAGCUAAUUUAAGUCUCCAUCUUAAGCGACUGGUGAUGGUGACUACCGUCACAUCCAGUAUCUUGCUUUGAUGACAUGACAAUGUUUUGGUUGCUUUUGUGUUGAUGGUUUUAGAAGUUUAGAUACUAAGGAUGUGCUAAUUUACCCUGUUUGUUUGUUUUUUGUUGUUUUUUGGUUUUUUUUGUCUUUUGCUUAGAGUUAAACUUCUAUAUUAUUGCAGCUACAUGAAUUCAAUAAUUAUUGCAAAGUAUAAUGGGAGUCCCAGCUAUUCCAAAUUCUCCCUUUUCUGGACAGGGGCCUAACGUUUGGAUACUGGGCUGAUUACCUAUGCUUUUUUGUAUAUGUAAAAAAAAAUCACCAUUUUCUUUCUAGUACGCCUGUAUUUAAUUACCUAUGUUUACUCCAGAUUUUAAAUUGGAAUUAAAGUGACUUACAAGAUAGCAAACCAAAUAGAGUAUUUGAGCUCAUUAAAUGCAUAACUUUUUACAUUUUCCAAUAUUUGCAAGGCAAAUUAACUAUACAAGGGACGCCAUUUACUGCGGUGUUUGGUAACACAGGAAUGCUUGUGCGCAGAGGCCGCUUUGAUCAUGAAAUAGAGCAGUAAUUAAACUGCUCGAGCUCAGCUUAAAGUGCGGGCCAUUUAUGUAUUGUACUGUUCAUUAAUUUUACUAUGUUUGUCGGAGGCCAUAUUAUGGAAUGCAUGAACUGUAAUUUAUUCCAUGAAAUAGAAGAUGUGAAGGUGGUGCGUACAUGUGAAGACUUUUAAUUUUUAUGUUAUUCAAUAUCUUUAUUGUUUCAACAAAAUAAUUAAAAUGAUAGCAAAGCGGGUAAGUAAACUAUGCACUAAGCUCUUAUAAAUUGUAUGUUGUUCCUCGUCUACUAACCAUAAUUUGGCAUUAUUUCUUAUUAUUCACAUUUUUACUCUCCUCUUUGAAGCUUUGGACAAAUAAUCAAACUGCUAAUACUUGAGAUUCCAUUGUCCUAAUUAGUUGAGAUAGGCUGUAAUUCUUUAAUGUAACUGUUUAGCUACUUUGAUAAAGAAGGUAGGCAGGCAUCAGUAGAGGAGGGCAGGUGAAAAUCUAGAUAGAUGCACCCUUUAAAGCAUCCUGAAAAUCAGCUUCUAACCUUUUUCUUUCAAAUAAGUGUUUCGUCAAGCACCAGGAAGAGGUGAAGUUUAUCCCAGAUACUCAUGGUUAGGUUUGUUAAUAUUUUUUUUUUUUGCUUGUCUGUGUAAAAUUAUCUUCUACUACUUAACGUUAUAUUUUUCAGUAUGGUUUCAGUAAAUUACACUCUGAUCCAGUUGCCCUCUGAAAAGGCAGAUACAGUGAGAGAAUCACAAGGAAUUUUAUGGAGAUUUUACUUCUCCCAUUUGUCCCUACUGUAGUGGAAUUAGGACGGUUUCUACUUAUUGCUUGCCCUUCUUUGACAUCAAGAUUGCACUUUUUUUUUAAUGAACUGAGUUUAGAACCUCUUCGAACCUCAGAGCCACAGGUUCUCUCCAUAGCAGGGCCAACUCCUUUUUCUCCUUUCAAGGACAGUUAAUUAAAUAAGUAUCGUCGUGAUUGAGUCAUGAUAACAUCUGUAUCUCCAGGGCUUUUUUGAAAAUUAGAGAAUCUCAGUGGAUCCUUUGUUUAUUUGAUCAUUUACUUUGUGUGUUAUAUAUUUUUUCUUAAGAUUCUGAAGAUGAGGACCUAGAAAAGCCAAGAGUCCUCUGGGCACUAUAUUUCAACAUGAGAGACUCUUCAGGCAUUGAUCGGCAGUGUUAUGUUGGACUUCCAGAUAACGUGCAUGUUUGCAGUGGCCCGGAUCCGAGCUUUGGAAAUGACCGUGCAAUCCAGCAGGUUAGAAAGAUUAUACAGUACUUAUCAAGCAAGUAUGACAUGAGAGUUUUAUCUAUGCAUUUGAGUGACCAACACAGUCUGAUUGAGCCCUUAUGCAACAGAUCUACGUAGCCAUUAUAUUAAAGGAUCACUGAAGGCAUCCAGAGCACUUUAUCUCUUAAAGUGAUACUGUAGUCCCAGGAAAACAAACCCAUUUUCCUGGCACUAUAGGCUUUUGGAGUGCCCCCUUCAGCCACUUACCUUAAUGCAGCGCCGGGGUCCCUCUGCACUGGUGACCUCUCCUCCCCUGCCGACGUCAGCUCCCGAGUGGAGCCAAAAAUGCGCAUGUGCACGUGCAUUCAAACCUGCCCAUAGGAAAGAAUUACUCAAUGCUUUCCUUUGAGGAUCCUAUUUGAUGCUGGACUCCGUGAGGACGUCCAGCAGCAAAUAAGUGCGAUUUACUCAGUGUAAAUCGUGAAAGCGCCUCUAGUGGCUGUCAGGCAGACAGCCACUAGAGGCUGGAUUAACCCUGCAGUGUAAACAUAGAAGUUUCUCUGAAACUGCUAUGGUUUCGGCUGCAGGGUUAAAACUAGGGUGACCUGGCACCCAAACCACUUAAUUGAGCUGAAGCAGUCUGGGUGCCUAUAGUGGUCCUUUAAGUGGUCUAGCCCUGUAACCCUGCAAUGUUGCUGUUUAGCAAAUAUGACAAUGUCAUGGUUGCAGGUUUGUCUCACCUCUAGUAGCUGUCUUCCAUGUUGAGAACAGACUUAAACUCUGUUCUAAAUCAGAUGUUGCUUUUAGAGCAUCAUUUGGUCCGUUCAGUGCAGCGAAUCAUCGAACCUGCGCAUUAGCCUUUGGAUUAGCUGAGAUUAUCAGGAUUAGUGAUCUCAACCAGUUAACAAGUGUGUAGGAAGCAGAUCUCACAAGCCAUAUUAGGAUAUCUUAAAAAUACUGAAUAUUGGAGAUAUUUAUCCACUAAAGUACUUUGUAUGUAUGUUAACAGGCGGAGAAUAUUUUCAGUACGCUUUACCCAACUGAAGAGUUUUGUCCACCGGCUCCUAACCCAGAAGACAUUAUUUAUGACAGUGAAUGCCCGCCACAGGAUGCUGCAGAUUCCGGCACUCCCACCGAAUCGAAGGAUGAAACCUCCACUGAAAGUGAGACGAUAUUGGAGGCUGCUGAAGACUUAAAAGAGCAGAAAGAAGAAUAAUUAAAUUCCAUCUCUGUACACUGGAUAUACUCCUCAUUCCUUAAUCUGUACCUAGGUCAAUGGCUACCGAUACUCCACUUCACAUGUUUAAAGCAGUUUAUCAACAAACUCUAUGGCUAAAGAAUGGCUUGUGUAAUGCAGUCUGCUAUCGUAUUUAAAGUGCCCUUGUUCAUUUUUAGAAAAUGGCUAUCGUAUUGUCUAGUUUUCAUAUGUCUUAUAUCAUUAAAAUAUGUUGAACGUUACUUUGUCAAAGUUUCCUGACUGAACUUUAAAAAUUUUGUGAAACAGAGUCCUUUAGAAUGCCCAUGAGUGUAUUUACGUAUAAUUAAAAGGCCCUCACAUUGUAAACCCAUGCACAGGAGGUGUUUAUUAACUAAAAGGUCAUAUUAAUGAAAUUCAAACUAAAAAUUGUGGAUACAGGGAAAAAUCCAAUGCCUCGACUUAAGAACAUUUUAUUUUAGCCUUUGUUACUUUAUGCACAUUGAGGUAGUUUUAAUCUUAAAGUAACUUUAAAUGAGCACUAUAGGGUCAGGAACACAAACGUAUUCCUGAACCUAUAGGGUUAAAACCACCAAGUAGCCCCCCUGAUCUCCUUAUGCCUCCCUAAAAAUAGCAAAAUCUUACUUGUAUUCAAGUCUGGAGCUGCUAGCUCUGGCUCUGUUUCCUUUAGACCUGCCCACUGCCUGCUGACAUCAUCAGAAGUGGUAGCCUGGUCCAAUCACAAUAAUUCCCCAUGGGAUUAGCUGAGACUGACAAAGAGGCAGAUCAUGGGCAGAGCCAGCACAAGUUAAAAACACCCCAUGCCAAUUAGCAUCUCCUCAUAUAGAUGAAUUGAAUCAAUGCAUCUAUAUGAGGAAAGUUCAGUGUCUGCAUGCAGUGGAAGGAGACACUGAAUGUUUGGAUGCAUUUUAAGCAGCCAUGACCCAGGAAGGAUCUCUAACGGCGAUCUGAGGAG